CACAGAGACGCAGUGCAUGCGUGUGCGCGCGGCUCGCAAAGCGGAGAUCUGCGCGCCACCGGAGGAUCCCCGAGCGCUCCAAGACGGCGCUGCAACUGUAAGUAGGGCGACUUUGGAGAGGAAGGAGGCGCGCGGGGGCGCACGGGGCUUCCUUACUGAGGUUUGGGUUGGGUUGGGUUAGGGGUGGUUCGUUCGCAAGAAGCUGGGACGGGAAGGAAAUAAGGAAGCGCAUCGCACGGUCCCUUAAAAAUAACCUGAGAGGAAGGAAUACAAAAACGAAACACGAAUUCUGCGGUUCUGUCAGUUAUUUUUGCAAACAGCUGGUCAGAUUGCGAUUGGCACGGGCUAGAGGAGAUGUUUGGGUCGCCUGGGCAGUUGCAAACGGGAUAGGCUCUCAUGCCUUGGGUAUUAUGGAGCUUUGAUUUGUUGUGUUUCUUUGCGUGGAUCAAGGAUGGGGGGGCAUUGAAGUUGCAUGUUAUUUACCUCUCUAGGGACCAGAGAAAAGUAAGGAGCCUGUCAUUAUGGAGCUAAUUUGUAGAGUUGGGAGGGACCGCGAAGUCAUCUAUUGCAACCUCCCUUUACUGCAGGAAUCUUUUGCCCAACGUGGGGGUCGAACCCACGACCCUAAGUCUCAUGCGCUAACCACUGAGCUAUCCCAGGUGCAUCCCAGCACGUGAUGCUGUUCUCACGUGCUUUCGUGGGGAUGGCGAUCAAGCGCGCAAAGUAUCCACAGCCUUCCUUUCUACGCGAGUGCAAGCCUCUGUAGGGUGGCCUCAGCUUCUCCGCCUGCAAAAUGGGAAGAAGCGAUUCGAUUAAAAGCCGCCCUUAACUGAUGAGAGGCAAGCGCACGCAUGCCUUGGCUGAAGCAACUGCUGAGAAGGGAGACUUCAGGCCAGGAGGCAAAAGGUUUCGCAACGGCCACGGAGAUGUUUUAGCAAACGAGCUGGCAGUUUCUUCAUUCGCUCUGCGCAGCUUCCUAAUGCAAAAGGAGGAGGAAGCCAGGAUUUUUGAGCGUGAAAUUGAAAAUAUGCCCAGUGCCCAGAGAGCAUUUCUGUCACUGAGACUGCAACUCUGCACACACCAAGAGGAAGUUAACUCCGUGGAAUACAGCAAGCAGUUCUGAAUGAACUCACAAGGGGCUGAAGUAUGAAGGAAUUUUUUUUUGUGUGCGCACACAAACGUGCAAAUAUUGUUUGAUAUCUGCCUCUGCUUACUCUAGCAUCCACAUAAUUUGUAGACUGCUUGCGUGUUCUUUCCCUCAGUUUAUCUGGUGACCCUGAUGUUUCACAUUCCAAGCGUGAUUUCAUUCUCCUUUGAUAAAAAACAGCAUGCAAUCUAAUAUUAAUAUUUGCAUUUCUAGGUGCUGCAGGAAAGACUCAGGAAUAGUGUGCAAAAGUGUUUUGAUGCCUGAGAUCUCUGUGUGGAACGUAGAUUUUCAAAAGUGUUUUCGGUGCAGGGCCAAGAUGUGCAGCCUUAUAACCUAAGGAGCCCUAGUCUCUGUGGCAGGCCCAUCUGAAAUCAUUUUAAAUUUAUUUUAAUUUUGACUUUAAUCCACCUGUCCUCCCUGACCUACAUUGUUCCUUCCUCCGCCCACUUUUCCCCUCACAACAACCCUGUGAGGUAGGUUAGGCUGAGAGAAAAAGAGAUUGGGUCAAGGUCAUUCCGAGUGGGCUGUUCCACAGCUGAGUGGGGAUUUGAAACCAGGCCUAGUCAUGCUAGUCAGACAGUCUAACCCAGGGACUGGGAGCAGGUAGAUCUGCUAGUAGAUCUCUAGGCAUUUGGCAGUAGAUCAGCAAGAGUUUCCGACUCCCAUUAAUUUAAUACAGUGGUACCUCGGGUUACAGACGCUUCAGGUUACAGACGCUUCAGGUUACGGACUCUGCUAACCCAGAAAUAGUACCUUGGGUCAAGAACUUUGCUUCAGGAUGAGAACAGAAAUCGCGCAGUGGCAGCAGAAGGCCCCAUUAGCUAAAGUGAUACCUCAGGUUAAGAAAAGUUUGAGGUUAAGAACGGACCUCCAGAACGAAUUAAGUUCUUAACCCGAGGUAGCACUGUAACACCAAGCGAAAUGGCAAGUGAAAACAAAAACCUGUGGCUUAGCCUUGUGCUAAUUGCUUGUCAACCUUUCUGUACCUCUCCUUCCUGCAAUUUUAUGAAUGUAAGUUGGUCUGCCUUUGACCAGUUCUUUUUGCACUUCCACUGGCCUGUUGGGGAGUUUGGUUCUCAAAUCCCUGAUCUGUUGUAACUCUGUAGUCGAUUCGUACUAACACACACAGGUUAUUUGGCUGUAUGCCUUCAGGUAUGGGCAAACUUGGCCCUCCAGAUGUUUUGAGACUACAAUUCCCAUCACCCCUGACCACUGGUCCUGUUAGUUAGGGAUGAUGGGAGUUGUAGUCCUAAAACAUCUGGCGGGCCGAGUUUGCCUAUGCCUGCCUUCUGGGAUGCAGUAGAGGAGUGGCUCCUCCCCGUUUUUGGUUUUGCAGCUGGCUCUGAUUGGUAGAUAUUGGUAGUUUAAGCAGAAAUGCAAACUAGGUCACAUAACCCGAAAACCUGCCCACCAUGCUCUAACCACAGCACCACAUUGGCAGAGGUACCACCUCUAAGCUUAUGAUAGUUGCACAUUUAAAGGCACAGAUGCUGCCUAAUCAUAGAGUGAUGCUGGGAUAAUGAACAGAAUCAACAACUGCAUCCUUAACUCAGGGAUGGGAAAUCAGACAUCCUUGGACCACAGCUUCCAUCAUUCAAGACCAUUGGCUGUGUUGGCUGGGGCCAGCUAAGAACAUCUGGAGUGCCACAGGUUCGCUACUCCAGGGAUGCGGGUGGCGCUGUGGUCUAAACCACUGAGCCUCUUGGGCUUGUUGAUCGGAAGGUCGGCGGUUCGAAUCCCCGCGACGGAGUGAGCUCCUGUUGCUCGGUCCCAGCUCCUGCCAACCUAGCAGUUUGAAAGCACACCAGUGCAAGUAGAUAAAUAGGUAGCGCUGUGGUGGGGAAGGUAAAUGGCGUUUCUGUGCCCUCUGGUUUCCGUCACGGUGUUCCGUUGUACCAGAAGCUGUUUAGUCCUGCUGGCCACACGACCUGGAAAGCUGUCUGUGGACAAACGCUGGCUCCCUCGGCCUGAAAGCGAGAUGAGCACCGCAACCCCAUAGUCACCUUUGACUGGACUUAACUGUCCAGGGGUCCUUUACCCUUAUCUUUUUUUUAAAAAGCUCCAGCUUACUUUUUCUGUUUUACACAGUUUAUAAAACCUCUCUUUGGUGUGCUUGAGACUAACUUAUAAAUAAAAAGGAGAAGGCUAUGGUCUUCGGGAGUCUUGCUUCUUUACGUCUAACAGUUGUUGUUGGCAUAGUAUUAAUGACAUUCUGCAGAUGCCCUGGGGCAUUUUGUUCUCCUUUGAUGUCAUCGUCUGUCUCAAGAGACAAUGCAGUGCACCUCUGGGAGUGAAGUCAAACCAAAGUGACCUCUCCAGGGCACAAGCCUGGGCAGUAUGCGUGGAGGUCCUGGGCUGCGCCCUCACUGAUGUGGUUCAAAAUAAAGCAAAGCAAGACAUAUGAACAGCAGCUAAAUCAAUUAGAUCAGGCUUCCUCAACCUUGACCCUCCAGAUGUUUUGGGCCUACAACUCCCAUGAUCCCUAGCUAGCAGGACCAGUGGUCAGGGAUGCUGGGAAUUGUAGUCUGAAAAACAUCUGGAGGGCCGAGGUUGAGGAAGCCUGAAUUAGAAGGUGUGGAAGGAUAUGAAAGACCUUGAAGGACCUACACUGGCUCUCAGUACAUUUCCAUGCACAAUUCAAAGUGUUGGUGCUGACCUUUAAAGCCCUAAAUGGCCUCGGUCCAGUAUACCUGAAGGAGCGUCUCCACCCCCAUCAUUCAGCCUGGACGUUGAGGUCCAGCGCUGAGGGCCUUCUGGCGGUUCCCUCACUGCGAGAAGCCAAGUUACAGGGAACCAGGCAGAGGGCCUUCUCGGUAGUGGCACCCGCCCUGUGGAACGCCCUCCGACCAGAUGUCAAAGAGAAAAUUAACUACCAAACUUUUAGAAGACAUCUGAAGGCUGCCCUGUUUAGGUUUUAAGGCUUUUAAUGUUUAAUAGGUUAUUGUAUUUUAGUUGUUGGAAGCCGCCCAGAGUGGUUGGGAAAACCCAGCCAGAUGGGUGGGGUAUAAAUAAUAAUAAUAAUAAUAAUAAUAAUAAUUUAUUAUGUAGCACAACUAAGAGUAAAAAGGAACGCAUGGAGGUGUGGGGAAGUCAAACAAUGUAGAAGGAUAAUGAAGAAUAUUGUGACAUGGAUGUACUCACUUAUUGUAACCACAGAGCCUAGGACUUGCUGAUCAGAAGGUCAGCGGUUCAAAUCCCCGCGACGGGGUGAGCUCCCGUUGCUCGGUCCCUGCUCCUGCCAACCUAGCAGUUUGAAAGCACACCAGUGAAAGUAGAUAAAUAGGUACCGCUCCAGCGGGAAGGUAAAUGAGUUUCUGUGCGCUGCUCUGUUUCACCAGAAGCGGCUUAGUCAUGCUGGCCACAUGACCCAGAAGCUGUACGCCGGCUCCCUCGGCCAAUAAAGCAAGAUGAGCGCCGCAACCCCAGAGUCGGUCACGACUGGACCUAAUGGUCAGGGGUCCCUUUACCUUUACUUUACCUUGGUUGCAGGAGUUGCCAGAAGUAGGCAUACAAGUCGCUAUCCAACUGUCUUAGGGACUCCACUCCAGAUCUGCUAGCAUUUUCUUCUCCCAAAGAUAUCUCACAAAGCAGCGGAGAUUUAGGAUUAGAGUUUUCCUUCUCCCAGAUGGGCUACCUUCCAAGGUGGAUAAGCCCCAGCUGCCCCUCAUUUCCCGCUGCAACAUGUGCUGAAACCAUCUUCUUGACCAUUGGACCAACUCUUGGUCUUGUCCGCUCAGUCCGCUGUCUUUGCACACAGGGGAAGUUCGUAACUCACCAAGAGCUUGAGACCCAUCGGCUACCAUCACCUGGUUUAGCCGACCAAUCAAAGCCGUUCCAGGAAUGUGGCCGCUGUCACAUGGGGGCAGCUUCCAGGAGCCACAGGUGAGAUCCGAGUGCAUGGUGGUGACCAAAGGUGGUCAAAUUCCCCCAAUAGAGGGACUACCCCACCCUUUACACCCCAUUUUGUUCCCCAAGUACAGACAAAAACUGCUUUAUUUAAAGUAGUGCUGACAGCCGCUAGCUUAGAUUGUUAAAAACAAAAUACUGGGCAAGUUCAUAGACGAUUAGGUGUGUCAAGAGGUAUUGGUCAUGGAGGCUAAAGAGAAUCUGCGUUCAAAGCAGAUUUUGGGGGCAAGUAACAGUUGAAGGUUGUUACCUUGAUGCUUUGCUUGUGGCCAUCUUGGAGGCAAAACGGUGCUGGACUAGAUUGACUGGUUCUGAUUCAGCAGAGAUCCUGUAUGGCAGGUUGUCUAGGCUUGUCUUGAGCUUCUGAAACCUAACUGUUGUCCACUUCUGCCCUGAGAGUUGGUUUAGGGUCAGGGUGAAUAAAUGAUUUUAAAAAUGAUUAAUUUUUUUUUUAAAAAAAUCAGAUUUUAAAAAAUUUAAAUCAGAUUUUUUAAAAUUUAAAUUGGAUUUUUAAAAUAAAAUGCUUUUGGAGGAAAAAUCUGCCUAAAUAUCGUUUUCUAUUUAAAUUACAUUAUAGUCCAGAGGCUAUUCAUCAGGAAAUAAGUUUUUCAUGUGUGCUAAAACUCAGUCUACAUUUUUUUUUGUUUUUGUUUAACCACAUUAGUUAACAAACAUGGAUACGUAUGCUAUAAUGUUACUGUUUUAGUUAAAUAAAUUGUUUAAAUUGUUCUUCUGGAAAUGAUCAUUUUUCUCCUUCCAAUAAGGUGCAGCAGAAAAGUUGUUGCAGAAAAGUUGUCCAAAUAUAAACAGUUAACUUAUUAAACCCCACAAUAAUUUCAUAAUCAUCUCUCUAUGUAUUUCUAAGAGUAUAAUCAAAUCAGUAAUUUUUGAUAUAACUGUAAAAACUACCCUGAAAAUUUAUUAUUCCAGAAAUGACACCUUCAUCUGGUUGUAAAUAUUAAGAUUAUACCAGCAAGAAUGAGUCUUUCUGUAAAAAAAUAACGAUUUAAAUCAAGUCUUACUGACUAGCGUUUUAAAUCGUGUUUUAAAUCGAUUCGAUUUAAAUCAAAUCCACCCUGUUUAGGGCACAGAAUUCUUUUAAACAAGUGCAACCAAAACUGCAUACCUGAUAGACGAAGUGGCGGAUCAAGUGAAAUUGCUUUUGAGGCAGAAUCCUGCAUUGAAUAGGUGAGGCUCCACUUGAGGAGAUUAGAUCUCACUCUUAGAUGGAUUAGAGGCUUUUUGCUGGAAGAAUUCUUGGGACUGUGCAUGGCAAGCAUAUCCAGAACACUAAGUGGUUUAACAGCUAUUCCCUCUUCCCAUGGGAUUGUGGGAAUUGUAGUUCUGUGAAGGGGAGGUCCUGGGUACAAAAGCAGCAUCUCAUGUCUUCGUAGACAUCAGUGGGUGAGAGCCACAAAUUGCUUAAACCUCUUCUUUGCUCCCUCAAGGAAUCUUGUUUAAGUACUGUACAUCAUUGUGCUGGCAUAGGUUUAUUGCCUGGUACAAAAUGCAGCCUUAGGACUAUUAUUUAUAUUUAUUUAACGAGAUCCGGAGGGUGGCAACGUGAGAACGGGGCCUUCUCUGCAGUGGCUCCCCGUCUGUGGAAUGCUCUCCCCAGGGAAGUUUGCCUGGCGCCUCCAUUAUACACCUUUAGGCGGCAGGCGAAAACUUUCUUUUUUAACCAGGCCUUUGGUGGAUCUGAUUUACAUCCUACGCCCCUUUAAAAUGUGCUUUUUUAAGGGGGGCUAUUGGGUUGUUGUUUUUAUUUUUAUUAUGUAUUUUGUGGUUUUAUAUCUUGAUUUUAUUCUGUGAACCGGCCUGAGACAUCUGGGUAUAGGGCGGUAUAUAAAUUCAAUUAAUAAUAAUAAUAUUUAUUACAUUUAUAGAAUCAUAGAAUUGCAGAGUUGCAAGGGCUCACAAGGGUCAACUAGUUCAACUCCCUGCAAUGCAGGAAUCUUUUGAACCCACAACCUUGAUAUCACUUUUAUCUUCUUCUUCUAAUAAUAAUAAAUUUUAUUUAUACCCCACCCUCCUCAGCCAAGACCGGGCUCAGGGCGGCUAGCAACCGAUAUAAAAACAAAUUGAUUGAAAUUGUUGUUGUUGUUUAGUCAUUUAGUCGUGUCCGACUGUUCAUGACCCCAUGGACUAGAGCACGCCAGGCACUCCUGUCCUCCACUGCCUCCCGCAGUUUGGUCAAACUCAUGUUAGUAGCUUCGAGAACGCUGUCCAACCAUCUCGUCCUCUGUUGUCCCCUUCUCCUUGUGCCCUCCAUCUUUCCCAACAUCAGGGUCUUUUCCAGGGAGUCUUCUCUUCUCAUGAGGUGGCCAAAGUAUUGGAGCCUCAGCUUCAGGAUCUGUCCUUCCAGUGAGCACUCAGGGCUGAUUUCCUUCAGAAUGGAUAGGUUUGAUCUUUCAGUCCAUGGGACUCUCAAGAGUCUCCUCCAGCACCAUAAUUCAAAAGCAUCAAUUCUUAGACGAUCAGCCUUCUUUAUGGCCCAGCUCUCACUUCCAUACAUCACUACAGUGGUACCUCUGGUUACAUCAAAACAUUAAAAUGCAGCCUCAUUUCAAUGGAAACUCAAAUCAAAACCUUUUUUUGGGAUGAAAACAUCAGGUCUUCACCAAGGCUAAGGAUCUCACUAAGGAUCUCAAUGUGGUGUACAAGUUCAUCCUCAGAACAACCUUGCGAGGUAGGUUAAGCUAAGAGAUGCUGACUGGCUCAAGGUCACCCAGUUAGCUUCCUGGCUGGGUGGGGAUUCAAACCCUGCUCUCCCAGGGUUCUGCUCUCCCAGACUAAGUUGCAUGUGCUAUGUUAGAUGUGCAGUUUGCAGCCAUGCCUGGUUGUUUUUUGUUUUUUUCUUCUUUAAUUAAUUAGAGGAAGAGGAGGGGGGUUGUCAUUGGACCACCACCAGCAUGCAGGAGACAGAGGUGUAAGCCUCAAACCCGUUUGAGGGGGUGGAAUUUUGUCCUGGAUGUGUUGGAAUGGGAUAAACCACCUCUUCUGCCAGUCUCUAUGGUCCCAAUGAUAGUUGGCUCCAGUGCCUGUAAUUAAAUAAAGUAAAACACAGAUGUUUCUGCUUACUGCACAAAUUAAAGUUAGCACCUCGUUUGGCCUUUAGCAUCAGCUGUUCAGCAAUGUUCAAUUUAUGUGGGUCAGUAAUAAUCUUAUCCCCGCUCCUGCUCCAACCCCAUCUCAUCUCUUUUGAGGUCAGUACAGCAAUUCAGCAGCGGAGUGGACUAGACAACACAAAACAUUAUAAUAUUUAACAUGCAUUUCGCUUCAUUCAAUAAGAUGGUCUUCAUGAAAAUUGACAGACUCAAUGGGUUGGGGGUACUUUUUUUGAAAAAGUCAUCUACAUUGUGUUGAUCUGUAAAAAGGGAAUAUUGAUAACUACAUUUUUUUAAAAAGCUUCCUUUCAGUGGCCUGAUUCAGCUCUUUCACCACUGACUUGAAACAGUUUAUUGUGAAAUAUGAAGAGAAGCAGCAGGAUGAUUCUAUGAAGAAAGAGUCUUACAAAAUUUCCUGCUACGUAAAUUAUUUGUGAAGGAGAGAAAGAUCUCGACAGCAGCUGCUGAUGGCUUCUCAAAGAUACCUUUGUGGUUUAAAGUAAGCUCGCAAGUUAGGUGGGAAUUAUGUUCCUCAGAUCACCCCUAAACAUAGCUGUCAACGUUUUCCUUUUCUUAAGGGAAAUUCCCUUAUUCCGAAUAGGAUUCCUUGCAAGAAAAGGGGAAAGUUGGCAGCUACGCCCCCAAAGCCCAAAUGGUGUAUAGUAAAAACGCAUUGGAUGCAGUGGGGUGUGGGAUUACCGAAGUUUCUUUUCCUGGAAACCUGCCCCAUUCUAUUUAUUUUCUUCUUCUUCUCCUUCGCAUAUAAAGCUGAAUGUGCACAAGUUAAAAUCACAAAAGUUGCAAACUAAAGCAGUGCUUCUAAAAAAAAUUGAACUGCCUCCACCAGGUUGCACUGCCUUCUGGAAUUGCCUCCUAAGACUCUGAUGUCUAGUGGGAGAACACUACAGUCAAACCUCGGUUGUCAAACUUCAUUCGUCCCGGAAGCCCAUUUGGCUUCCGAAAUGUUUGACAACCGAGGCGCAGCUUCCGAUUGGCUGCAGGAGCUUCCUGCACUCAAGUGGAAGCCGCGUCGGGAGUUCGGCUUCCGAAAAAUGUUUGAAAACUGGAACAUUUACUUCUGGCUUUUCGGCCGAAAUGUACGGUAACGGAGGCGUUCGGGAGUCGGGGUAAGUGGCGGAGGAAGGGUAGUGUGGGUAGUGUGGGGGUGCGGUCAGCCCCGGGUGUCAUCACUGAGGGGGGUGACAAAAUGACAAAAAUAUGAAUUUUUUAAAAUUAUUUUUAAAAAAUUAAUUAAAUAAUUAUCUAGGGGAUAAGGGUUCAUCAAGAAAGACCUGGUUAUGUUUAGAAUGAUACUGCAUAGGGAAAUAUUCCCUGAUACCAAGAUGAGGGAUUCUUUGGAAUGCAGAUAGAGAGAAUUGAUAAGAAUAAUGAUCUGCUGUGACCUUGACGGAAGCGUACAAUAGAUGAGCCUUCUUGUGUUUUGGCUCAUCUUCCUCUUUUUUUCUCCCCCCCCCCCAUCCUCCUUCUUCUUUCCUUUUCUCUUUUUUCUUUCCCACAAUGGCUUAUGUUUUAAGCCAUGUACUUUGAUACUUUUUGUAGUUUUUUUAGCUUUUUUCAUUAUUAUUAUUAAGGAAUUUUCUUUUGUAAUUUUGGUUGUCUAUAUUUACAGGUACUGUAUUUUUCGCCGUAUAAGACGCUCCAGACCAUAAGACGCACCUAGUUUUUGGAGGAGUAAAACAAGAAAAGAAAAAAAAUUCUGAAUCUCAGAAGCCAGAACGACAAGAGGGAUCGCUGCGCAGUGAAAGCAGGAAUCCCUCUUGCUGUUCUGGCUUCUGGGAUAGCUGCGCAGCCUGCAUUCGCUCCAUAAGACACACACACAUUUCCCCUUACUUUUUAGGAGGGAAAAAGUGAGUCUUAUAGAGCAAAAAAAUACGAUAUUUGUUUAAAGCAAAAUAAAAGUAUUUAAUUAAUUUUUUAAAACACAAUUGGGUUCACAAAACUUUUUAGUUCAGGCAACGAUAUGCGGCUAGCACUGGGAGCCACACCGUGGGGGCUGGCAUUUACUGCGGGGCCUGCAAUGUGCUCGAGCCAUGCGUCUCUCCUGGAAGUGAUGUGAUGGCUUGGGCGCCUGUAGGUUCAGUGCUGCCUGAAAUGGUAGCGUGGGACUUGGUGCCUGACCUCUGCCUCUCCUUCAGCAUCCCUACAGCUGAGGAGGCGGCGGCGGAGACGCUCCAUACAGUGCUCCCUCCCCCAUGGGCGGCUCACCCCGCCCCCGGCUGCAGGACGCGUGGGCCGCACCUGGCACCUAAGCAGCUAGCAACGCCGCUGGUCGGGGUUUGACUGUACUAUACAGUGGUACCUCAGGUUACAGACUCCGCUAACCCAGAAAAAGUACCUCGGGUUAAGAACUUUGCUUCAGGAUGAGAAUAGAAAUUGUAUGGCGGUGUCACGGUGGCAGCCCCAUUAGCUAAAGUGAUAUCUCAGUUUAAGAACAGUUUAAGGUUAAGAAUGGACCUCCGGAACGAAUUAAGUUCUUAACCCGAGGUACCACUGUAUUACAGAAUCAAACUGGUUCAGCAGUCAUUCCUCCUCUAGGAAUUGCAGUUUUUGGUGUGUUUUGGGAUCGCUAAUACAGUGGUACCUCGGGAUAAGUACUUAAUUCGUUCCGGAGGUCCGUACUUAACCUGAAACUGUUCUUAACCUGAAGCACCGUUUUAGCUAAUGGGGCCUCCCGCUGCUGCUGCGCCGCCGGAGCACGAUUUCUGUUCUCAUCCUGAAGCAAAGUUCUUAACCCGAGGUACUAUUUCUGGGUUAGCGGAGUCUGUAACCUGAAGUGUAUGUAACCUGAAGCGUAUGUAACCCGAGGUACCACUGUAAAAGGAAAAACAGCCCACCUAUCAUUCAUCUCCUGUCAUACUGCUGCCAGGUGAUUGACAGGUGGACAGGACCACCUGCCUGUCAAAGAUGGCCAGUGUGGGUAGGAGUAAAACCCUGCCCAUCAGCCGAUGGGUGGGAGACCAGUCCUGCUUUCUCCAGAAACAGAGUUUUGUGUGGGGAGCAAGUGUGCACAGCAGAACCAAGCAGGACUGAACCCUCUGACCCUCAGGUGAUGUCACCUGAUUGAUAGGUGGUUAAAAAAAAUGGCUGCAAGGACCAAGCUGGAAACUUGGGCAGGCCAAGGUUAGCAUGUGGACUGAGGAUUCCUCACCAGUGUUCUAGCCUUUGAAAUGCAUUCCACUUCAUUCUGCAAAUUCCUCUACAUUUAAACGGCCAGACUAGAUCCUUUUGGAGUACAGAACUUUGUUUUAGCUUUGCCUAUGCUGUGUUAAAAUUUAUUUAAAAUGACUAGUAUCGGUCUAUGCCUGGCACAGAUACUGAGUGCUUAUUAUCUAAAAAAUAACACUUGAAAAAAUUGAGUCCUUUAUUUAUCUCAGUCGCUAUCAAAAGCAGAACAUACCUGUCAGCCAGGUAUGUGGUGCAAUCCUUUACACGUUUACUCAGAAAUAAGUCUUGCUGCGUACAGUGGUGCUUACGUAUUUCCAGGUAAGUGUGUAUAAAAUUCCAGCCUAAGAGUUUCUGGAAAUGCCCUUGUCAAUUGGCACUGUGCCACAAGGUACCCCUGGUAAGCAAAAUAAAUAAACUGUUGUGUUCAUGUGAUGCCAACCUCAGCUCUUACUAUGUAAGGAAAAGGAUAAGUACCAGUCUGUAUUAAGGAGUAGCAGCUGAUUUGAUCUUUAGUAAUAAACUGCGAAAUGAUCGCUUUGUAGUAGCCCUAGGUUACAACAACGUGUUUCAACAGAGCUGCCUCAUCUUCCUUCACAUAUCUUAUUAUUACUCUUCUUUUAUUAUUUUUACUGAUCAAUUGAUUCUAUUUUUAUCCAGAUGCGCUGUGCCAAUAAGGAAUGAAAAGCAUCUGUUUAAGAGGCAGGGGUCUGGUGUGCCAGUUCACUCGUGAAAGAUCCUAUUGAAAGCUUUAUUUAUUUUUAGACAAUCGUAGAGGUAAAAAUGUUCUAUAAAUACCAGGUACAAGAUAAUUCCCCAUCUCCAGACUAAGAUAUAAUUGGUUCCCCUCUCUGUCCCUCUCUAGCUAUUGUUGGACUCCAAUUCCCAUCAUCCCUAGCUAGCAAGACCAGUGGUCAGGGAUGAUGAGAAUUGUAGUUUGACAAUAGCAGUUGGAGACCCAAGUUUGAGAAACGUGACUCUACAGCCAUUUACAAACUCACAAAGUUACCGUGUAGUUGAGAGUCCUAGCUCCAUGCUGUUGCAUCACCAGUUCAGACCCAUUCCAACUCUUUGAAGGAGACUUAUAUGCAUAAUUCAUCAUGCGAAAGGCUGGGCUGGAUGAAUCCCUAGCCAGAAUUAAGAUAGACGGAAGAAAUAUCAGCAACCUCAGAUAUGCAGAUGAUACAACAUUGAUAGCAGAAAGUGAGGAAGAAUUAAAGAACCUUUUAAUGAGGGUGAAAGAGGAGAGCGCAAAAUAUGGUUUGAAGCUCAACAUCAAAAAAACAAAGAUCAUGGCCACUGGUUCCCAUCACCUCCUGGCAAACAGAAGGGGAAGAAAUGGAGGCAGUGAGAGAUUUUACUUUCUUGGGCUCCAUGAUCACUGCAGAUGGUGACAGCAGCCACGAAAUUAAAAGAUGCCUGCUUCUUGGUUGAAAAGCAAUGACAAACCUAGACAGCAUCUUAAAAAGCAGAGACAUCACCUUGCCAACAAAGGUCCGUACAGUUAAAGCUAUGGUUUUCCCAGUAGUGAUGUAUGGAAGUGAGAGCUGGACCAUAAAGAAGGCUGAUUGCCGAAGAAUUGAUGCUUUUGAAUUAUGGUGCUGGAGGAGACUCUUGAGAGUCCCAUGGACUUCAAGAAGAUCAAACCUCUCCAUUUUGAAGGAAAUCAGCCCUGAGUGCUCACUGGAAGGACAGAUCCUGAAGCUGAAGCUCCAGUACUUUGGCCACCUCAUGAGCAGAGAAGACUCCCUGGAAAAGACCCUGAUGUUGGGAAAGAUGGAGGGCACAAGGAGAAGGGGACGACAGAGGACAAGAUGGUUGGACAGUGUUCUCGAAGCUACCAGCAUGAGUUUGACCAAACUGCAGGAGGCAGUGGAAGACAGGAGUGCCUGGCGUGCUCUGGUCCAUGGGGUCACGAAAAGUCGGACACGACUAAACGACUAAACAACAACUACAACAUGGGAUGCGGGGAACUCUUAUUUAUCCGUGGAGGCUACCCACACAUUUUGGAAACUUGAUACUUAAAUUUUUAAAAGGUUCUAAAAUGUGCACGGAGUAGGCAUGCUUAGAAAAGGUGCCCCAAGUCACACAGUUGCCUUUUGUGAAUGGAAAGACAACUGCACUGGGCCUUGGUGGGGCGGCAGAGCUAACUGCAUCAUCGCUGUACCCCUUGCAUAAUAAUUUUGCCGGAGAGUGAAUGCCUGAGGCAGCCAUAUCUUGGGAGAGAAAUGUGAGGUGCAAGUAGUGUACAGAGUCCUCAUGUCUCACAGGAAGUUGCCUCAUACCAAGUUGGGUCAUUUGGUCACUAGCUCUGUAACAUGUGCAUUAUUUUAGCAGCAACUCUCCCAAGAUUUCGGAUGAAGCUUUUCCCAGCCCUAUUUGGCGAUCUCAGGGGUUGAACCUGGAGUCUUUGGCGUUCAAAUCGUGUGCUUUGCUCCUCUGCUGCAUCUCUUCUCAUCGGGCCAUGUUGACGCAGUUAAGAUAUUUUCAUAUCACCAUCAUGUGGUGGCUUCCAUGUUACGUUAUGGAGAGCCUGAAGAAAUUCAAGUUCUAGACGGGCUGAAACGUUUUGAUAUACAGUGGUACCUCGGGUUACAUACGCUUCAGGUUACAUACACUUCAGGUUACAGACUCCUCUAACCCAGAAAUAGUACCUCGGGUUAAGAACUUUGCUUCAGGAUGAGAACAGAAAUCGUGCAGCGGCGGUGCAGCGGCAGCAGCAGGAGGCCCCAUUAGCUAAAGUGGUGCUUCAGGUUAAGAACAGUUUCAGGUUAAGAACAGACCUCCGGAACGAAUUAAGUACUUAACCCGAGGUACCACUGUAGUUCCACUUUCCUAACUGGUUUGGUUACGAUGACUAGCUUUAUGUUGGAAACGUCUCUUUUUCUGAAGCAUUGAUUAGCUGCAGUUUAAAGUCAUCCGGAUACCGGAGUGUGAACAUGAGCCUCAGGCAUGCUGAAGGUUUUGUUUCAAUUGCUGUGUUCUGAGGCAGGGAUGAGGAAAUGCACAUGUGAACCAGAUCUGCGUCACAUUUUACGCUGGCUGCUUUGUUUCCCAAAACAACAUUUUUUUUUUCUAUGGAGGAGAUUCAUUUGCCUCUUCCCAGCAGGGGUAGCUAACCUUUUGCUCCUCAGAUAUUGCUAGACUACAACUCCUAUCAUCCUUGACCAUUGGGCAUAAUGGCUGGGGCUCAUGGGAGUUGAAGUCCAGCAGUAUAUAGAGGGCCACAGGUUAGUCACCCCUGUUUCAAGCAGAAAAAACUUAUUGUACUUGUUUUGAAAAAGUUGCACCCUUUGAUACAUUUUUUAAUUUUUUUAUAAUAAUUUUUAUUAAGUUUUCCAUUUAACAAUCCAAUCAUAUCACAUUGAUUAUUCCAAAUUAUACCAGUACAUAUCAUAAAGUCCAAAUAUUUUGCCAAAUUAUAAAUUUUUGUUGGGGGUUCCCAUGCUUCGAGUUCAGUAGGGUCCAAUCAUCUCAAAUUUCUGCUGCUUUUAGUGUUCACCAGUCCCAUCUUUCAAUCUUCUUGUUAUCCUUUUUCUUCUGAAUAGCCUCUGAGUUGUUUCCAUAGGCAAGUUAAAGUAAGCAAUAUUAUGCUUCUGUGUGAACUUUGUAAGGCUCUCCCCUUUUUUUUUUUAAAGCUGGUAAUUCUUUUGUUUGCAAUAAAUCCUCACACGCUGAUCCAAAAGUCCUCCUUGAGUGGCAGACGCCAUAUUUCUCAGUUCUGAUGAAAUAAAAUCUAGGCGUUUGCUCAUUAAUUUUCCCAGAAAAGCCUUUGAUACAUUUUAAGGUGCCAAUACUCUUUGGUCCUUCUUUGUGAAGUUGAUUGCGUGUACAAAAUAUAUUUAGGUGUUUUCAGAGAGAUGGAUCUUGCAAGAAAAGAGGAAACACAAUUCGACAUAUCCCUCGGUGUGCUAGUGAAUGGUAUAUUUUGCUUGGAUUUGUGUUCAGAUUUUAAUUAUGGGCUGAUGCACAGAUUUUAUGGAGAUAAACUUGGGUUUGCUACUUCAAGUGCUUGGAUUUCUAACGACUUUUUAUUGCUGCUGUUGAGUAAUUUCUCGCUGCCGUUUUAACAUUAGAUUGUGUGGGAUAUUUUACAGGGUUUCAUCUUCAUUGCUAGCUGCCUCGAGCUCUCUGAAAGCAAGACUGGGUUUAAGUGUUUUAAAUAAGUAUGUUGUUCUCUGACUUAGACCAGAUCCAUUGAAACCGGUGGUUUCAGUUGGUCAUGAUUAACUUUAAUCCAUUGGUUUAUUUUGCGUAUGACUUGGGUGGAUUCUGCCCAUAAUAUAAAAACAUCUGCUCAGAUGAAAGCUGUAGCUGCUGCAAGGAGACUAAUGUUACAUUGUGCUGUUUUUUCUUUUUGUUAGAAAUGUUAAGUUUAGCCCUUUGUUCUUUGUUUGCAAAUAUUUGCAUCCAUAUACAAAAGAAGUACCUGGGACACGGGUGGUGCUGUGGGUUAAACCACAGAGCCUAGGGCUUGCUGAUCAGAAGGUCGGCGGUUCGAAUCUUCGCGGCGGGGUGAGCUCCCGUGGCUCGGUUCCUGCUCCUGCCAACCUAGCAGUUCGAAAGCACGUCAAAGUGCAAGUAGAUAAAUAGGUACCGCUCCAGCGGGAAGGUAAGCGGCAUUUCCGUGCGCUGCUCUGAUUCGCCAGAAGCAGCUUAGGCAUGCUGGCCACAUGACCCGGAAGCUGUACGCCGGCUCCCUCGGCCAAUAAAGCGAGAUGAGCGCUGCAACCCCAGAGUCGGCCACGACUGGACCUAAUGGUCAGGGGUCCCUUUACCUUUACCUUACAAAAGAAGUAGCUCAAACGUGUCACUGUAGCUCCGUUUCCCAGAGCCAGAACUCUGGAGGUUUCGUCCAAGUUGUUGAUUCCUUAUGGAAUCGACAAAAUAAAUUACAGGUGGUGACCAUUUUAGGCGUGUCCAAUUGAUGUGUGAUCGCCAAUGCACGGGUCCUUUUGGACUUGGAAGAAGGCAGAUCAGGGACGGAAUGGGGUGGAGCAGAACAGAAUAACAGGGUGUGGUUGGUCACUGCCUGUAUUCAGACUAUAAAUAUGGACACAUUUAUAGGCUGGCAUGAAAAAUGUACAAUUUUUUUGGAUUUUUUAAAAAAAUUAUUUAUUUGGUUUUUCAGAUUAAAAUUUUACAGUCAUAUAUCAAACAUAGAUCAUAAAAACAAAAUUCCAAGGAAUCACCUGGACUUCCACCCUCCCCUUUGUUGGUCCUAUUUAUUACUCAUUUCCUCCUGCAUCUUUUAUGAUGAUCCAAAUCUUUUACAUCUCCAUUAUAUCCAAAUUUCACUAUUAAACUACAAGUGAUAUUCCAAUCCUACUAACGAGUCUAACUGUUUACAAUGGUCUUUAAGAUAAGUUAUAAAUUUUCCCCAUUCCUUAUUAAAAUUGUGGUCUUCCUGAUUUCUGAUUCUUCCGGUCACUUUAGCCAUUUCAGCAAGUCCAUCAACUUCAUCUGCCAUUCUUCUCUGUCGGGGACUUUAUCUUCUUUCCGUCUCUGGGCCAAUAACAUCCGUGUAGCCAUGGUCACGUACAUAAAUAGUCUUUUCUGCUCCCAUGGGAUUUCGGCACCUAAGGUUCCUAAAAGGAAGCCUUCAGGUUUUUUAAACAUUUCCCCCCCAACUCAUUGUACAGUGGUACCUCAAGGUUAAGAACUUAAUUCGUUCUGGAGAUCCGUUCUUAACCUGAAACUGUUCUUAACCUGAGGUACCACUUUAUCUAAUGGGGCCUCCCGCUGCCACUGCCUCACAAUUUCUGUUCUCAUCCUGAAGCAAAAUUCUUAACCCGAGGUACUAUUUCUGGGUUAGCGUAGUCUGUAACCUGAAGCGUCUGUAACCCGAGGUACCACUGUAUAUCAUUUCCUAAACUGGGGGGAAAAAAUACAUUUUGGGGAAAAUGUACAUUCUUGGUGUGACACUCUUUUGUGCUUGUAAGGCCUGCUUUUGUGGCAUGUACAAGAACAAAGUACAGUGGUACCUCUGGUUAAGAACUUAAUUCAUUCUGGAGGUCUGUUCUUAAGCUGAAACUGUUCUUAACCUGAAGCACCACUUUAGCUAAUGGGGCCUCCCACUGCCACUGCGCCGCUACUGCGCAGUUUCUGUUCUCAUCCUGAAGCAAAAUUCUUAACCCGAGGUACUAUUUCUGGGUUAGUGGAGUCUGUAACCUGAAGCGUAUGUAACCCGAAGUACCACUGUAGUAUCGUUCCUGGGGCAAUGUGCAGAAGGAAACAUGGCGGCCUCCACUGGCAAUCUCUACUACUUCUUCCCACAAUGCUUCAAGACCAUUGGUAAUGUUGUGUUAUUCCCAGUGGGCAUGAGGUGGCGAGGAAGUUGCAGAAGUCUAGUUAGCACCUACUCUGCUACCACUGCUUUUGUGGAAGGUCACUAAAAAGAAAUGAAACUGGUACAGCCAACACUGCAAUAUAUCUUGCAUUGAAGAGCACAUGAGGGGGUUGUGUAGCCCUGUUUUCAUUACCACAUGCGCACCAGAAAAGCCCCACUGGCCAGCAUAUUCAGGGGCCAUGUUCAGAGGCCCUAUGCAUAUCCAUUUUUGUGUGUGUGUAACUCCUUGACACAGUUACUGAAUGAGUGUGACCCCUUUGUUCCUGUGAUGACUGUGGGGGUUGUGUGUACCUGUGAAUAGCACUCAAGAGAGUUCUGGUUUGGCUUCCUCUCUGUGACAUGAGGGCAGCUGGGCCAGUCGCUAGCAUACAGUUUUAUCGUAAUCAGCACCACAGAACGGCACACUCCUUUCUCCAUUAUGGUAUAGAAUGAUUUUACAGUGGUGCCUUAGUUGUUGAACUGCUACAUAGAUCAAGCAUAACAUCUUGCAAUCAGAUGUAAGCUUUUUACCUACUUAGGUUUAUUGCAGUUCUCUCGCUUUCAUUUUUUCAAACAUUUGCACAAUAACCUCAAAAUAUUUAUCAAAUAUCAACCUCAGAAAUCAAAUACCUUGUUUCAUUAGUUGACUUCCCACCCUCAUUUCCACAGUGUUUUUAUCCAAACCUUUUCUACUGCAUUAAAUCUUUAUCUAUUACAAAAAAAUUAUCUAUUGCAAUUAUGUUGUCAUUCUCCUUCUGCUGCUUUUAUCUCAAAUCCUGCCUGUGAUUUCAUUUGGCUGUAAUAUUUUUUAAUUACUUCAUCAUUUUGCUCUCUUAAUUUUCACUUUCAAAAGCCACACUUCCUUUGUUGAAACCUGCUCACCUUUAUUUCUGUGUAUGUAAUAUUCUAGCUGAUAGGUUUAGUGCAGUUCUUUACUGCAUUUUAAGACAUUUAUCUACUUGCUUAAUUAUUCACAUUUCAACAUGGUGGUUGCCUAAUUGGUUUCUUAGCCAACAAGCUAGGCAGGUCUUAGCUGAACCCAAAUACCUUGAGCAGUACAAAAUUUCAAGCUGCUCUGCAUCUUAAAGCAUCUGAAGAAACCUUCUCAGACAUUCUUGUUUCCAGCACAUAUUUUUAGGUGGAUAAACGAGGUGUAUAAAUGCCAGCAAUCUCUAUUUUCCAAGAUUUUCAAAAAUUGGCAGGUAUUGUGUGUAUAAACAUGCCAGGGAUCUUAGUGUCUCUGUGUAAAAGGUGCAUAUUGAGUUGCAUUGUAAGAUUUUGCCUACGGUGCCAAAAUACUACCUGCUGCCCCAGGGAAUUUAAUAACAGGUCUGGAAUGCACUGCCCUGUGGCUCCUCAGUUCCUGUUGCUGCAGUCAGUAAUAAACACUGCAUAGUGCUUAUGGUAGAAGCAGCCAAGAGCAAGUUGAAGCCAGCCCUCCCGUAUUUCUUGGGAGAUUUUUGCAGCAGCAAUAAGCCCUUGUUAGCUUCCUCUGUGGGUUAAACCACAGAGCCUAGGACUUGCUGAUCAGAAGUUCGGCGGUUCGAAUCCCCAUGACGGGGUGAGCUCCCGUUGCUCAGUCUCUGAUCCUGCCAACCUAGCAGUUCGAAAGCACCUCAAAGUGCAAGUAGAUAAAUAGGUACCGCUCCAGCGGGAAGGUAAACGGCGUUUCCGUGCGCUGCUCUGGUUCGCCAGAAGCGGCUUAGUCAUGCUGGCCACAUGACCCGGAAGCUGUACGCCAGCUCCCUCGGCUAAUAGAGUGAGAUGAGCGCCGCAACCCCAGAGUCGGCCACGACUGGACCUAAUGGUCAGGGGUCCCUUUACCUUUACCUAGCUUCCUCUUCUAACUGAAGAAUGAAAAAGUGAAUGCUAGAUUGCUCAUCAUUUGCCAGAUUUAAAGGUGGCGGCCUUAUUCUAGCUGUCUGUUAAAACAACCCAGCCCCUUGUAAGCCACAAUAGCUGGGGCUCUUCUCAUCCCAGAGGUACGUGUCAUUCUUGGAUUACACAAUUAUGGACCAUUUCCCUACAAAGCGUAACCAUGAUUCAGCCUUGAGGUUAAAGCUUGUGUCUGUCGGGUAGGGUGGGGGAAGCCCCCCCGUCACCAUUUGUAGUAGAUUUCCCUGCAGAUGUGAUUCCUAGCACGAUGUGAUUUUGGGAGAGGAGUCAUUAAGUCAGCCUUUUACAGGUUUUAAAAACAAGGCAGCAGUUAAACUUCCUCAUGUUACUGAUUUCUUCCGGUUUUCUUUUUGCGGGGGAGGAAAGCGAGAGGAAUCUGGAUCAAGUUUUUACGUGUUUUGUGAAGUUUAUUGUUGCGGACUUUGAGGAAACAGAAUGCUGUCGUUUGUAGAGCAGAGAGGCAAAAGUGAAAUUAGCAUUAACAAAACGUUAAUGCUUUUUGCGUUUUUGAUCUGUCCUGUGUGAUAAGUAUUUUAAAGUCUUAGAUAUAUAAUAAAUGUUCAUAAACGUACCAACCAAGCACGUACAUAGAUCAGCACAGGAAGACCGACCUGAAACCAUUUUUGAUUCCCAAACUGACCAAAUAUUUUCUCUGCAAGGUCAAAGGAAAAUGGAAAAGCCUCCCCAUUGUCUUUUCCUUCACAAAUCCUGCCUUAAGGGUAUGUCUGUCUGUGUUUGAACAGGGUGUGAGCCUGUGACCUGGCUCAGGAACUAAGUAUUUAUCAUUACAAAAGACUGGCCAGGCUCCCCAGGGUAUCCAAUCAAGUGAGCAUUAACAGGUAACCUGUCAGACGAGAUAAACUCGUCAGAUUUCUGCUGUGGACUGCCUUUUCAUGGAUGUAUGUAUGAUGUAUGGAGGGAUGGUCUGGAGCUCCAGGGCAGGGAAUUUAAAAUGUCUAUAUAAGGCCUUGCGCACCGUUGUUCGAGGUCCUCCUCCUUUUCCUUCGUGUGAGGGGAGCUCCCUGUUGCAACAGAUCAAUAAAGAUCAGGCUUACUAGCUGCUUUGCUUCUCAAUAUUCUCUGGUUGGCCUCUGUUAUUUUCUCCUACCAAUAGGAAACCCACGUAAGGACUCUAUACGGGCUCUUGGAUACCCCAUAAGGGCAGAUUGAUUUUGUUUACAACACCUGUUCCGAGGGUAAGCAUGCAGAUGUGAUGAUAUGUGAACCUGGAAGAGAAAAAGUCCGGGAUGCAAAUCACCUUGCAAGUUAGCUUGAGUGCUUGGUGGCAGUUAGGCAUUGGUUUAUGGUUUGGUUGGUUGAGGGGAAGUGGUUGAGUGCCUGCCCUUGGUAGGUUGAGUGCCUGCCCCUCUAAUGCUGCUGCUGCAAGGGAUUCCGUUAAAGGAAUUGGCGGCUGACUAUUGCUUGUCCACUCUGUCAAGGGGGCUCGGGCCAUAGCAAUGAGCUCCUGGUUGCAUUUGGGGUGAGGGCAGGUUCCCUGCUCCGCGUAACCCCCAAGUGUAUUCCCCUAUUCUGACUUUCGCAUCGUGCGGAAUGUCAGUCUGUCCCCCAUGGUGGGGGCAGAUAGUCGCAACCAAUGCCUAAGCAACCACUCACAAAUUUGUAUUUCAAUUAAGUUGUGGCCAAAAUUAUGCCAAAAAUCUUAAACAAAAAAUUCUGUGUGAUGUGUGAGUUAUUGGGGUGGCCCUGGGGACCUCGACACGCAAGAGAAAAAAGUCCAGGAUGCAAAUCACCUUGCAAGUUGUGUCCAAGGAAAUUAGUGAAAUGUUUUGCUCCCUCCCAACUCCCUUGAACCGCCCAACUCCCGUGUUUGGAAAAGCCCUGAAACGAAAGCCCUGAUUUUGGAAAGCCCUGAAAUAGUUUCAAAGCAGUUUGCCCUGUGGCUGUGGGGAGCUGCUGUCUUAGAAUCAUAGGAUUUAAAGCCCUAAUCCACCCAGAGGAAGCAAUAAUAGCAGUUGAUUAGGUUAUAUGCAUCAUUUUGUUGUCCAGAUUUAGCAUAGGUACCCCUCUCAGGUAUCUUUGGGAAGACUUCCUUUCCUUUCCUUUCCUUUCCUUUCCUUUCCUUUCCUUUCCUUUCCUUUCCUUUCCUUUCCUUUCCUUUCCUUUCCUUUCCUUUCCUUUCCUUUCCUUUCCUUUCCUUUCCUUUCCUUUCCUUUCCUUUCCUUUCCUUUCCUUUCCUUUCCUUUCCUUUCCUUUCCUUUCCUUUCCUUUCCUUUCCUUUCCUUUCCUUUCCUUUCCUUUCCUUUCCUUUCCUUUCCUUUCCUUUCCUUUCCUUUCCUUUCCUUUCCUUCUUCCUUUCCUUUCCUUUCCUUUCCUUUCCUUUCCUUUCCUUUCCUUUCCUUUCCUUUCCUUUCCUUUCCUUUCCUUUCCUUUCCUUUCCUUUCCUUUCCUUUCCUUUCCUUUCCUUUCCUUUCCUUUCCUUUCCUUUCCUUUCCUUUCCUUUUCCUUUCCUUUCCUUUCCUUUCCUUUCCUUUCCUUUCCUUUCCUUUCCUUUCCUUUCCUUUCCUUUCCUUUCCUUUCCUUUCCUUUCCUUUCCUUUCCUUUCCUUUCCUUUCCUUUCCUUUCCUUUCCUUUCCUUUCCUUUCCUUUCCUUUCCUUUCCUUUCCUUUCCUUUCCUUUCCUUUCCUUUCCUUUCCUUUCCUUUCCUUUCCUUUCCUUUCCUUUCCUUUCCUUUCCUUUCCUUUCCUUUCCUUUCCUUUCCUUUCCUUUCCUUUCCUUUCCUUUCCUUUCCUUUCCUUUCCUUUCCUUUCCUUUCCUUUCCUUUCCUUUCCUUUCCUUUCCUUUCCUUUCCUUUCCUUUCCUUUCCUUUCCUUUCCUUUCCUUUCCUUUCCUUUCCUUUCCUUUCCUUUCCUUUCCGUUACUUUCCUUUCCUUUCCUUUCCUUUCCUUUCCUUUCCUUUCCUUUCCUUUCCUUUCCUUUCCUUUCCUUUCCUUUCCUUUCCUUUCCUUUCCUUUCCUUUCCUUUCCUUUCCUUUCCUUUCCUUUCCUUUCCUUUCCUUUCCUUUCCUUUCCUUUCCUUUCCGUUCCUUUCCUUUCCGUUCCUUUCCUUUCCUUUCCUUUCCUUUCCUUUCCUUUCCUUUCCUUUCCUUUCCUUUCCUUUCCUUUCCUUUCCUUUCCUUUCCUUUCCUUUCCUUUCCUUUCCUUUCCUUUCCUUUCCUUUCCUUUCCUUUCCUUUCCUUUCCUUUCCUUUCCUUUCCUUUCUUAGAAGUGCUGCUCCACUUUCCUGUAGGAAUUUUGGAUAUUCUGGGCUUACAGGCAUUUGUGAAGCAGCAGCAGGACUUAUAUUACUAUUGGGAAGCAGUUGUAGGUCUUUAGAAGAGCUUUGCAGGAUCACACCAAACUAAGGCCCGGGGGCCGGAUCCAGCCCAAUCGCCUUCUAAAUCCGGCCCGCAGACGGUUCGGGAAUCCGCGUGUUUUUACAUGAGUAGAAUGUGCCCUUUUACCAUAUAUACUCGAGUAUAAGCCGACCCGAAUAUAAGCUGAGGCACCUAAUUUUACCACAAAAAACUGGGAAAACUUAUUGACUCGAGUAUAAGCUGGUUCACCACACCACAAACCUCCUGGUGGGCUGGAGUGUGUGUGCCCAUGCACAUGUGCACGCAGCAGAGGGGGCUUCUCUCUCUCCCACCCCAGCUCCUCCCAUCCCCCUGCCUACCUAGGGUGCUGCUGAGAGGCCAAGGCUGGUGGCAGUGGCGGAGGAGGAAGACAGCGGCAAAGGUGGAUGAGGAGGAAGGAACAGCCCGAAAGGACCCUCACUCGAGUAUAAGCUGAGGGGUUUUUUUUUCAGCAUAAAAAAUGUGCUGAAAAAGUCGGCUUAUACUCGAGUACAUAUGGUAUUUAAAAUGCAUCUCUGGGUUAUUUGUGGAGCCUGCCUGGUGUUUUUACAUGAGUAGAAUGCCUGCUUUUAUUUAAAACGCUUCUCUGGGUUACUUGUGGGGCAUAGGAAUUCGUUCAUUCCCCCUCCCAAAAAAAGCCCGGCCCCCCACAAGGUCUGAGGGACAGUGAACUGGCCCACUGCUGAAAAAGUUUGCUGACCCCUGAAUCCAGUGUGCUGUUCUCACAGUGGCCAGCCAAAUGACUUGUCUUAGCUUAACAUGGCCCAUUGUGGAAGGGAUGGAAAGUAUGCUUCCUAGUUAAUUUAGAAUUGUAGAGUUGGAAGUUAUCCCAAGGGUCAUCUAGACCAACCCCCUGGAAUGCAGGAAUCUCUGCUCAAGCAUCCAUAACAGAUGGCCAAGAAACAUACGCCCAAAUAACUUCUUGGGUAUGGGGAACUAGGUGCACAGAUCUUGGUUUCCUAGCUGGAAUCACACACUGUUCCAUUGCUGUAGUCAAUAGGCUUGCUUAUGUGUCAUUUCUCUGUAGAAAAAUGGAAGAAAUAUUCUGAAAGCCAAUUUGGACUGAUCGCCACGCUACACUGGAAGGUGCAGAAACCUUUCCCAGCCUGGAGGUGGCAUUCACUUCUGGCCAGCCUGCCAGGGACAGAGGCAGAAUUAGUUGGAGCAAUUUACACAAAUCUUCCCUUUUAUACACAAGGCUAGUUUUUGUGCACGCUCGCAUGCCCUGCUCUAUUAUCGAUGAAGCGGUUUGUACAUUUUUUCAAUUUAUUUAAAAAAUGUAACUUUAAGACAACAUUCCUAAACGCUGGAUUGAAGUGUUCUGGAGCUGAAAUGAAGUGUUUGUGCAAAAUAGAUUAGAUGCUGGCCAAAAAAGCUAAAUCCUCAUUGUAAAGCAGUUUGUGAAUUGUGUGAGCUGCUAGCUCCAUCCAGUGGUCCAAACAAAAUGGCUGCCACGGGUUCUCUGCCUGUACCCGUGCAAUACUAGUAGGUUUUCUGUCCAAAUUGUGCAGAGAUGCUUGCCAUCCUUUCCUUCGCUCUUGGCACUGUUACUUUGCCCUUCCUUACAAAGGUGAUUCAAGGAUUUCUUCACUGAUCAAUUAGGUUAGUUUGUGCCCAGUGCUGACUCUAAAGCAUACAUUAUUUGGACAAAAAAACCCCCUACUAUUCUGAUUCAUUCAAUCUUAAAUCUGAUGUAUGGCACUGUGGAUUCUAAAAUACAAGGAAAUACAGUACAUCCUAUGCCCUUUUAAAAUGUGUUUUUUUGGGGGUGGCGUGGGUAGUGCUGUGGUCUUGUAGCACCCUGCUUGUGGUUAACGCUUAGCUGGAAUGAAAUAUUCAACUCAGCAAUAGAGAAAUUAAAAUAAUAAUUUAUUUGUCAGACAAAUAAAUGAGAGACACAGUGGUAUAUGGAUACCAAAGCUCUGCCUACUCCAGCCCUGAUGGCCAGCACUUAUAUUUCCUCAGCCCAGCCCCCUUGCUCCUCCUUUGGCUGCCUCUGUCCAAUCAGCCUGGUCGAAAUUCCUAUUGGCUGUUUGCUAGAACCAAUCAUAAAAGAUACAGCCAUUUCCUAUUACCUUUUAUGGGAGACAAAGAGCUAUAUUUCCUUCUAUCCAUAAAUGGCAGACAAGUAGCCAUAUAUCUUACAUUUGCCUCGACCAGGCACCUUAAUUACCAGAUAACCUUUUUGCCCUAUUGCCCUAUUACCCUAUUCACUCCAGAACAGAUGGCUAAUGGUUCUAAUUUUAUCUUAAACAGAGAUCUUGGGUUCACCUUCUCACACACCAUCAAUGAAAUAAGAAUCUAACAUAAGAAUCUAACAUUUCUUACUUUCUAAAUCCUUUGCAUAAUUACAUUUAAGCCAAUAUAUUUCAUUCAUUAACAUAGAUAGAUUUUUAGAAGAAAAGGAACAGUUUCAAAGUAAAAAGGACUCAGUAAAACAGCUUCGAAAGCAACCCCUUAGAUCUACACCCCCCUUUCAAGCCAGCUGCUGUUUCUAAAAGCAACUUCUUCAAUUUACAACUCCGUUUCAAGCCAGCUGCUGUUUCUAUUAGCUCUUGCCCUUUAACCUUAUGAAAAUAUGGCUCGAGUCUUCUGUUAAACAAUAAAUUUCACUAUUUACCAACUCUUAAUUGUGUCUUUGCAGCUUGAUUGUAUUCUGUAAUUUGUAUGGUCAGUGUGACCUUUUGCUCCCAGCCUGUAAUUUCCUUUUACAACUCUGAGGCACUGCUUAUAGAUCAGAGGGGCCCUGUUUAGGAAGAUAAACAUCUGCCAAAGCACCCAGCACUUUAUGCCUGGCAUAAAACAUACAAACAUUUGCAAAUAUAUUUUUUAAGCUCAUUUUAAAAUGUAGGCCUUGAUCUGAUGCCUCAGUCUAAACCACUGAGCCUAGGGCUUGCUGAUCAGAAGGUCAGCGGUUCGAAUCACCGCGACGGGGUGAGCUCCCGUUGCUCGGUCCCUGGUCUUGCCAACUCAGCAGUUCGAAAGCACGUCAAAGUGCAAGUAGAUAAAUAGGUACCGCUCCAGCAGGAAGGUAAACAGCGUUUCCGUGCGCUGCUCUGGUUUGCCAGAAGCGGCUUAGUCAUGCUGGCCACAUGACCCAGAAACUGUACGUCGGCUCCCUCGGCCAAUAAAGCGAGAUGGGCGCCGCAACCCCAGAGUCGUCUGCGACUGGACCUGUCAGGGGUCCCUUUACCUUUACCUUUAUUGGGUUGGAGUUUUUAUUUUUAUGAUGUAUUUUGUGGUUUUAUAUCUUGAUUUUAUUCUGUGAACCGCCCUGAGACCCCCUUGGGUAUAGGGCAUUAUAUAAAUUCAAUAAGUAAAUAAAAUAAAUAUUAUCCAACCAGGAAGUGAAGGCGUUCCAAGGACACGUUUCCAGCCAAGCAAAAAACACUUGGGGUGUGGAGCAGGGCUGGUGAGAGGAUGUAGCUAGGGAGAGGGUGUGGCUUGGGGACGGUUUCAGGGGCCAGGUUGAGGGGUCUGGAGGGCCACCCCUGAGGUUCCCAUCACUGCCAUAGAGUGGCCAUAUGCAAAGGGAGGCAGGGAUUACAUGCCUUCAGGAGCUUUGUAAAAAGAAAGAAUUCUGGCAAGUUCUGCUUGUGUUCAUGUGGAGGUUAGAAAAACUGCAGCAGCCAGAAAUUCCCUGUCCGUUACUUACUUACUUUCUUACUUACAUGCCUUUUUUCCACAGUUCAAACCAUGCUCAAGGCUGCUUGCAAGAUGAAAUGAAUGCAUAACUACAGCAUAACCAAAGUACCUUGGUUCUCAAACUCAAUCCGCUCUGGAAGUCCGUUCGACUUCCAAAUCGUUCAAAAACCAAGGCACAGCUUCCGAUUGGCUGAUUGGCCCCAGAAACAAUGCCGACAGCCGAAAUGGACGUUUGGCUUCCGAAAAACGUUUGCAAACUGGGACACUUCUGGGUUUGCGGCAUCUGUGAGCCGAUUUGUUCAUCAGCUAAGCCGUUUGGGAACCAAGGUACCACUGUAGUCAUAAACAAUAUGUAAUAAACGAAAAUCUGCCCUUAUUCUCUUAUGGGGGACACAAGAGCCCUUAUAGAGUCUUUUGCAGGCUCUCCAUCGGUCGGAGAAAGUAACAGAGAAUAUUGAGAAGCAAAGCAGCUAGUAAGCCUGAUCUUUAUUGAACUGUUGCAACAGGGUGCCCCCUUCACAUGCAGGAGAGAGGAGGAGGACCCCAAACCAAGGUGUGCCCACCCUUAUAUAGACAUUUUAAAUUGUCCGCUCUGGAGUCCAAGACCACCCCCAGAAACAUCAUACAUACAUCACAGAAGGGGUGUAGUUCAAGACCACCCCCUUAUCAUACCUACAUCACAGAAAGGGCGGUCUACAACAGAAAUCUGAGUGUGUUGUUUACCUCCUGUCUGGCAGGUCACCUGUUAAUGCUUACUUGAUUGGAUACCCUGGGGAGCCUGGCCCAUCUUUUGUAAUGAUAAAUACUUAGCUCCUGAGCCAGGUCACAGGCUCACCCUAUUCAUACACAGACAUACCCUUAAGAAAGGAUUUGUGAAUGAAAAGACAAUGGGGAGGCUUUCCAUUUCCCUUCAACCUUGCAGAGAAAACAUUUGGUCAGUUUGGGAGUAAAAAUAGUUUCAGGGCUGUUUUCUUGUGCUGCUUCAGACAUGUGGUUUAUAUAUUUAUGUACGUGCUUGCUUGGUACAUUUAUUAUAUAUAUAUAAGACCUUAAGUUUUUUAUUUCAAAUAAAUGAAACAUUAAACAAAAAUACAAAACCAAACUGAACAAUUUCCACAUAUAUCACGACAAAAUCUAAAAUAAAGAUACAACAAACCACCACCAGCAGCAGCUCUCACCCAUCAACCCCCCCCCCCCCAUUGUGUCACUUUGCUUCGUCAUUAGUGUCUCCCCGGAAGGCAUAGAUAGUUUGAGAAAGCAAGGAAGGACAUGGCUGGCAUAUCUAGUCAGGGGAUCUGUUUCAUAGAGUGACCAAGGUUGGAUAAAUUAGGGGAAAACACUUUAAAACCUUCAAGUACUUAAUUGUGCAAUACCCUAUGCAGCAGAAUGUGAGAAAGCUGGGUUUAUUAUCGAACCUCUUCAAGAGUUAUCAGUUAGUCAUUAGCUGUGGCUGCAUGAGCCAGUUGGACUGGUUUGAUUGCAUUCCCAAAGGAUGAUGAAGACAAGUAGCCUUUAAGGAUCAUUGGAGUUCAUUUUUAAAGAAGAUUUUCAACAGGACUGGGCAACUUCUGGCCCACCAAGCCAAGUGCAGCCCACCAGUUGUAUUUUGUGGCCUGUUAGGUGUUUGGUGCUCCCGUUUUGUUGGUCCAAGGUAAAGGAAUAGGUAUAACAUGAGAAUUCCUGGAUGCCAAGAUCCAGGGUUGAUGCAAGCACUCUUUGGUGAGAGAAUUUCAGCAGAGAUUUAAAAUCACAAGAGAUGCAGAAAAGUAAAGUGUGGAAAUAUAAGCUGUUAGACCUUUAAACUAUACCAUUCAAAGCUCCUUCCAAAAUUUCCCACUCCCCCAGCAUAGAAAAAGAUCACGUUUGGUGAGUUAAAAAUGGGUUACUUACAAGCUCUCCAAAGGUCAGUUUCAUGUGCGACAGAAAAAUUAGUUACAAAGUGGUGAAAGUUCCUAAAUUACUGGUAUAGGAACUCGAGUGGCUUGUGGUUGCCAUAUGGUCUGAGCUGGAGCAACCAGCUCAAAUCUCUUUAUAUGUUCAGCUUCUCAGGUAGACAGAGGGUGAACAAAGGCUUGAUUACUUAGUUCCUCCCAAGGUGAGGGAAAGUGGACAUUGCUAAGCCUGACAGGACAGUUUACUCUACUGUAUUAACCCCUUCAUGCAUUGGUUAGAGUUAAGCAUGUUGAUUAUAUGAAGCUGUUUAUCCAACACAUUUAACUGCUAAGUGUGGAAGGAGAUAUUCCGUAAGAUAGUCAGAACCCGGGGAGAUGAGAGCUUUAAGACUGAAAGCAGUACUUGGUCUGGAAACCUGGUAACCAGUGCAUAUUUUUCAGAAUACAGAAGAUACGGGUACAAUAUGCUGACUCUAACCUGCCAAUAGUCAAGCAUUUUGUGCUAGCAGGACUUUUCCAACAAUUUUCAAAGGCAUACUUAUUUUGAGCACAGAGCUGUGCUGCAACCUGGGAAAUUUAUUUGUUUGUUUUUGUUAUUACAUGUAUAGCUCACCUAUACUCCAAUUUGCUAGACUGAGGGGCAGUGACUGGCUCUCCGUCACCCAGGGAUCUUCACCGCUGAGUGGGGAUUGGAUCCUGGGUUUCCCAAGUCCUAGUCCAGUGCUCCUAACCACUAUACCACACUGGAUCUCACCACAGAAUGAACAAUGCUUUUUUAAAAAUGUAUUUUUAUUAAAGAUUUUCUUGAUUUACAAAGGUAUGUGCUAUGCCUCUCUCUCUCGUAUUCCCACCCCCAUGUAACAUUAUUUUUUUUUAACAAAUUGGUUUCAUUUGUUGAGACAUUAGGAAGAAUAGGGGGAAAGAGGUGGGGGAAGAUGAGUGGGGUUGGGGUUGGGUGGUGAUAUUUCUAUUUUACUUAAUAUAUGUGGGGCUUUGUGUCAGUGUUGCUUGUGCAGGUUCUCUGCUGUUCACUUGUGUUCCUUUGGUGGUGAGAGAGGUUGGGGUUGGCCUAGGGUGUGGCUGUUCAUUUGUGGUUGGCUGUGGUGGUCUUUGCUUUCAUGUCUGAGUGGGGUGGGCGGGUGUUUUGGAUCAGGUUAGCCAUACUGAUUUGUAUGCUGUUGGUGACUUUUUGUCAUUGUCUUGUUGGGGCUGUGUAUGUGAUAAAGGGGAGCCAUACCGGGGUGAAGGCAUCUUCUUCUAUUUGUCCCAGUGUCAGUUUCAGUUUACAGUGGUACCUCGGGUUAAGUACUUAAUUCGUUCCAGAGAUCUGUUCUUAACCUGAAAUUGUUCUUAACCUGAAGCAGCACUUUAGCUAAUGGGGCCUCCCGCUGCUGCCGCGCUGCCGGAGCACGAUUUCUGUUCUCAUCCUGAAGCAAAGUUCUUAACCUGAAGCACUAUUUCUGGGUUAGCGGAGUCUGUAACCUGAAGCGUAUGUAACUCGAGGUACCACUGUAUUGGUUACCGUAUUUUUUGCCCUAUAGGGCGCACCUCGGGUUUUUUUUGGGGGGGGGAAUAUCUAUAUAUUUAUGCCCCCCCCCCCCAGGCGCGGGGCUGGGGAGGGGGAAGCUCAAGCUUCCCCCGACCCCAGCCCCCAGAACAGGCUCCUAUCCGCAAGCCUUGCGAGCCCGGCGGCAACUCCCGCCGGGCUCACAAGGCUUGCGGACAUCUGCGCGAAGCAUGGGGCGCCCUCCAGAGUGCGCCCCGUGCUUCGGGCUGCAGGCUGCUAUCCGCAAACCUUGCGAGCCCAGCGGAAACUCCCGCCGGGCUCGCAAGGCUUGCGGAUAGCUUCCUGAAGCCUGGAGAGCGAGAGGGGUCGGUGCCUCUCGCUCUCCAGGCUUCAGCGAAAGCCUGCAUUCGCCCCAUAGGACGCACACACAUUUCCCCUUCAUUUUUGGAGGGGACAAAGUGCGUCCUAUAGAGCGAAAAAUACGGUAAUUUUUCUAGUAAGGCUGUUUCCCAUACUAUUUGGUACAGCAUGAACAAUGUUGGCCGAGUUUCUGUUUACCUGAAGCAGCUGUAGCUGGCACAGGUAGCCCAGGUUACAAUAGGAGCAGUGUGGAACCCAGCAGUUGAAGCCAUCAACCUGAAUCUUACAGGCGAGUGUAACCCCCACCCAUACCAGUAAUAUCGCCAGCCAACAGGUCUACUAAGUAAAGUUCAAUCCAGAUAAAUCAAAACUGAUAGCAAAGCACUCAUUAGACCAGUUGGCUGGGGAUAUGUCUAGUCUGGGUGGAGUCACACUCCCUUGUUAUGGUUCACCCAUAUCCAGUUCCAAGAUUUCAGCUUGUUCUUGAGAAGAUGCCAGCAAGUUGCAAUAAUACUUCAUAAUAAAUGACUACUAUAAAGGGCAUAGCCUUUGUUACUUUCCUUUUCCAUUUAUUUAAGGAACAGACACUUAGAGCCACCUAAUGGAAAUGACACAAGCUUAUUUUUUUUAAAUUGUGCACUCUGACCAAAGGUAUCACAUCAUACUUCAAUAAAAGCAAAUAUACAACUUCAAAGUAAUGCCAUUGUUGAGUCACAAUAAACGGAAGUUCUGAAUGGUGCCUGACGUCCAGAGCCCUUUUUUCCAUUGUUGAGUUUUACUGUUAUGAGAAAAGUAUUUAACCUUCUUGUGGCUAAUUAUCGCUGACUUAACACCUUUGAACUGCAGAGUUUUACAACUUUUGUUUUCAUUCUCAUGGCAACCCUGUGAGAUAAGUCACUGAGAGAGGUCAAUCCUAGGUGGAAAUUUGAACUGGGGCCUGCACCACAUACUAUACUGUACAGCCCAUUGGUUCUGCACAAUUGAAUAAAGUCAUCCGGUGUCUGUUAAUUGUCAUUUAGUUUGUUCUCCCAAGGUGACAAUGUAGAAGUGUGAAACAUAUGAUUAGCCAGUUCUUUAAGAAUUCAUUGUGAUUGUGUAGUUCUUUCGAAACACCCAUAUCGGGGGUGGCAUACAGGGGGUGAAUAGCUCAGUUGGUAGAGCAUGAGACUUUUAAUCUCAAGGUUGUGGGUUCAAGCCCCAUGUUGGGCAAAAGAGUCCUGCUGCAAUUGCAGGGGGUUGGACUAGAUAACCCUUAUAGGCCUUUCCAACUAAACAAUUCUAUGAUUCUAGGGAGGUCUAUAUACAGUGGUACCUCGGGUUAAGUACUUAAUUUGUUCCGGAGGUCCGUUCUUAACCUGAAACUGUUCUUAACCUGAGACACCACUUUAGCUAAUGGGGCCUCCCGCUGCCGCUGCCACGCCGCCGCCGACACACGAUUUCUGUUCUCAUCCUGAGGUAAAGUUCUUAACUCGAGGUACUAUUUCUGGGUUAGCAGAGUCUGUAACCUGAAGCGUCUGUAACCCGAGGUACCACUGUACUGUAUUGCAAGACACUUGAGAACAGUUGUCAUGGUCAAUCGGCCUCACCUGUGUGGCCGCACCUUGCCUCUUCAGAACAAACUUAGGAAGGCCCCAGUCCUGCAGAGUCCUAUUGGUCACAGGCCCUGGCUCCUGCACACACACCUGACAACAAUAUAGUACACUUGCAUAUUCUGCACAGGCUUUAUUGUGCACACAGCUUUUCCUUUGGGUUUGUGCAUGAAUGUAUACUUGGGCAAACUUCUGUUGACCCAUAUUUCUUGCGGCGGAGGGGGGAAGCAGGUUUUAUCCCUCCCCAGUAGUUGCCCUGAUUGCCCAGUGAGGUAACGCAAGCAAAAGAGAACAAACACCAUCUUCAUGGUCCCAUCUUUGGAUUCAUACAUUGGAGUAAUGUGCUACAGCAGGGCUGGGGAAACCUAAGGCUUGUAGGAUCUACUUUGUAUUGUACUGGGACCGUGAGAGCCAAGUGCUCUUGAGCCAAGUGCAAGAGACAUAGACUAAGUAAAGAAUCCUGAGCCCAGGAAUUUGUUCUGAGGCCCAGAACUGAAUGGAGCUCAUAGUCUUCCCACACACAAAUCUGUUCUUGGUUACCCCAAGAUUUCUUCAUUCCAGCUGUAUAAUUAAAGACAGAGCAGGGUUUCCUUUGGUAGAUAGCUUUGCUAAACAACUGAACCUCAGAAAUCCUUGCUGAUCAAGCAGGAAUCUAGCAGAAGAUUCAGAUCUACCUUCCACCCAACCAUGUGUUAUGAUAGCGAGUUGGUUUAAUAUAGCGAUAAGAGAUGGAACUAGAAAUCAAGUCAAUCCCUGGUUCAACUCCCUCUACUGCUAUGGCGUUAGUAAGUAGGUAGCCUUAAGCAAACAAACUCUUUAAGUCUCGUAUGUAAACAUGAUGGGAGUUGUUAGAAGUCUCCUUCCACCCUCUUUCAGAUCACCCCAAACACCACAGCUCUGGAUCUCUUUACCGCCAAGACCCAUAUAGUUUUAAAAUGGAAAGUGGCGAUAGCAAUACUGAGGAGCCAAUGACCUAAGGAGCACUUGCAGACUAUUUUACUUUGCAGGAGUGCACGAGUGCGCACACUCAUUCUGUACAACAUGCACCAUAUAUGUUGGCAUGGUGUAAAUCUGUGAACGGCACGAAAAGCAGGAGGCAUAUAUAAAAGGACGAACCGUGUGGACCAAAAAAAUGGAGUCUCAGUGUUUUGAAUUCUAGACUACAGAAUGUAAGGUUAUGUCUUCUGGGUCAGAUAAAUAUUAUUGCUAUUGGUAUGAGACUGAUGGAUGGGAAGACAGAUCUUAGGAGUUGCUUGAUAACAACAUGCAGAUUUGCCUGGAGGUAAUUUGUCCUGCAGUGUACCAGCUCUUUACCCUAGCUGGGAUCGUAUUUGUUGGUGUGUAGAGAGGUGAAUCUUCCAUAAGAUGAGGUUGGAUUCAGUGACCUUUAUGCUGUUCUCAACUAUGCGACUGUAUGAGAACAAAUUUUUAAAAGUGUAAAGAGAGUACUGAGAAUUUCAUGUAUAAAACACUCUUACAUCUGAAAAUUUUUUGCUAAAUUUGGUUAGAGUUUGGAAAGGGUCAGCACACCAUCUUGAUUUAAAAUUGUAUCCAAAUAUAAACCAGAACCACCUUGAUCUCAAGAACCACUACACUUAGUGGGGUGAUUAUAUCUUUAGGGGUGUCCAAAUCAGUGCGGUUUGGAAUGUUUUGGUCUUCCAUCUUGAUCCAAAAUGGCACCCAGUGGUUUCUAAACAUAGAACAAAACACACUCCUUGAUCUUGGAAACCAUUGUACCAAAUUUGGUGAUGGUCCUCUUCAGGAAUGUCCAGAUCAUUACAGUUUGGAACAUUUUGGUCUUCCAACUUGAUUCUAAAUGGUACCCAACAUUGUCCAAACAUAGACAAAAAUCUGCACCUCCAUCUUGGGAACUGUCAUGCCAAGUUUGGCAACAAUAACUCUAUAGGUGUUUGAACGGACGGGGAACAGACAGAUAAACCACUUUCCAAAACAUUGGUGUACCCCAAUCUCUGAGCAGUGCAAGAUUCCAAGGGUUCCAGGAGAUUACCCAGGGUUCAGUUUCCUUGGAAUGGGGGACAGCGGAGCCUGUGGUGUCUUUAGGAUGUAUAUAAGAUGGAGGGGUUCAGAGCUGGUGGCGCUGUGGUCUAAACCACUGAGCCUCUUGGGCUUGCUGAUCGGAAGGUCAGCGGUUCGAAUCCCUGUGACGCUCCUGUUGCUCUGUCCCAGCUUCUACCAACCUAGCAGUUUGGAAGCAUGCCAGUGCAAGUAGAUAAAUAGGUAUCACUGUGGCAGGAAGGUAAAUGGCAAUUCCAUGCACUCUGGUUUCUGUCACGGUGUUCCAUUGCACGAGAAGCGAUUUAGUCCUGCUGGCCACAUGACCCGGAAAGCUGUCUGUGGACAAACACCAGCUCCCUCAGCCUGAAAGUGAGAUGAGCGCCACAACCCCAUAGUCGCCUUUGACUGGACUUAACCGUCCAGGGGUCCUUUGCCUUUUACCUUUUGCCUCACAGCAUUAACACCCCAAGAGGGUCUUGCUUCUCCCACAGCCAAGACAGGAUAUAAAUGAAAUAAGUAAAUAGUAAAUAAAUGUUAAUAUUAAGUACAUGACUACCUAUAUUUUAGGGCCGCGGGUGGCACUGUGGGUUAAACCACAGAGCCUAGGACUUGCCGAUCAGAAGGUCGGCGGUUCGAAUCCCCACGACGGGGUGAGCUCCCAUUGCUCGGUCCCUGCUCCUGCCAACCUAGCAGUUCGAAAGCAUGUCAAACUGCAAGUAGAUAAAUAAGUACCACUCUGGCGGGAAGGUAAACAGCGUUUCCGUGUGCUGCUCUGGUUUGCCAGAAGCGGCUUAGUCAUGCUGGCCACAUGACCCGGAAGCUGUACGCCGGCUCCCUCAGCCAAUAAAGCGAGAUGAGCGCCGCAACCUCAGAGUUGGCCACAACUGGACCUAAUGGUCAGGGGUCCCUUUACCUUUACCUUUACCUUUACCUUUACCUAUAUUUUAUACAGCUUGCCCAAUGCUUUUCCUCAGCUUUAUGAGUGAAACUAUGGGAAACUUUUUUAGCAUGUUGUAACAGGACAAUCCUGUGCAUGUUUACUUGGAGCUAAGUCCUUCAGUGUUCAGUGGCACUUGUGUAUCAGCUGUAAUUAAAUAUUGGUAGUGCUAUCAGAAUCUAGGUAAAAUGACUGGGAUGUGAUAUGAUAUGUGGGGCACAGGUCAUUAUCUCCAGCACCUGGAAAUGUGUGUAGAAAUGGCAUAAUAUAAAUAUAAUGGUCUGUUUUGUAUAGCUCUUGAUAUUUCCUGAAAUAUAUGUUUGCACAAUUUUGCAUCUCGCCUUACUGCUUACACGGAAGAUGUCUCCUUGUUUCCCCUUAAUCUUUCCAUUAUUGUUUUGAGAGAUGACUCUUCGCAACACCUCUGAACAAAGCAUUUGCUGUUCAGACACCAGGAAGUAAAGCUGCAUACAUGGUGUACCACUACAAUUUGGUUUUGCUAUAACAAUAAAAGUUUCAGAAGUAUGGAAAUACCAAAGCUACAUCAACAAUUGGCAUGGGGUUGUCCUAAGAACACAAGAAGAUGCCCUCUGUGGGUUAGACUAGGGUUUUUGGAAAGGAAAAUUUAUAACUGCCCAGUGGUUAUAAUUCAUGUGCAAAGUGUGUGAUGAUACAACACCUACGGAUUUUCCUUGUGUGCAUAUACGGUGGUACCUUGGUUCCUGAACGGCUUAGUUGUCGAACAAAUCGGCUCCCGAAUGCCGCAGACCCAGAAGUAAGUGUUCUGGUUUGAGAAUGUUUUUCAGAAGCUGAACGUCCGACGCAGCUUUCGCUUGAGUGCAGGAAGCUCCUGCAUCCAAUCGGAAGCCGUGCCUUGGUUUUCGAACUGUUUCGGGAGUCAAACGGACUCCUGGAACAGAUUAAGUUUGAGAACCAAGGUACAUGCUAUCUUGCUUAGAGUUGCAUUCCAUGAUAAUUUAGAAGCCUACAAAGAUUGGGAGGAAAUCCUCAAAAAUGGGUCUGUGUGUCUCUGUGGACUCUAGGACAAGCCUGACUUUCGACGGGUAAGAAGUGCUUCCAGAUUCCAUAGAAAGAGGGAUCUUGGGAGAGUCGAGAACUCAUACUCCCUAAAUGUCUCUUUGAGGUCAAUACAUGGUGGACUUUUGUUGGAGUGAUAAAUCUAGAUCUCCAUUUUUCUUUUUGAAGCUCAAAUUCAAUAAUUUUAUGCUGUGGUGAUACUUUCAGACAUAAAUGUUUCAUGUAGCUUUGCCCCUGAAAGAUUCCUCUUAAAAAUGCCCUGUUGGAGAUUUCUGACAAUGCCGUCCUUAUCAUGACAUCUCAGGAAAAGGCGGUCCGUGUUCUACAGUACAAUUAUUUGCUUCAUAUUAUAAAUAUUGGUGAAUGCUCUGUGGAGAAUAGCAGUGGAGUCUGUGGGGAGUGGCUCUGGCAGGGAGAAGGAAAUAUGGAUUUGCUUGUUCAGGGUCUUCUUCCACAUUGUUCCCAACAGCUUUUUUGCAUCACUUAAUACAAUAUUUGCAUAGCUUGAAUUAUGGAACUGUCCAAGUGUUCUGUUUGAACGGCUCAUAAAUAUGGCCGGCACAUCACCAUAGUUGCUGAAAUCACCAUAUGAUUUCAGGCUCCCUCAGCCUGAAAGCGAGCUGAACACCACAACCCCAUAGUUGCCUUUGACUGGACUUAACCGUCCAGGGGUCCUUUACCUUUACCUUUUACACAUAGAUCUGUCACUGCUGUUGGACAUACAGUAGUUGGCUACAUGCCCCACUGGACAAUGAAAACCUUGCAAUAGUUAGCUCAGUUAAUUCUGAAAGACAAGUUAGAAAUAUUUUUAAAUAUAUAAGCGAAAUACUUGCAGGUAUAGUGACUACCUUUGAAAAACGGACAGCUGUAUUUUCUGCAUUUUAUUCAGAGUAAGCCCCAAUCAAAUACAGUGGUACCUCAGGUUAAGUACUUAAUUCAUUCUGGAGGUCUGUUCUUAACCUGUUCUUAACCUGAAGCACCACUUUAGCUAAUGGGGUCUCCUGCUGCUGCCGCACCGUCGGAGCACGAUUUCUGUUAUCAUCCUGAAGCAAAGUUCUUAACCCGAGGUACUAUUUCUGGGUUAGCGGAGUGUGUAACCGGAAGCGUAUGUAACCUGAAGCGUAUGUAACUCGAGGUACCACUGUACACUGGGGCUUCCUUCCUUCCCGCUAUGCCUGCUUAAUUUUACACGUGGAACUCCAUAAAUUUGAGGCACUGGAAAGAAAUGCUGGAAGGCUCUUUCCACCUUAGUUGAACUGAACUUUGCAAAGCCCCCUCUCAACGAAGAGAGAAAAAUGAGGUGCUGGAACACAAACCUACCACCGGGACUUUUAAACUAGCAGCCUGAAAGAUGGCAGGUUAAAGUUUCAGCCUGUUGGGCCAAACAAUUGUUUUUGCUUGUCUUUCCUUAAAGCCAGCAGGAAGUUGGUUUGGCACAAGAGAGGGUUUUUUGGGUGGGUGGUGCAUAAGGGGCACGGUAUUAUGUCUGGAGAUUGGCUGCAGAAAUAAAAAGAGUUAAAACUUUUUUCUGGCUUUUUAAAUUAUACAGCCCUUAGAAGACUGUGUGAGUCCAGUGUGAAAAGAACAUUACAUCAGCAGCGGAUAACAUCGUCCACCGCCUGUUUCAGGCAGUUACCGAAACCAAAAUGUCUUCUACAGAUCCUUAUCAGCAAAUUAUGGUGAGUUGAUUAGACUUUCUAUUCCCAGUGCUCAGGAUAAACUGCGGCUAAUAACAAUGACAUUAACUACCGCAAAUUAUUUUAACGAGGCUUGCAAUUUUAGGGAUUGUGUGUAUAAGCAUUAUGCACUGUAAGUUUGGGCGAGCCGGGAAAAAUGUGAAAAAAAACUUGACGUGAAAAUAUUUUAAGUGCACUGAGUAAGGAAAAAAAAUAUUCCAGCUGGCCUCAAUUCAUGUAUUUCUGAAGAUAAGGGGAUAUAAACUCUGUAAAAAAACAACCGUAAAUGCAAAAGCUGAUAUGUUUAGUAAGAUAAAUUCUGUACUAGGGUGUAACUAGGUAACUAAAACUUUAAUUACAGAUUAAACUGAUUAGUUGAGGGGCUGAAAAUAAGCAAAGACUUCAGGAUUCUGGUUUGCUGUCCGCUUUUCAAGAAGACAAUUCCCCCUCUGACAAAUUACGGAAACUAGAUGUGGAAGGCUUGUAUUGAAAACUUGCGAAUGACCUUCCUUCAAGCAAGAAGAACUAAAGGCAGAGGAAGUUGAAGGAGCUCAACCGCAAGAAAUAGUUGAUUUCAAGUUUUAGAGGUGUAAAAUUUGUUGAAUUGUUGAAGCUCAACCAUGGGCGUAGCCAGGAGAUUUGUUAGGGAGGGGGCAGGCCUUUUGCUAGCUAUGUUUUUUUAUUAAUUUAGGGUGGGGGCAAUUGCCCCUCCCUGUCCCCCCCCGGCUAUGCCCAUGGCCUCAACACGGGGGUGGGGGGGGGUAGGGAUGACAUUUUUGGGAAAAACCAAAAUAUCCGCUAAACUUACUUAUGAACCCCGCAGCAUAGCUGUCAACUUACAGAUUUGAAAAUAAGGGACCAGCAGCCUCGAAAAUAAGGGAUUAGCAGCCAAAAUAAAGGAUUUUGCUUAGCUUAUACAGAAAUCCGGCACUGAUGGAUCCAUGCUGCUUUUGCUGCCACUGACUGUGUUUUGCAGGGUGUUGGACUAGAUGAUCCUAAGGGUCUACAACUCCCACCAAAGAAGAGGGGCAGACAAAACUGAUGAACGAUGUUGAGAUGGCAAAGCUUAUAGGCAGAAUUAGAAACCAGGAAGAGGACCUCUUUAAUAAGGAAUGGGGAAAGUUUAUAUUUUAGUUGAAAAGCUAUUGUAAAGAGUAACAUACAUUGGUAGGAUUGACAGAAAACUUGUAGUAAAAAUUUGAACUAUGGAUGGACAAAUGAUUUAUAAAAAUAGAGUUAUAAAAGGGAUGCAGAGGGGGAAAUCACUACAUUAAGAUGCUGCACUGGUUGGAGGGUAUGCUAAGCAGCCCGUAGGGGCUGCCGUCGCCCUGGCGUGAGGAGUUCCAUCGGCCCUUCCCCGCCCGAGAGAGAGGGAGGGAGGGAGAGAGACUCUCGCCCACGCCGCCCGCGAGCCCAGCAUGAAGCGGUUGCGGCGCCGCCCUUCUGCGACCCUCCCCAUCCCCUCCUCUUCCUCCUCCCUCAGGCCGCCUCCUCAGCCGCCGCCUCUGCCGCCUCUGGCUUCCCUUGGCAGCGCGGCGGAUGUCUCGCAAGAGAGGGGCUGCCUGCCCGCCCGCCGCCACCCAUCGCCUCACGACGCGCCCCUGAGGGGGAAAAGGGAGAGACAGAGAUGUGGCAGCUCGUGCGCUCUCUCUCUCUCAUGGCUCAGGACACCAAGCCGCUGCUUCCCUCCCGAGCCAGGCGAGCAUGAAACCCGGGAAAUUUAAGGGACGUCAUCAGUAAGGGACAGCAGCGGGACACGACGCUGGGAUAAGGGAGUUCCCCGCCAAAUAAGGGACGGUUGACAGCUAUGCCCUGCACCCAUUUUACUGUUUUAACUACUUAAGUGGGUUAUUUUAUUACUUGUUUGGAAUAUAAAAUUGUACUACUUGGUAUACAGUGGUACCUCAGGUUAAGUACUUAAUUCGUUCUGGAGGUCCGUUCUUAAGCUGAAACUGUUCUUAACCUGAAGCACCACUUUGGCUAAUGGGGCCUCCUGCUGCCGCUGUGCCGCCGGAGCACGAUUUCUGUUCUUAUCCUGAAGCAAAGUUCUUAACCUGAAGCACUAUUUCUGGGUUAGAGGAGUCUGUAACAUGAAGCAUAUGUAACCCGAGGUACCACUGUACAGGCAAAAUCGCACAAAGCCAGAACACCCCCACAAUGACCACAUCCAGUUCUGAGUGGGAAUUGCUCCCCUCAUGCAAGGUGGGUAGCUUUUUAAGCCCCUUUUGCCUUGCUUAGCGGCUCUGGGAAGGUCAUGCGAGGCCUCUGGAGAACCUCUCACAAGAUCUUACAAGAUUGCAGAAAUCUUGUGAAAUCUUGCAGGAGGUUCUGCAAAGGCGUCACAUUAUAUUCCCAGAGCCCUGUAAGCUAGACAGGGGCUUUAAAAUGUUCUUUAUGCAGCAAGAAAACAUGUCACAGAAAGAGCUUUUUUCCUGGAAAAUGUCUCUUCCCCACCCCCUAAUUUUUCUGGGGCCUUUACAACUCUAUAUCGUUCAGACGUCAUUUUACAGACUUGAUCAGGAAACACCGCUUAAGAUUGUGAGGGAUGCCAGCUGAGUAAAUUGGUCAAAAACCAGUCGGCAUAAUUAGAAACUUAGCGGACAAUCCUUGAGUAUCUAAGACUCUCCCUCUGUCCUUUACUCAAUGGGCUGAACAAGAGUAGUGCAAAUCGACUAUCGCUUAUGGAUUAUUAUUUUUUAGUUAAGGCAAAAUGGUUCAGUUUGAGUUCUGUUUGCUUCAGUUCAAAUCAUUAUGGGCAAAUACAUUUUAAUUUUUUUACUGUGAAAAUUAGUAAUUACACCCUUAAAUGCAGGUGUACUUUUACUGAAAUUAACACGUGGGUUCUUAUUCUCCGGAGAACUGUAUGAAAAUAUUAGCUGUAGUAUAUCCAGAUUCUCUGGAAAUAGCUGGUAGCAGGAAAAGAAAGCAGCGUCUGUUCAGAGGUAGCUGCCAGAUUAUUCAUCAUAAUGCUAAACUACUGGGGUGCUAAAAAUACUUUUCUGGGCUUCCUUGAAGUGAUCCUUUAUCAUCUCUGUGGCUUUGGGUUUCCCUCCACAUACAGUCACAUCCUUUUCAGUAAGUCUGCUGCAAAGAGGCUGUAAAAGCGCGUAUUUCACCACUCUAUGGCUUCACCAAUGGGAGUCUAAUGUUCGCAUGUUUGUUUGUGAGGAAUGAAGGACGAACAUGAUCAUAUUAAGGGUUUAUCCAGUUGCAGGUUGUCACGUAGUAGUAAUCCUGCGCAAUGGCUUGCAUCUUUUCUGUAAGAGGAUGAGGUUAGCUACUCCUGCCACCUCCUGGAUGAAAAGUGUCACUUGGAAUAUUUGAAUAUCUGAAAGUUUUACAGUGUGCUCAAACACUUCUAACGACUUCCAGAUCCAUCACUGUCUACUGUGCUGCAGAAGCAGCUUAUUGUUUUAUUUUCUUUUUAAGUUUUCUUUCAAUCGAGUGGUAAAUAAAUGUUGUGAGAUGAAACAAAUAAGCAAACGACUGAUGCCAGGUAGCCAGAGUCAGGAUAAAAGGUAAAGUUAAAGGGACCCCUGACCAUUAGGUCCAGUCGCAGGUGACUCUGGGGUUGCGGCGCUCAUCUCGCUUUACUGGCCGAGGGAGCCGGCGUACAGCUUCCGGGUCAUGUGCCAAGCAUGACUAAGCCGCUUCUGACGGACCAGAGCAGCGCACGGAAACGCCGUUUACCUUCCCAUCGGAGUGGUACCUAUUUAUCUACUUGCACUUUGACGUGCUUUCAGACUGCUAGGUUGGCAGGAGCAGGGACCGAGCAACGGGAGCUCACCCCAUCGCGGGGAUUCAAACUGCCAACCUUCUAUUGGCAAGCCCUAGGCUCUGUGGUUUAGACCACAGCGCCGCCCGCGUCAGAAUACCAAACAUAUAAUACAAAACAGCUGAAGCUUUACAUGGUAACAACAACCAACUACUAUGAAGUACAGUCCUGGUCACCACCGUCAAAUAGCAUUAAAAGGCAGAAAUUUCAGUGAGUUCUGUUUUCGUUAUGGUCCCUCACAGCUACUUAGGCCUGCAUUUUGCUCCAAAUAAAGCAAACCUCUGCAAUUGUUUUAGAAAUUGUCACAUGUCCGAUUUAGAGCUGGGGCAUAAGAAGAAUAGGAAUCCUUUUUUUAAAAAACCAGCCAUCUUAUUAUCUGCAUGCAAAGGACUGAUUUUACUACUACAGUUCGUGUUUUGUUAGCCCCAAAAUGGAAAACGAGCGAAGUCCCAACUAAAGAAGAAUGGCAACUUAAACUGAUGGAAUAUGCACAGCUUGCGGACCUCACAUAUAGAAUAAGAGAACAAGAAGAACAUACGUUUAGAGAAGAUUGGAAAAGGUUUAUGGAAUAUAUGGAGGAAAAUUGUGUAUAUCUGAAAACGUGGGCAGCCUUAAGAUGAAUUCAACAGUGUAAAUAAGUUUUGAUGGAUGUUAUAAUGGAAUACUGAAUGGUUUAGUUUACCGUCUAUAAAAUAUGCAGGGAUUUAUGUUGUGCAAUAUGAACCAUGGAAAGAGAGGAAGGAAAGUCAUUGAUAUUUUAAGGAUGUUUAAGUGAAUAUUCUAAAACGUAAAACAGAAAUUUAAUAAACAUUUUAACAAAAAAGGACUGAUUUUACCAAUACCACCAAUCCCUCAGUUAAAUCAGCGCCUUUUGGCUCCUGCAACCCUCAGCUGUCACCUAUUAGCAACUGUUCCAAUUGGCUGGAGUGAAGGAGAGACAGAACUUUUGGGCCACUCAAUUGGCUUCCUUGACAAACCAGCUCUGAUUGGCUCCCCUUCUCCCUGCCUGUUUCCAUUCAAGGCUACUCAUUAUUAAAAACAAAUGUAAGAAUUGGUUUGCUUGUCAUCCUCUUCCUUCUCCAGAGCUUUUCCCUUUUGUGUUUUGUCUUUUAGGAUGUGAGCCUGCAGUCAGGGAUGUCUUAACUGCUAUUGUCUAAGGAACACUGGGAACCUUUUUGGUUCUAGAGCAAAGCUUUUAAAAGUUUUAAAAUACAUAAGUAAAUGUAACCACUCUUAUGCAAAUAUUUUUUUUUACAAUGGUAGGUUUCCCUCACUCUUUCUGUGCAUGCAGAUGGGUGAAGCAUAGUCUCCAAAUCCAUAUUCUGUAUUUUCCGCUCUAUAGGAUGCACCUUGUUUUAGAGGGGGAGAACAAGAAAAAAAAAAUUUCUCCCCCUCUCUGCUCAGUGCCCCUUCAGCGAAGUGGCAGGAGAAACGGAGCCCCUUCCAUUUCUCCUCCUGCUUCGCUGAAGGGCCGCUGCGCAGCUCUCCCUCUCUGCUGAAGCCAGGAGAGUCUUGCUCUCCUGGCUUCAGCAAAAGGAACCUGAACUCUCCGGAGCGCAGUGGGAGCUCCCGCUGCGCUCCGGAGGCUUCAGGCGGCUAUCCCUGAAGCCGACCCCUCUCGCUCUCCAGGCUUCAGCGAAAGGAGCGCUCCCUCUGCGCUUCGGAGGCUUUGCGUUGCUAUCGCUGAAGCCAAGGAGCCUGCAUUCUCUCCAUAGGACGCACACACAUUUCCCUUUAAUUUUUGGAGGGGAAAAAGUGUGUCCUAUAGAGCGAAAAAUACGGUAGGUUAGUGUGAGUAGAGAACCAGGAUGGUGUAUGGAUAAAUGAAUGCAGGCUGGAAGAAAACGAUGUUGUUUAUGCACACUCAAACACUCCCCUUUCCUUUUGUGCAACAACUGCUAUCUGGAAAGACUGGGGAGAAGCUAUUUUCAGUUCCAGAGUAAUGUUGAGGUCUGUGAGUUUAUCCUCUCUGAGUUUAAUUAUGCAGUAUAGCUGGAAGAAAAUUGACAGUUACCAUUCAGCAGAACCUGUAUUUAUCUAAAUCUUAUUUGCAACAGAAGCAUAAGCCUGCAGGACACAUGACACCUUUUAUACUCACUGUAGGGGUAAAGGGUUGCAUUUUCCUCUGCCUAACCCUGGCAUAAAUGUGUGUGUGUUGGGUGUUUGUGUGUGAUAGGACUGUGCUCUAACUCUGUCUUUUUUAAAAAAAGUUUUUGAGUUUCUAAGACAAUAAACGGGAGCAACAGAAGUAAAUAUUUAUAGUAGACCAAAAGAAUAAGCUUAAGAUAAACAGGCUGAGAAAAAGGAAGCCUGUGCAGGAGGAAAAGUGAUAUGAUUAAAAUGAGAAGUAGAAUGUUCAUGGAAGGUUUGGAUGACAUAUAAACAUAGAAAGCUUAUUCGGAGUGAGAUGAUUGAUCCAUGUUGUGUUCUUCUGCUGAGCUAUAGCCCUUCCUCUCAUGAGUACACACCAGCCAGGAAGCUAGGCAAGAACUUUGAAUCUUGAAGCCUUUCUGAAGUCUAGAUUGAGUGAUGAUCUUCCAUUGUUGUCAGUCAAGUGAAGUCUUGAGUACAAAAGACUUCAUAGAUGAACUUGACUUCUGCAUUUGAUGAGUGAAUGUUUUCAGAAGCAGGGAGAAGUAGUCAUCAGCAUCUCUUACACAUUCCCAUGUUCGGCCUCAACAGAAUACAUUCUGGAUGAUUUGUAUUACCUUUGUACGGUACCUGAAGUAUGCAAUGUCUUUUCUUCAUCAAAUUUAAUAUAUAAACUGUCUCCUCUGGUAGUUCACACUGAAUUCUGCCCAUUAUAGAAAUGUUUAUAGCCUCUGUUAGCUUGGUAAUCUGACGUAGCAACACUUUCCAGACAGUCCAUUUUGCAAUGAGUUCCUUCUUUAGGAUUUGAAUGAGUGUUGUGAUUUCUCACCCUAUUAGCAGUUCUGUUGAGCUACAGUCAGCAGCUAUUGAUUGUAUUGAGUUGUCACUUAAAAUAGCAAUAUGUGGGCAAUUGUCUCUGCCUUACAGUUUGUGCUUAGUGAGGGCUAGUAAGAAUGGCUGAAAUUCUACUGCCAUAAGCUGGGUUGCAUGGUUGGUCCAAGCUCUUCUGAAAAGCCGAAGUAAUCAAAUAUAUUCUUCAGUUGUGCAACAAUGCUAUGGCAGGUAAUGUCAGGCAAGGGGAGUAUCAGUACUUGAAUAGUACGUAAUCCACAAAAACCCAAUAGUGCUGAGCUCCCAGGUGCUAGCCUUUUCCAAAAUUUAUUGGUAAGGUGCAGUGAUGAAUGGUUCCUUUUCUUCUGAUGUGUCAGCAAAAUUGUUUCUAUCUUAAUCAUUGAAAAACAAGCAAACAUCAGACCAAAGGCCCAUCUACACAGGGUCAACCAGAUCGCCUCUGUUAUCUACUGUUUAACACUGUCACAGAACUCUCAGCAGUUAGUGAGACAGGACUUGCCCUCACAGAGGCCAUUUUGGUUCUCCCUCAGCAAGACUUGUGCUUAUAUGUGCUUGGUAGUUCCACCUUCUACAAUGCUUCCCACCAGUUCUUCCAGAACGGGCAUUAAGUUAACCGGCCUAUAGGUUCCAGGAUCCCCCCUACCCCGGAUCCCUUUUUAAUAAUUGGUGUUACAUUGGCUGCCUUUCCCUGACAAAUGACUCAGUAGUUUCUCUAGGCUUUUGAGCAAUUUGAUAGAAGUAGGGCCCUCUCAUAAACCACAUUCUUCUUGGGAGUUGUGUCAGAUUUGGCCAGAACGGUCUUGCCUUACAGCUGUGCUUUUGGCCCUCUGCUCCUCCCUCCUGUUGGUCUUCAAUAUAAGGAUAAUAAUAAUGGCCACCUUGGAAAUUAGUUAUAAGGAAUGUAUGUGAAGUGUUCUGAAUGGUCUAUAAAGUGCUAUUCGUGCAUGCUAAGUAAUCAUUAUACUUAAUAUAUGCAAGUAUAUAACUACCAUAAGUGUUUCUGAGGAGAGCCCAAAGAGAAGGGAGCACAUAACCACCAGUGCCUGAAGGAGCCCAUCGGUGGCCUGAGAAGACAGUUGGAGAAACCCCACCCGCCAUCUUCCCUGGGGCCAUUCAAGACCUGGGUGCCUUGAGGGAAAGCAGAAGCCAGGGAGCUGGUGUCAUAAGCCGCUGAAGGCCGGCUUGAGAAAAAUCUGUACCUUUUUUUGCUUGUGUUUAUUGUAAACCGGCCUUGGUUGCCUUUGGUGCAGAAAGGCAAUAUAUAAAUGCCAUUAAUAACCAAUUAAUAAGUAAUUGGGAGGGACGCGGGUGGCGCUGUGGGUCUAGGGCUUGCCGAUCAGAAGGUCGGUGGUUCGAAUCCCCGCGACGGGGUGAGCUCCCGUUGCUCGGUCCCUGCUCCUGCCAACCUAGCAGUUUGAAAGCACGUCAAAGUGCAAGUAGAUAAAUAGGUACCACUCCGGUGGGAAGGUAAACGGCGUUUCCAUGCAUUGCUCUGGUUCGCCAGAAGUGGCUUAGUCAUGCUGGCCACAUGACCUGGAAGCUGUACGCCGACUCCCUCGGCCAAUAAAGCGAGAUGAGUGCCGCAACCCCAGAGUCGGCCACGACUGGACCUAAUGGUCAGGGGUCCCUUUACCUUUAAUAAGUAAUUAUUUUAUCCUUAGUUCUCUCUGUCCCUGUGCAAAGAAGGAAACGUGCUUUUGUGAAGGGAGCUGUUGAAACGAAUCUUUCCCCCUUUCUUAAACGUCUUCUUAAGCUUCCUUGCUGCUCCCAAGGAAGUAGAAGGAAAAUGCGGGUGCGGACAUGAUGCGUUCAGUUUCAGCACCAUGACUUAGUGUUCCUGUCACAGACACUGUAGGAACGGUCAGGGCGAACUCUGGGCUUUCCCAGUAGGCCUAGAAAGCUUUGGUUGGCUUUUACUAGGGAACGCUCUAUCAAUAGAGGUUUGGGAGGAAUCAUCCCUCCCUUCUUUGAAACUUUUUGUUUUGUUUUGCAAAGCAUAUUGUUUAGACAGGCCUUUGAGGUAUGAAUCUUCUCUUUUUAACCAAACAGUAUUUAUUGAUCUGUUUAAAGACGUCUUCAUGAAUGAAUGGUUUUCACUGGCUUUAUACUCACAUGCUGUUUGUUUGUUUUUUGGAGUUUUUCUCCUGUCCUUCCUCCCCAAGGAUACAUUUUAACAAAAUGGCUGAUUAUAAAAAGAGAAGCAAGAUCAGCGUGCCUUCCCUAAGGAAGCUUGCUGGCACCUUGUUAGCCAUGCAGUACCUGCCGGUUAGAAGCAAAGGACAAGGACCCUGCCAGAUAUUUUUCGCUUCUGUUGAUGGCAUGAAGGAAGAAGAAGAACAAACUUUCACUCCAUGAAAUGGGAGUGGGGACCUUUUUCAGUCUUGAAGUUGUGUUCCCUCAUGUUCCCACCUUGUUCUGGGCGGACUCUUGAGGGCCAGAUACAAAGGCCUGGGGGCCUGUUUUUGGCCUGAGGUCUCCCACCCCUGUUAUAAAAAGUUCUCUGCCUACUUCCAGGAGAGGAUCCUUAUUUGCCCCAGGCAACGAAGCUAGUUAAUAAACUAAUAUUCUGACAAUAAUGUCAAGUUAACCCUGCCAUUGUAUUGUUAAAACCCCACCUUGUUUAUGGUGUUUGAGGUGCGUCAGCUGGGCAGAUAACGUCUGAAAACAGGAAUUCCUAAGCAGCAUUUCUUUUAAUUUAUUUGUUUUUUACUCUCAUUAUGUUUUCCUCUUAUCAACCAGCUCCCCACCCCAAUAAAUCUGUUCCUAGACUAGCUGUUGAAAGGACAAUUUUUUUUUAAAAAAAAUACUUUUUAUUGUCAUUUUCCAAUAAAUAAAUAAAUAAAACAAUCUUUACAUUCAUUCUUAAUGUCAUCUUAUUUACAUUGCACUAAAUCGUGCCUCGACUUCCUUCCCUCCCAGUUGCGGUUUUCAUAAUGUACAUCUCCUCUUACAGUUUCUUCUGCUUUUCUACACACGUCACAGGAAUUAUCCUAAUCCUGCUGUAGUUCUUAAACUUCUACAGUUCAAUUCUAUAUAUGUCAUAAAUUUACUCCAUUCUUUUGUGAACUUUGACCCUUUUUGGUGUCGAAUUUUAUUUGUCAUUAUUGCUAAUUCAGCAUAUUCAAAAAGUUUUACCUGCCAUUCCAUGAUUGUUGGAAUCUCUGAUGACUUCCAUUUUUGUGCUACAAGGACCCUAGCUGCCACCAUUGCAUAUUGAAAUAACUUAUGGUCUUCUUUUUUUAUUUCAUCCCCUAUUAUCCCUAAUAAGAAUGCCUCCAGGUUUUUUUGGCAGGUGUAUCUAAAAAGUUUCUUUAAUUCAUCAUAUAUCAGGUUCCAAAAUCUUUUCAUUUUCUCGCAUACCCACCACAUAUGAUAAAGGUCCCCAUCUUUAUUUUUACAUUUCCAACAAACUUUGUUUUCCGUUUUGUACAUUUUCGCCAGUUUGACCAGGGUAAUAUACCACCAGUACAUCAUCUUCUCUAGGUUUUAUCUUAGGGUGGAGCAUGCCGUGAAUUUCAUUUCUUUAUUCCAUAAAUAUAUCUAAUUGUCAUAUUCUAUAUUAUAACCGAAGUCAAUUGCCCACUUUACCAUCACUUCCUUAAUUACCUCAUCCUUGGUGUCCCACUCCAAUAAAAAGUUAUACAUCUUAGAUAAAAGUUUUGUUUUUCCUUCCAAAAUUUCUGUUUGAUAUUUAGAUUUUUUCUCACUGAAUCCCAAUUUUUUGUCCUCCUUCCAUAAAGCAUUUAUCUGGUGAUACUGUAACCAUCCUGUCAACUCAUUUUUUAAUUCCUCACGUUUUCACUUUCCAUCCUCCCUCCGUUUUUACUAAUAUAUCUUCAUAUGUUAUUCUUUCUCCUUCCAUUUUUAGUUUUUUUGUUGUUAAUAUAUCUAUCGGUGAUAGCCACCAGGGUGUGUAUCUUUCUAAUAGAUUUUUAUUUUCCCCCCAAACUUUGUAUAGGGCACCUCUAAAAAUAUGAUUUGAAAAACCCUGGUGUACCUUCACCUUAUCAUGCCAUAAAUACGAAUGCCACCCGAAUCUGUUAUUGAAUCCCUCCAAGUCCAAUAAGUCCGUGUUUUCUAAAGUGAUCCAUUCCUUAACCCAACAUAAACAGGAUGCUUCAUAAUAUAAUUUUAAAUUUGGAACAGCGAAUCCUCCUCUUUCCUUUCGAUCAGUUAGUAAUUGAAAUUUGAUUCUUGGUCUCUUCCCUUGCCAGAUGAAUUUUGAUAGGGUUUUUUGCCAAUCCUUAAACUGUGUUGAUCCCUUAAUUAGGGGGAUGGUCUGAAAAAGAAACAACAUCUUCAGAAGGAUGUUCAUUUUAAUUACUGCUAUUCUCCCGGACCAGGAUAGCGUUAUUCUAUUCCAUGUAUCCAAAUCUCUUUUGAUUUCUUUCCAUAUUGAGUUAACUCAAUAAAGUUGAGUGUCCUCAGUACGUUGGGGACAGCUACUCCAUAAAUGUGUAGGGUCUCCUAAUUGCAGAUUCAGUAUGGUCCUACACAGUGCUGGAUUUACGUAUAAGCUAACAAUCUAUAGCUUAGGGCCCCACUCUCUUGGGCCUCCUCAAAAAAUGCAAAGGGAAAAAAAACUGGAUGUACCUUUCCAAAAUAUAAGAUAAAAAACAAAUAAAAUAAAACCUACAUACAGCAACAGUGUUUUGUGUUGUGUAGGCUCCUAUGAUGUACCAUAAGUCAUGGGCCCCACCUGAUAGCCUGCUCCCUAAAAUAUCACUGGUAAUUAUUUCACUAUUAAUAAACUACUUCUUAAUUGUAUUUCACUAUUAAUAUACAGUACUUCUUCUUAAUUGUAUUUCAGUUCAACAAUUACUUUGAUAAAAUACAUAUUUUGUUAUGGGCAAAUGGCUUUAGAUACCUAUUAGGUCCAUAAGUUACCAUAUAGCAUAUAUUCAACACAAAAAACAGCAGCAAUUUGUUGUUGACAAAGGACAGCUGGACAUAUAAAGGGCCCCAUUACCUUCAGUAGCUUAAUCAAACUUAAAUCCGGCCCUGGUCCUACAAAAUUGCAGAAUAUAUCUUGCCAGGGUCCAAGGAGGAACCUGGGGCUAUUAGAAAGGAACCUGGUUGUUAAAGAACGCUGAUGGCACAAUACUGAACUUCACCCUCAGCUAAAACUCACAGCUGGGCUGAUACAAGAAUGCAACUCACUGUGUCAAAAGCCACUGAGAGAGGAGACCUGGAAGAGGCAGCAGAAGUCAAUUUCCCUUCUAGCCAAUUUCCCUUCCAGCUGAUGUCAAAAGCUGCCUUGAUUGCGCAGCCAAACUGGAAGGUGAUUUGGGGUAAAGCAGAGAGUCUGGCCUAACAGGUUAGGGCAAAACGUUGGGGUACUACAUCACAGAACACAGUGUUACUGGUGGCGUCAAUAAAGCUGCCUGUCUUGAUAGGAAAGGAUAUUUGCAUGGUCCUGGCAAGCCGUUGUGUGGCUUAGCAUGGGGUCUGAGCCAGGCCAGUGUGGAAAGGAUCCUGUGAAGUUAGAAAGUUGGAAAACAACUGCUCUAGUAUAUGUAAGUAUCCUGAAUGUAAACCCAUUUCCACAUGCACAUAGGCAUACGGUAUGCCUUCUGCAAUAUAGUAUUUAGGUAUAAUUGUACCUUUCCCGUAGGAGGGAAUUACAAGCACAGGGUAAAGUUAAAGGCAUCUAUAAAACAACUUUUGGCUUCCUCAGCCCCUGCUGUGUUUUUUGAUGACUAACGAAAUGUCUGUGCAAUACCAGUGCUUGGAGGGGAGGAGUGUUGAAUUCAUUGACGCUAAAAAUUAAAAACACAAAGGUGUGGUGGCGAGGGGAACGAGCAGUUGUGUAGGAGUAGUUCUAGUCGGUUACGCUCAAUGUAGUCUCAAUGUUCAGUAAAGCUGAAGACUUCUGAUUCAAGAUGCUUUGUCUUCCAGUGGGUGCUUCAUUUGCUUUUGGGAAAACAAACUUGGGGAGUGUCUUAGACAAGUUGAAAAUGGGUUGGAGAGGGUUGUUUGAUUUAUGCGCUCUGUGGCCUUUCAUUUCCUUCCUAACAUCAGCUGUUCUUUUGGCAUGCAGGUGGAACACCAGUAUUCGCACAUCUUUACCGUGACGAUUAAGCAAGCCAAGAAUGUCACCAAAGGGUCUUUUGGCGACAUGCGUAAGUAUCACUUCAGCUUUGUUCGUAUUGCUCUGUGGGAUAUUUUGGUGUGUGCGUGCGCUCCAAGUUACACAUGCUGGGUUCUUCCCGUAUGAGAGGGGUCUAAUCUUAAACUUGCUAUUUUUAUCUGGCUUUUAAAUUGUAAUCAGCCAGUUAGAAUCAAUGACUAAGAUAAUGCGGGUUCCUUAAACAGCAUUUUUGUUGACUGUAUUUUUUUUUUUAAUGAGAGGCUUACUUGUUAUUUUACACUUCCCAGUACAGUGGUACCUCGGGUUAAGAACUUAAUUCAUUCUGGAGGUCUGUACUUAACCUGAAACUGUUCUUAACCUGGAGCACCACUUUAGCUAAUGGGGCCUCCUGCUGCCACUGCACCCCUGCUGCAUGAUUUCUGUUCUCAUCCUGAAGCAAAGUUCUUAACCCGAGGUAAUAUUUCUGGGUUAGCAGAGUCUGUAACCUGAAGUGUAUGCAACCUGAAGCGUAUGUGACCCGAGGUACCACUGUAGCAGCAAAGUCAAUGAGUGUGUUUGCUGCCUUUGCUCUUCUUAGACUGACUUAGAAUUCAGCAAUUCACUUACUGAAACUUAGAGGUUAGCUGUGGUCAAGAAAGGGGUGUGUGCAAAAGUUCUGCUGAGUCCUUAUGGCAAAACAGAAAGUAAAGCCAAAAGUGUGCUUUUUGUUUGAAAGGCAAUCUAGUAUGAGCUCUUAGAAUAGGGGUGACCAUUGCUCAUCCUCUCGGAUGUUUCAGGCCACAAUUCCCAUCACCCCUGACUAUUGGCCAUACUGACUUGGACUGGUGACUGUUGUGGCCCACGACAUCUGCUAUAUCCCCCCUUUAGAAAUUAAUGUGUGAUCAUUUAAUGCAUCAACGUGCUGCUCUUUCCUAUGCAUUCUCACCCUUGCUCAACAAUACCAGGGGCUAUUACAAAGGAAAUAUAUAGAUGCUGAAGUUUUGAAAUUUUGGCAAAUGUUGCUUAACUUUACUACAAAUGAAUUUUCAAAUUAGUUGCAUGCAUAGGAAACCGGGUGGGUAGGCAGAGUUAUAUCCCAUCCAGAACCCUGUGCGUGUGUUUGUUGUUGUUAGUUUCUGAACUAUUUUUCCUUCCUUCCCUGCAUAUAUGAAUAUAUGUUUUUUUGAAUUCUUGUGGGUUUCGGUGGCAAAUGCUGUCUCAUAUUCCUUCGAAUGAAACUAAUUGCUUGUGAAUGGUAACAUAUUUAUAUGGCACAAAGCGCUAUUACGUGAUGAGAGUGAGUCUCUUGCCAUACAGAUUGCACAGAGGGGCAAGUUUGUUUCUCAUAUUGGUAGCUGAUAAUCUCGGGACUUUAUUGAUGAUUGUGAAGGAGGCCAGUGAUACUCUUCCAAGGAAGUGUUGAGGGCAACCUUUAAUGACACAUUUUGCAAAAAACCUUUCUGCAAAGAGAAAAAAGUAGUCAUCUAAAAUCCUUGACUGAGAGUUGCCAUUGCGUCUUGGCUACCUGCUGAAGUGAAGUUGCUGCUCACCUACAGACAUUUGCAGAUGUAAUUGGAGUCUCUGCAACGUGCAAGAUGAUAACUACGAUGAAAAGUGAUAUCUUUAUAAGUCCUGUAGGUUCUUAUAAAGGUAAGAAGCUGGGGUGGGUAUGUUUGAUAGCUUCUCCCUGGCAACUCUUUUGCCUUGGCUGGUUACUGGUAUUACCUGCUGGUGAUGGGAUGCGGGUGGCACUGUGGUCUAAACCACUAAGCUUGGGCUUGCCGAUCAGAAGGUUGCCAGUUCGAAUCCCCUGUGACAGGGUGAACUCCCAUUUCUCUGUCCCAGCUCCUGCCAACCUAGCAGUUGGAAGGCACACCAGUGCAAGUAGAAGGUGGCAGGAAGGCAAAUGGCAUUUCUGUGAGCUCUGGCUUCCAUCAUGGUGUUCUGUUGCUUCCUCUUUGGCUCGCUUCCUCAAUCACCCUUCCUCGCUCCAUAUUUUGCAGGUUUAGGCACUGGCUUUGCUAUGGACCUUGGUUGGUCGCCGUUGAGGGGCCUGGCAGGAAUUUUUCCACUUGGCAAAUUGGCACUGGCCAUUUGGUUUUCGCCUACUGCGUAGCAAUCCUCACAACUUUGUUAGGGUUGUGGUGGGGGAGGGGAGGUGUGGCCAUCACCUGCCCCUCCAAGCUUAAGGGUAUUCCGUUAAAGGAAUCCGGGGUGUUGAUCUUGUCCAAAGCCCGGGUUGGGGGUUAGGGCCAUGACACGACCUCGACGGGAACACCAGGGGGAGCUUGAGUUGGUCUGCAUUGACAGGGCUCCCCCUUCCUGUGGUUUACCCUUACUAGACUUCCUGCGCAUCGGGCAGGAGUCAGAUAUAGUCGGGUCCAUUCAGUGCCUAAGCCAAUACCGCUCACAUUCUGUAAUCAAUAAAGUUAUGGCCAAAUUUGCCCAAUAACAUUAACCUAAUAUCCGUGUCUUUGUGUGUGUUAUUUCUCAACGAGGGGGUGGCUUCUGGGUCUUGACACGCAACUCCUGCAGCCAAGCUGGUGCCAAACACGCUGCUCUAUUUCACUCCUGGAGGCAACAUUCCAUUGUCUAUCGAGACAGAUGAAUACCAACAACAACUACUGUUGUGAAAUGGUCUGCCUGCUAAAAUACGCAUUGACAUUCUACCAGCUUCUCAGAUGAGCAUUCCUUUGAUCUCCUGACCUGAACCUCCUGCUUUAAUUGCCGUAUUAGCAAUUAUGAUUUUUGAGCUCUUUUAAUAGGCUUGUUUUAUUGGAUGUUUAGGUUAAUGUUUUGAUGGACUUGUUUUAAUGUGUAUUUUAAUUAUGUGUGUUUAUAUAUAUAUAUAUUUAGGUAAUUGGUUUUAUACUUCUAAAUCACCUUGGCAAUUAAGUGGUAUAUUAAGUAAAUAACACCUGUUAUUAAAAGGCCAGUGUGGCUGUGCCCUCAGGAAGGUUCUGGCUGGGAAAGAAAAGGCUGGAGCAGAUCUGGAGCCAAGGGAGCCCGGUUUCUUCUUCCUCUGACAGUGGAGAUGCAGGGAGGUCCUCCAUGGGGGGUUUCCCGAGCUUUCCGAUGGCAGCUUUUAUCUGUGCACCAUUUUGCAUAUACAUGCUGCCCCUGGAGUGGAACCCUUGCAUGAGAGGUGCUUGCACAGCUGGUGGCGCUGUGGUCUAAACCACUGAGCCUCUUGGGCUUGCCGAUCAGAAGGUCAGCGGUUCAAAUCCCUGUGACAGGGUGAGCUCCCAUUGCUCGGUCCCAGCUCCUGCCAACCUAGCAGUUGGAAAGCACACCAGAGCAAGUAGAUAAAUAGGUACCACUGCAGCAGGUGAAUGGCGUUUCCGUGCGCUCUGGCACUCGUCAGUGUGUCCCAUUGUGCUAGAAGUGGUUUAGUCAUGCUGGCCACAUGACCUGGAAAGCUCCCUCAGCUGGCUCCCUCAGCCUGAAAGCAAGAUGAGUGCCACACCCCAUACAGUGGUACCUCGGGUUACAUACGCUUCAGGUUACAUACGCUUUCGGUUACACACUCCGCUAACCCAGAAAUAGUGCUUCAGGUUAAGAACUUUGCUUCAGGAUAAGAACAGAAAUUGGGCUCCGGCGGCACGGCGGCAGCAGGAGUCCCCAUUAGCUAAAGUGGUGCUUCAGGUUAAGAACAGUUUCAGGUUAAGAACGGACCUCCGGAACGAAUUAAGUACUUAACCUGAGGUACCACUGUAGUCGCUUUUGACUGGAAUUAACCGUCCAGGGGUCCCUUACCUUUACCUUUAUUGUACUUGUUUCACGUAUUUUAUUGAUGUUAUGUGCUACUGUAGGAGCAGGUGAGGGCUCUGAGCAAGCGAAAUAUUUGACAUUAAGUCUACUCUUUCUGUGCCAGCCUGUUCUGGCCCUUUCACUGGCAAUGGUGAUCAGUCAACACUGCAUUCUGUGCUUCAAAUCCUGUUAGAGUAGGGCCAUUGUGGGAGGUGUAUUGAAGAUGCACCAAUGGAAGGACUUCUGCCAAAUUUUAGCUCUCCCUAGCCAGCACAUCUUGGGCACAGGGCUGUGUCCUUAACUCAAUUUGUUGUCUUAUGUGCAAAAUAGCAUCUGUUCAGCCCAGGGUUUCAUAUGUCUGUGCAGAACAAACACACAAACAGAAGUGCAGUUGGUGAAGAGUCUGUUGAGUGCAAUGGCCGUUCGAUUUACCUCCAUGUUUUUGAAGAGUCUGUUACUGAUUCCUGCGUGUCUUUGUUUUAUUUCAGUGGACACUCCUGACCCCUAUGUGGAACUGUUCAUCCCAACAGCCCCAGAUAGCAGAAAGAGAACGACACACAUCAACAACAAUGUGAACCCCGAGUGGAAUGAAACCUUCGAAAUAAUUUUGGACCCCAAGCAGGAAAAUGUUUUGGAGGUACCAGCACACAUUAUAUUGGCCUUGGGGGGGUCAUAUGUGCAGGGCAGCUUAUAUCUUUCGCUGGUUUGUUCCAAAGAUAUUUAAAAUUACCUCGGGAAAACUGUAGUAUUCAGAAUAAUUUAUACAAGUUUGCAUUCUUUUAAGUCUAUCCAUCUUUUUUGCUGAAUUUGCAAAAUGGUGUCUGGAAGCAUGGUUUGAUAAAGGGAGGAAGAAUGUAGCAUUGGCAACGUGUUUGCAGAACCCUCAAGCUUCCAGUCCACAGUGUUCUAGGUAUGAAUUUCCUGAGUUUACAAGGGACUGAAGAAGGAUAUUGCUACAGGCUGGGGAGUUCAGUAAAAAGUGAGCAAAAAUAUUACUAGACUAAGGCAUUUCCUACAGAGACGGUACACCUAUGUUUGCAGUGUAGUGGGUCAUGCUGUGGUCUAAACCACAGAGCCUCUUGGGCUUGCCGAUCAGAAGGUUGGUGGUUCAAAUCCCCACGGCUGGGUGAGCUCCCGUUGCUCUGUCCCAGCUCCUGCCAACUUAGCAGUCCGAAAGCACACCAGUGCAAGUAGAUCAAUAGGUACAACUGUGGCGGGAAGGUAAACGGCACUUCCGUGUGGUCUGGUUUCCAUCACGGUGUCCCGUUUCACCAGAAGCGGUUCAGGCAUGCUGGCCACAUGACCCAGAAAGCUUUCUGUGGACAAACACCGGCUCCCUCACCCUGAAAGCGAGAUGAGCGCUGCAACCCCAUCGUCGCUUUUGCCAGAACUUAACCAUCCAGGAGUCCUUUACCUUUUUACAUCAGGUUACAGGGGAGAGCUCACAUAAUGGAACUUUCCCCCAAAAGAUAGCUUCGUGUGGGAAAUGAAUACAUCAAGCUAGGCUUGAACUCUUCCCCUUUACAUUGAGUUUUUUAUGGUCUGGGAGUUCAUUUGUAUGGAGGAACAUGUGAAUCCCCACCGGUAGUCUGAAGUGAUAUAGCCUAGCCAGGAGUCCCCCACCUCGGUGAGAUCUGGCUCACUCAGUAUGAGAAGAGAGAGCAAUCUGUGGGCUUCUUGAGAGGUUUGGAGAAGAGAAGGUCAUCUGAGAACCUGCCCUGGGCAACUAACUCUCUUACGACCUCGUUCCCCAUUUGUAAAAAGGUAAAGGUAAAGGGACCCCUGACCAUUAGGUCCAGUCAUGACCGACUCUGGGGUUGCGGCGCUCAUCUCGCUUUAUUGGCCGAGGGAGCCGGCGUACAGCUUCCAGGUCAUGUGGCCAGCAUGACUAAGCUGCUUCUGGCGAACCAGAGCAGCGCACGGAAACGCUGUUUACCUUCCCGCCGGAGCGGUACCUAUUUAUCUACUUGCGCUUUGACGUGCUUUCAAACUGCUAGGUUGGCAGGAGCAGGGACCGAGCAACGGAAGCUCACCCUGUUGCCGGGAUUCGAACCGCCGACCUUCUGAUUGGCAAGUCCUCGGCUCUGUGGUUUAACCCAUAGCGCCACCCAUUUGUAGAAUGGCUUUAAUGGCGGGGUAAAUAAGAUAAGGAAAUUUUGUGAGGCAAAGCUUUCAUAUCUCAGCAGAACUGAGCCUUUGAAUUUUUUUUUUUAAUGCUGCAACUGGAACAAACAAAACGAGUAAAGAAAUGAGCAACUCUGAGAGCAUAAUUGAGUGUUCUCUUCACUCAGCGCUGUGUAACCACAUCCAUUCACCACAUUAUCUAGGACAUUAUGAGUAGUAGCAAGGGGCCUGCAGAAGGUCUACUUGUGCUUGUGAUAGAAGGAAAUCCAAUACUCUCAUGUAUGGUAUAUGUGUGCUGAGCUUAAAUGAGUAUAUCUGUUCCAAAUAGGGGCUUUCAUUCCAGCAACAUCCUGUUUUACUUCUCUUUAUGCUGUUCUUAGUACGCAUUAUGUGAACUUCCCUUAUUCUCGGAGGCAGAAAAAAAAUAUCGAAAGGAAUUUUCUUAAGGGGCUAGCUAGUUCGCUCAUUUCUGUUGCUAUAACUAUGGUGAAUUGAAAUAAUUUCCUACUGGGCAGCUUUAAAAAGGAACAUUUAGAAACCUGCUUUUAUUGUAAUAGAUUUAAUAAUUUAAAUUGACAUGCUCAGCUGCUUGUGGAAACACAUGAUGAAAAUUCUGAAAGCUAACACUAAAGAACCAAUAAUGUUGUGUAGGCUGGAUAAGAGUGUUUAUCUGACAGUAAUGCAGUGCCAUUUGCAAAAGUGCUUUCCCUCUACUAUCACAUUUCUAUAAUGUACACAGUAUUAAAUUUAGUUUGUAAUUCGGUGCUUAGAAAUGUAUCAUUGUGGAGGCCUACCCUUCUCUGCUUAAAUUCUAUUUUUCAAGUAAAUUUGUUAACCAAUGUUGUUAGUUUGGCAAAUGAAACAAUGACACCCAUGAACUAGCUAGUGAUGGAGGAAAUGCAAAGCUGGGGGAAUUUGAAAUAAGGAUUCAAAAAGAUGGAAACUGUCCAUUCUGAGCUGGGCCCAGACCCUUCUGAAUUUGGUCUAGCUGGAAAUGGCCUUUGCCAGCCAUUCCUACUGGUCUCAUUCUUUCCCCAGCCCUAUUCCCAAGCAAAUAAACCUGGCCUUCGAGAAGAAGAGGGGGAAAUCUAACAGCAAGAAGAGCUUAAAAGUGGCAGGCAAAACCUUGUAGUUGGAAAUGAUAUUUCUGAGCAUACUUACCAGAGUUCAUGAAAUUCAGAGUUUCCUUUACCUCUUGAAUUUAAUUGCCAUUUACUUUCUCCUGCCUCUGGUGUAUGGGGCUAGACUGAAGUGGAGAUUAAGUGUUCGCUUCAGUUGGUGUUAACUACAAAAUAAUAACACAAAAUUCUGCAAAAUUAUAUGGUCAUCAGAGUAAUGUAUAUGUUUAGCAUCUCCUUUUACAUUCCCUUGCCUUUGGGGCCACUUACUGAUGAUCUCCUGAAGCUGGGGCUCCAAUACUUUGGCCACCUCAUGAGAAGAUAAGACUCCCUGGAAAAGACACUGAUGUUGGGAAAGAUGGAGGGCACAAGGAGAAGGGGACGACAGAGGACGAGAUGGUUGGAUAGUGUUCUCGAAGCUACCAGCAUGAGUUUGACCAAACUGCAGGAGGCAGUGGAAGACAAGAGUGCCUGGCGUGCUCUGGUCUAUGGGGUCAUGAAGAGUCGGACAUGACUAAACGACUAAACAACAACAACAACAACUGAUGAUCUCCAUUCUACACUAUGAGAAUGAGCAAAGGAGGGAAAAGUAAAGAAAUGGCUAUAGAUCAACAUCUUUAUGAUGUUGGAAUGUCAUACUCUGUGCAACCAUUGGCACACAUCUGCGAGUUAAUUAUUUUAAUAGCUGCAGCACCAAGCAGAGUGGCACCUUGGUAGUUGAACGGCUUAGUUGUCGAACAAAUUGGCUCCCGAACGUCGCAAACUCGGAAGUGAGUGUUCGGUUUGCGAACGUUUUUUGGAAGCCGAACGUCGGACACGGCUUCCGAUUGAGUGCAGGAAGCCUUGGUUUUCAAACCAUUUCGGGAGUCGAACCGACUCCUGGAACGGAUUAAAUUCAAGAACCAAGGUACCACUGUAGUGUGUUAUAUGCAUAAAUGGACUAUUACAACAGAUCAGACACAACAGAUAAGAUUCACAUAUCACCUCAGAAUACAACACUGUUUCAAGGGAAUCAAUUCCAACAACUCUCAAUUCAUACACUGAAUACCCAAAGAUUAAAAAUCAUAUCAUAAUAUUUCAUUUUUGAACUGGCUCCAAGAUGCAUGUCUUGAUCUCAGAAUACUUUCCAUGCCUCAUUCUAGUAUGUAGCUGAUCUGAUGUUAGAAUAGUAUGUGUCCUUGGGCAAAUUUUGUCCACUAUUUCAAAAUGUUGUUGUCUACUGAUGGUGAAUCUUCACUGAGCAUAUUUCUGCCAGAUUUUAAUAUUUUAUUUUCCUCAUUCGGGCUCUGUUUGUUGUACACUAAUGUACACAAAUGCUCGAAUUUCCCUUUUUCCUGCUUAAUUUCUGAUUUUUUUCUACAUUAGUAUUUUUAAAUAACCCAUCAUGGCUUAGAAAUGAGGUGGGCAAAUUUGCAGCUGUCCUAGACCCCUGGCAAGAUAUAUUGAAAAAUAGGUGGUGGGUGCAUAAGCAGAGUCUGCCCAUUCAUACUGAGGAACAGGAAGCUACCCUGAAACCAGAUACAGUGGUACCUCAGGUUACAUACGCUUCAGGUUACAUACACUUCAGGUUACAGACUCUGCUAACCCAGAAAUAUUACCUCGGGUUAAGAACUUUGCUUCAGGAUGAGAAAAGAAAUUGUGCUCUGGCGGCGCGGCAGCAGCAGGAGGCCCCAUUGGCUAAAGUGGUGCUUCAGGUUGAGAACAGUUUCAGGUUAAGAACGGACCUCCGGAACGAAUUAAGUACUUAACCCGAGGUACCACUGUAUCUAUACUAGUGGUCUAGAUAGAGAAUGGAACCAAAAAAUGUACAUCAGAAAUGGCAGUAGAGAAAGGCGACUGGAUGACGAAAAAGAAAAUGCUUAGAUAUAUUAAGUUUGUGCAAUUGCUUUGCCAUAUCUGACAAAUGUGUACUAAUAAUUGCUUGGCAAAUGUGUUGCCUUUAAUGAAUGUUAUCAUAAAGGCAAAUAGGUGGUUUUUUUUAAAUAAAAAAAUAAUAAUGUUUAUCUUUUGCAGGUCACUCUUAUGGAUGCAAAUUAUGUGAUGGAUGAGACAAUUGGUACAGCAACGUUCCCCAUAUCUUCUUUGAAAGUGGGAGAGAAGAAAGAGGUCUCACUCAUCAUCAAUAAAGUAGGUUUCAAAAUUCCGCUGGUAGAAUAUCCGUUCCAUUGAUGUCAGUGGCAAAACUGGCGUUGUGCAGUAUUAUGGAGGGCUAAGAGUGUUUCUAGUCAUUAAAGUAUUUCAAAUCUGCUCCGCACCUGAAGGUCCCAGGUUGGAAGUCCAUAAGCUUCAAAAUAAAACUUUUCAGUAGGAUUAACAGCAGCCUACUGUAAAAUGAAACAAAUGCAAAAUACAAGUUGAAAGACAGCAGUAGAACCCAAAACAUAUAAAUACAUUGAUUCAAUGAGUGUAUAGAAGCAGUUCUUUUGUAUAAUGUAUCCCAAGUAGCCAUGUCAAACAGUGAUAUCCUUUUUUAAUCAUGGUGGAAUUUAGUAUGAUGUGAAGGAUGCUAUAAAACAGGGCCCUUUCAAACAAUAGUAACUUGGCUUACAAGGCUGUUGUGAUUUACUUGUACAAUGAGACAACGUUAUUAAGUGUGCUGGUCAUAGGAAAAGAGCAUGAUGUGCAUUUUUUAAAAAAUGAUUAAAACUAGAUCCUUAUUGCCGUUGGAUUAGCUUGGUAAUGCUUUCUCGGGAGAGAAAGAGCUUGGGGAAAUGGCAAGCCAAUUGCAACACUUUUUAUACUAUUAGUAAUAUUACCAUUUUCCUUGGUGAAGACUUUAUUUCCCGCCCAUCUGGCUGGGUUUCCCCAGUCACUCUGGGCGGCUUCCAACUAUAUAUAUAUAUAUAUAUAUAUAUAUAUACACACACACACACACACACACACACACACACAUAUAUACACAUUAAAACAUCAGUCAUUAAAAACUUCCCUAAACAGGGCUGCCUUCAGAUGUCUUCUAAACGUCAGAUAGUUGUUAAUUUCUUUGACAACUGAUGGGAGGGCAUUCCACAGGGCGGGCGCCACUACUGAGAAGGCCCUCUGCCUGGUUCCCUGCAACUUGGCUUCUCGCAGUGAGGGAACCGCCAGAAGGCCCUUGGAGCUGGACCUCAGUGUCUGGGCUGAACAAUGGGGGUGGAGACGCUCCUUCAGGUAUACUGGACUGAGGCCGUUUAGGGCUUUAAAGGUCAGCACCAACACUUUCAAUUGUGGUUGGAAACGUACUGGGAGCCAGUGAAGAUCCUUUAUAUAUAUAUAGUCCCGGCGGCCACUUCCAGUGACCAGUCUAGCUGCUGCAUUCUGGAUUAGUUGUAGUUUCUGAGUCACCUUCAAAGGUAGCCCCACAUAGAGCACAUUGUAGUAGUCCAAGCGGGAGAUAACUAGAGCAUGCACCAUUCUGGCAAGACAGUCUGUGGGCAGGUAGGGUCCCAGCCUGCAUACCAGAUGGAGCUGAUAAACAGCUGCCCUGGACACUGAAUUGACCUGCACCUCCAUGAACAGUUGUGAGUCCAAAGUGGCUCCCAGGCUGCACACCUGGUCCUUCAGGGGCACAGUUGCCCCAUUCAGGACCAGGGAGUCCCCCAUACCCGCCUGCCCCCGGUUUCCCCAAAACGGUACUUCUGUCUUGUCAGGAUUCAACCUCAAUCUCUUAGCCGCCAUCCUAAUAACCACCACUGAGAAGGUUGAUAUGGGGGAAGGCACACUUCUAAAAUGUCAGUGGAAAGAGAGAAGGGCAAUAUUUAUUUUUAUGAUCAGCACCAUCAAUAUAUAUGGUGCUUUCAGGAGCUGGGCAGACCAGAAGAAGAAAAAAGACUUUAUCUUUGCCACCCAGGGAGAAAGAAUUGACCUGGAGCCAGGCUGCUUGUUUGGCUCACAACUUGGCAAAGAGAGCUGGAGGGGAAUCUAAGUUAAGCACACAGGAAGGGAGGAGCUGUCGGCUGGCUUUUCGUUUGUGGUUUGCCUCUAAUUAUGUCUCCUUAGUGCUAAAUAUUUUUAAGGAGUUGGGAGCAGAUGGAGCUGGGGAAGAUUAUCCACAAAGGGAAGAGGGCUGUGGACGGAGUCGGUCCAAGACACUUGGCUGCCCAAGGCGGAAGAAGUCAACCUUUUCUUCUGUAAACUGCCUUGGGGGUGUCUUGUUUAAAGGCACCAAACAAGCAAAUGACCCAACAAGAGCAGAGAAGGUUGUUCAAGUUGAGGUGGUACUGUAUUUACAGUAGUAAAUGGAUACAGUGGUGCCUUGGUUCUCAAACGCCUUGGUACUCAAACAGCUUGCAACCCAAACACUGCAAACCCAGAAGUAAGUGUUCCUGUUUGCGAACUUUUUUCGGGAGCCGAAUGUGCUCCGUUUUGAGUGUCACAUUUCCAAUUUGAGUGCCACACUUCCGUUUUGAGUGUUACGCUGAGGUCUGUCUGUUUUUGUGGUUUGUUUUGCGUUUUUGUUUUUGCAGCUCUUUUUGUUUUGUUUUUGUGACUGUGUGGAACCCAGUUCAGCUACUGGUGGAUUGAUUGUGCGACUGCAGUACACUGUUUAUUGCUUUCAUUUUAUGGAUCAAUGGUCUCGUUAGGAGGAGGAGUUUGGAUUUGAUAUCCUGCUUUAUCACUACCCGAAGGAGUCUCAAAGCGGCUAACAACCUCCUUUCCCUUCCUCCCCCACAACAAACACUCUGUGAGGUGAGUGAGGCUGAGAGACUUCAGAGAAGUGUGAGUAGCCCAAGGUCACCCAGCAGCUGCAUGUGGAGGAGCAGGGAAUCGGACCCAGUUCACCAGAUUACGAGUCCACCUCUCUUAACCACUACACCACACUGGCUCUCUUCUUUUAGAUAUCUUUACUAUCUUUUAGAUAGUAAAAUUCAUGUUAAACUGCUGUUUUAGGGUGUGUUUUUUUUAAAGUCUGGAACGGAUUAAUCCGUUUUGCAUUACUUUCUAUUGGUUUUGGAACACUUUGGUUUUGGAACGGACUUCCGGAACGGAUUAAGUUUGAGAACCAAGGUACCACUGUAUAGUAAAAGUAAGGUGAAUUGUAGAAGUUAAAGGGGGUAUUUUGCAGCAGUUUAGGAUUAAAGCACUGUCCUGAAAGUUGGAAGGCCGCUACACCAGGUGAUGGUUUCAGGAACAGGUGACAGGAAAGGUCGACAGCACAAAACCACCAGGGCGGGAAAGGUGAAGAGCAGUAGCUGGUUCAGUGCUGUACACGCACACCAAUGGAAGCAUGACAUGCACUGCCACCCCUUUUCUCUGCCCACUCCUGCAUUGUAAUAAUAAAAAUAAUAAUACCCCUCUCAUCUGCCUGGGUUUCCCCAGCCACUCUGGGCGGCUUCCAAAAGAAUACUAAAAACAUGACAGAACAUCAAACCUUAAAAACUUCCCUAAACAGGGUUGCCUUCAGAUGCCUUCUAAAAGUCGGAUAGUUGUUUAUUUCCUUGGCAUCUGAUGGGAGGGCGUUCCACAGGGCAGGCGCCACCACCGAAAAGGCCUUCUGCCUGGUUCCUUGUAACCUCACUUCUCGCAGUGAGGGAAUCGCCAGAAGGCCCUCAGAGCUGGACCUCAGUGUCUGGGCUGAACGAUGGGGGUGAAGUAACCUACAAGCUUUGGUCUGUUUCUUUAAACUUGCUGGAAUUCUCUGUCUAGCCACUGUGAGAAACAGGAUGGACCUUUGGGUCUGAUCCUAUGAGGGUUUUAUUUUUAAUCUUACUUAGUAGCCCUCUUAAGUUCUGUACUUUCUAAAAGUUUCUGUCAUUCCAUAGCUUAAUUAAUUGCAUCAUUGAGUAAACUACAUUUUUGUUGUUGUUGGUCAUCAUUUAACUACAAAGAAAGACCAUGAUCUUUCCCCACUUGUCUUGUUUAGGUCAUUACCGUUACUUUGGAGGUAUCUCUUGAAGUUUGGUAAGUCAUCUUGAUGCAAUAAAAACAGAAGUUUAGAGAUUUCAGAAGCAGUAUGGUUUUGAGAGUAGGUUUUGGUUGUUGUUGCUUUGCUAUGUUUUGUAAAUUUAAGUGUGAAGCUGUAAAAUUACCGUAUUUUUCACUCUAUAAGACGCACCAGACCACAAGACGCACCUAGUUUUUGGAGGAGGAAAACAAGAAAAAAAAUAUUCUGAAUCCCAGAAGCCAGAACAGCAAGAGUGAUCUCUGCACAGUGAAAGCAGCAAUCCCUCUUGCUGUUCUGGCUUCUGGGGUAGCUUCGCAGCCUGCAUUCACUCCAUAAGACGCACACACAUUUCCCCUUACUUUUUAGGAGGGAAAAAGUGAGUCUUAUACAGCAAAAAAUACGGUAACUGUGUAGCGCUAACUGUUAGAAUAACCUAGCAUUGAAAAUAUCAGGUAGGAAGUUGGUAUUAUCCAGCAAGCCCCAUUAAUCUUCAGAGGAGGUAUUUGACAUGUGCUUAAUUAUCCCACUUAUUUAAACUGAUGGGAUUCAAAUGUACCAUACUAGAUUCUAAGCAAUACUUGCAAUAUUCUAAAAAUGAUGCAGAUUUUGGGUACAUAAAACUAGAAAGCCUGGAAAUCUCCUGCACUAUAACCUUUCUGCAGAACACAGAAUAUGACAUCUUACGUACAGUUCAAGUUUAAAGGGCAAAUGUCCAGUUUUCAUGGCGGUUGCUGUUUUUUCUUCUUUUAAAACAGAGGGAACAAUUAAACACAGUUAAAUGCGCUUGGCCCAUUGAUUUUAAUAGGAUUAAAGAUGGUUAACUGUCUUUGUGUUGGGAAAAUAAAGUCUAAAUGAAGUCUCUUGGUGGUCGCAGAGUAGAGUAUCAGCAACUAUCAGCCACUCCCAUAUAAAAAUUUACAACAGCACUGACAUAUAAUUGCCAUUAGUUAUCAUAGUCAGUUCCACAUUGCAAGUGUCAUUACAACCCUGCCAAUGAUUUUAACUGUUUACAGUGGGUUUUUUAAAAAAUAAAUUAAGAAUUUUACUCCAAUCUUUAAAAAAGAUCUUCCUGGUUUCUGAUCUUCCCCGCCAGUUUCACCAUCUCUGCGUAUUCCAUCAGUUUCGUCUGCCAUUCUUCUUUUAUUGUUACUUCUCCUUCUUUCCUUCUCUGGACUAGUAGCAUUCUCACUGCUGUUGUUGCAUACAUAAAAAGUAUUUUAUCCUCUUUUGGUAACUCUUCAGCUGUUAAUACCUCACAAAAGGGUUUCUGGUUUCUUAACAAAUGUAUUCUUAAACAUUUUCUUUAAUUCAUUAUAUAUCAUUUCCCAGAAAGCCUUUACCUGUAUACAUGUCCACCGCAUAUGAUAAAAACAAAUUUGAACUUGUUUUAUACAUUUUUGCAAUUUUACUUGGUGUUAUACAGGCAUAGGCAAACUCCAGCCCUCCAGAUGUUUGGGACUACAAUUCCCAUCAUCCCUAGCUAACAGGACCAGUGGUCAAGGAUGAUGGGAAUUGUAGUCCCAAACAUCUGGAGGGCUGGAGUUUGCCGAUGCCUGGUGUUAAAUAUCAUCGGUACAUCAUUUUCAUAUAAUUUCAUGCUGUAAAACUUCUCUGUUUUUUGCCCGGCAGCUCAUCAACAGACCUCCGUUUCAGCAUGGCACUGUGUGAUGAGGAAAAGGCUUUCCGAGAGCAGCGGAAAACUAAAGUAAUGCACCAUCUGAACAAUUUCCUGGGGACAGACCUCACCUCUACCCGUGAUGUAAGUUUGGAAGGCUCAUGUCAGUAGCUAAGAUGGCUGUUGCUGUCACAGUCUCAGUAGUGAGUUUUUAAAAUGCAAAUACUCAUAAAACAACAAAGUUCCGCAACGAAGUUACUGAACAGGUGUGUCUGUAGUCCAGACUGUUAAAAUACCACAGCAGCAUAUCUGGUGCUGAGCAUAUUUACUCAGUUGGCUUUGUUAAUGCUUGACUUUGAGAUUUAUUCUCUGUUCCUGCUAUCUAUAGUCCUGCAGUUUCUUGUUUUAAAGUUCAACACACUCAUUUUCUAGCCUCUGCUGGCAAAAUCUGGAUGCUAGGAUUUGUUUUCUGGAAGUUCGCAUGUUUGGGACUUUAUUUUAAUCUUAAUUUUAAACAAUUAGACCAGUCUCUCUCUCCCUCCCACCCUCAUUUUUAUUUUUCCUUUAGGCUUAGGAGAGUGGGAAUCUUAGUUUAGAUGGUAUGAUAUCUAAUGUAGCGUCAGACUCUUUUGUAUAAACCUGAAAAAGUGACUGUGGACCACCAAAAAGGGCAGAACGACUGUGGGAGUUGAGGAGAAAGCAGUAUCUAAAUAGGAUCAGAUUGUUCAGUUGAGUCAGAAGCAAAACUGCUGUCAAAGGUGUACCAGUCGAAUAAUGUUGGCAGCUUGUUUUAAUUCUAAGGUAAAGGUAAAGGGACCCCUGACCAUUAGGUCCAGUCGUGACCGACUCUGGGGUUGUGGUGCUCAUCUUGCUUUAUUGGCCGAGGGAGCCGGCGUACAGCUUCUGGGUCAUGUGGCCAGCAUGACUAAGCCGCUUCUGGCAAACCAGAGCAGUGCACGGAAAUGCUGUUUACCUUCCCGCCGGAGCGGUACCUAUUUAUCUACUUGCACUUUGACGUGCUUUCGAACUGCUAGGUUGGCAGGAGCAGGGACCGAGCAACGGGAGCUCACCCCGUCACGGGGAUUCAAACCGCCGACCUUCUGAUCAGCGAGUCCUAGGCUCUGUGGUUUAACCCACAGCGCCACCUGCGUCCCUAUGUUUUAAUUCUACAGCACCAUAAAUGUAUAAUUUGAUUUACAAAGUAACAUAAAGAGGGGUUUGCUAUGUAUUUCCACUCUAAGGAGCUUACAUUGUAAAUUUUGACAGCAGGGAGGGCAACAGAAAAUGGAAGGGUGAGGCAUGGAUAGAAAAGAAGAAUGGAAGAGAAUGUUUUUAUUUGAAGCUGAGGAAUAUAGUUCUCACUGACCCACAGUCUUUCUCAGAGGUGAUUUUAUUGCCUCUAGGUGAUCCAGAAACUAACUAGGUCUGUAGGAACAAAAGAAUUUCAGUAGACAUAAUAUUUCAGUGUUAUGUUGUAAAUAAAAUUUCCAAUAAAAAUUCAUUUUAAAAAAAUUCAGUAGACAGAUAAACUAAGCCACACACAUUGAAUGUUUAAAAACCCAUCUUUAUUGUAUGCUUAUCCAGGUACCGGUGAUUGCAAUAUUGGGAUCUGGUGGUGGAUUCCGUGCCACAGUGGGGUUUGCUGGGGUGAUGAAAGCACUGUAUGAAUCUGGAAUUCUGGACUGUGCAACAUAUAUCGCUGGCUUAUCUGGAUCCACAUGGUAGGUUUCCCCACUGAACUGUCCUCAUCUCAACUUUCUUAUAUAAUAAUAACUUCCCUCAAAUCUCAUUCUUUCUAUGUAGGUCAAUGCAUGAAAAGUUGAAAUGGUUUUGAAUAGGAACAUCCUGAGUUCCUUAUCUGCAGAUCCUGUUAACCAGGUUGCAGGAAUGGAAACCAAUGCAGAAGCAAAUCCCUUUUCAGUUAAUAGUUGACGGAGCGUCUGGCUUGUGCCUCUAGGCCAGUGAUGGCCAAACGUGGCCCUCCAGCUGUUUGGGGACUACAGUUCCCAUCAUCCCUGACCACUGGUCCUGUUAGCUAGGGAUGGUGGGAGUUGUAGUCCCCAAACAGCUGGAGGGCCACGUUUGGCCAUCACCGCUCUAGGCUCUUCUGGUGCUUUGAUUCUGUGAUUUUAAAAUACUUUCUGAAUGAAUGAAAUUUUAAAAAGGGAUUUUUUUAAUGGGUUUGUGGCAGUCAUCUCGCUUUUCAGGCUGAUGGAGCUGGCGUUUGUCCGCAGACAGCUUCCCAGGUCAUGUGGCCAGCAUGACUAAACCAUUACUGGCGCAGUCCGCAAUGGGUGCCAGAGCACACGGAAACGCCAUUUACUUUCCCACUGCAGUGGUACCUAUUUAUCUACUUGCCCUGGCGUGCUUUCAAACUGCUAGGUUGGCAGGAGCUCGGACAGAGCAACAAGAGCUCCCCCCUUUGCAUGGAUUCAAACUGCCGACCUUCUGAUCGGCAAGCCCAAGAGCCUCAGUGGUUUAGACCACAGCACCAGCGGCGUCCCUACAUGAAUGAAAUAUUGCAGUGUAGGAAAUUUUGUAAUUGCAUCUUCAGAUGAAACAGAACCCCCCCCCCAAUAGGUUUGCUCCUGAUUCAUAUAUUUUACAGUAUAUCGUUUCUCUUGCCAUCUUAAAUCAUCCGGAGGGUGGAGUUAAUCAAUAUUUUUAUCCGGAGGGUGGAGUUAAUCAAUAUUCAAUAUUUUUACCUUGGUUCAUGAAACAUCUUCAGCUGCUGGUGGAAAUGAUUUCAGAUGUUCUGCUCAGUAACUCUAAACUUGGUUGUGGCCAUUUGCAGGUAUAUGUCAAGCUUGUACUCUCAUCCAGAUUUCCCAGUAAAAGGACCAAAGGAAAUAAAUGAGGAGCUGAAGAACUGUGUCAGUCACAAUCCAUUAAAACUGCUCACUCCUCAGAAAGUAAAGCGAUAUAUUGAAGCAUUAUGGAAAAAGAAGAGGUCUGGGCAGCCUGUUACAUUUACAGAUAUCUUUGGAAUGUUGAUUGGAGAAACUCUCAUCCAAAAUGUAAGUUUGCAAAUAAAACUUGGAGGCAGGCGCAGGUUUUACUGUAGCACGGUCAAAAAUCUUUUGGGCCGAUCAGUUUACUUUUUGCUUUGCAAAUCAGUACAUCUAUCUGUGGUUUUGUAUGUGUGAUGUCAAGUUUUGUAUUAUGAGCUUAUUUCUCUCUCAAACCUUCAAAAGAAUUCACAAAGUCCACAUAUUUAUUUAUCGAGACUCUCCCACAGUUUUUUUUUACGCCGUAUAAUAAUGUUACAAUUGAUAAAUAAUUUGUGUAACUUCAGUGUCCAUUGAGGCAGUGUCUGCUGGUCAAGCCCACAAGUAUGGUAUAAAAUUCUGUUAUGUUGCAGUUCUAAAACAACAUUUGUUUAUGAUGCAAACAUUUCUGUGGACAUGGAAAAAGGUGCCCCAGCAGCUCAAGUCUGCUUUGUGCAAAAUCUUUUCGCUCUUUGACACUGCUGAAAUAUUUCUAUGACGAUCUGGUGUAUAAUUGGUGCUUUAAUGCGCUCUACGUGGGGCUACCUUUGAAGGUGACCCGGAAACUGCAAUUAAUCCAGAAUGCGGCAGCUAGACUGGUGACUGGGAGUGGCCGCUGGGACCACAUAACACUGGUCCUGAGAGAUCUGCAUUGGCUCCCAGUACAUUUCGAGCACAAUUCAAAGUGUUGGUGCUGACCUUUGAAGCCCUAAACGGCCUCGGUCCUGUAUGCCUGAAGGAGCGUCUCCACCCCCAUAGUUCAGCCCAGACACUGAGAUCCAGCGCAGAGGGCCUUCUGGCGGUUCCCUUGUUGUGAGAAGUGAGGUUACAGGGAACCAGACAGAGGGCCUUCUCGGUAGUUGCGCCCACCCUGUGGAAUGCCCUCCCUUCAGAUGUGAAGGAAAUAAGCAGUUAUCUUCUUUUUAAAAGACAUCUGAAGGCAGCCCUGUUUAGGGAAGUUUUUAAUAUUUAAUGCUGUAUUGUUUUUAACACUUGAUUGGAAGCCGCCCAGAGUGGCUGGGGAAACUCAGCCAGAUGGGCGGGGUAUAAAUAAUAAAUUAUUAUUAUAAAUUAUUAUUUAAUGCAGAUAUAGGAUACCUGUGGCCUUCUAGAUGACGUUCAGCUCCGAUUCCCAUCAUUCUCAAGUAGCCACUGGUUUUAGUUGCCAUCAUUCUUAAUCCAGUAACAUCUGGAGGACCACAGGUUCUCCAUUCCUAUUUUAAUUACUGUCUUGUUGUUUUAAUUAAUUAAAACGUUAAUUAAAAUGAGCACUAGCAAUUAAUCAGCACAAUAGUUAAUUAAAAAGCCAAUUGAAAGUAUCUAUUUCCUGUUGGACUGAAUUGCACAUAUGCUGUUUUGUCGUUUUAUUACUGCUUUAAUCUUUGUAUAUUGUUCAAUAAUUGAUUCUGGGCAAGGCUUUUGAGAAUAGGGUGGGCUUGCUUGGCUUAUUAUUAUUAAUCAAAUCUCUCUAGCGCUCUUCAUCUGAAGAUCACAGGGUGGUUUGCAAUCUAAAAACACAAAAAAUCAUACCACGGUAACAAACAAAAACAAUCUCCACCCCCAGUGUAGAAGGCAAUAUAGUUAGCCUGGGGGAAGGGGAAUUUUUUUGCAUGGCGCUAUGUAAUGAAGGUGCAAGAUGAGCCUCUUGGGACAAGCAAAGAGCCACCACAGAAAAGGCCCAUUCUUGUGUCGCCACCCUCCAGAACGUUCGUGGAGAAGGCACACAAAGAAGGGACUCAGAUGAUGACUGCAAUGUCCCAUUGGUUCAUAUGGGAUGGGGUGGUUUUUGAGGUAUUGCAGUCCUGAGCCAUUAAAGAUUUUACAGGUCUUAAACCACCACUUUGAGUUGGGCCCAGAAACUAAUUGGCAGACAGUGUAAUUGAGCCAGGAUUGACGUUAUAUGCUUAAAAACCUGGUCGCUGAAUUCUGCACCAACUGGAGUUUCCAAACCAUCUUCAGAUGGUUGGUUGUUGUUGUUACUAGUUUUCUGUGAGUAGUUCUGUUGUCCUUUGCCUUCUUGAACGAUUUCACAAAAGCGACCAGAUAUUGGCUGGAUUGCUAACUCUAUUCUUUAAAUUAUUUCUGCUCUCUUUUUCCCCUGUAGAGAAUGAACAACACUUUGUCUGAUAUGAAAGAGAAAAUCAACAAAGCGCAGUCUGCUUUGCCACUCUUUACAUGCCUCCACGUUAAACCUGAUGUAUCAGAACUGAUGUUUGCAGGUAGUCAAAUCGCAUCAUUUUAUAUAUGUGUAUCUGAAUAUAGGCCAGAUAGAAGGAUCAAAACAGCCUUAUUUAAGCCACUUCAACUUGAUUAUUUGUUUCUGCAUGUGUCAUUUGGCAUAUCUGAUUUAAGCACGUCUGUGGCAUUGGCUACUUUUGCCUUCUGGCCCCUCUCAUUUUUUUGCCACUGUCUCUGCCAAAUCCUGGCAUGUGUCUCCCAAAAGUUGCCCACAAAGAAGGUUCCCUUCCCCUGAACUUAAAUAAUCCUCUCUGUCCCACUUAAGGGGACAGAGGUGUGUUUUGAAGAGCAAUAAUUAGUUCUCCUUUCAUGAGCUGAUCUGUGAAUUCUUAGGAUUAAUCUUGCAUUCCUUCUCGGUACUUUUACUAUUCGGUUUAAAAGAACGUUGCUUAGAAAAGCAAUGGAUAAAGGUAUUUGCCAGCUGAGAAGAGUUUUCACAAUUUUGGUUGAGUUCCCAUUAUCCAUAAUAUUUUUAUUCCGAGUGGGCACUGAUCACACCUACGACUGCUCGUAAUUACGAUGACUCAGACAUAAUUUAGACCUAUUUCUGGAAAGCUGUUGUGAAAUUUCAGAGUUUAAAAUGGAAACACAUGAACUGUAUAGGCUGGAACAAAAUAGAGUCUACCGUGGCACCUGUUGCAGCAAUGGGUUUUGUGGGGACUUGUUCACAGACCUAUUUCCACCUAUUAAUCUGUAAAUAUCUCCCCUCCCGCCCCAAUUUCACUCUCACUCUGUGUGGGUGUCAUGUAUAAUUUGCUGAAGGGCAUACCAUAAUAACACAGUAAAGUUCCUGGAAGAAUGCAGAAAAAGAUGAAAAGGGAGGUGCAAGGAGGUGCAAAAUGAUCUGAGGAAAAUAGCAGUGUCUGCUUGCCGUAGUGCAAGCAAGAAUUUGGCUAAAUAUAGAGGGUGGCAUGCAGUUCAAAAGCACGCCAGUUCAAGUAGAUAAAUAGGUACCACUGCGGUGGGAAAGUAAACAGCACUUCCGUGCACUCUGGCUUCAGUCAUGGUGUCCCCUUGCGCCAGAAGCGGUUUAGUCCUGCUGGCCACAUGACCCGGAAAGCUGUCUGUGGACAAACGCCAGCUCCCUGGGCCUGAAGUGAGAUGAGCGCCACAAACCCAUAGUCACCUUUGACUGGACUUAACUAUCCAGGGGUCCUUUACCUUUCCCCCUUUUUUUACACUUUACCACAUGGGUUAGUAAUUGUUGGCAUAUAUGCAGUUUGGCAAGGAAAGACAGCAGAUGGAAGUCAAGAUUCGGUUGAGCCUUGAGAAUCUUUUGCACACCACUUCUGUUCCUGUGCUGUAUUAAAGCAUUUCUUCCUCCUCCUCCUCCUCCUCCUCCUCCUCCUCCUCCUCCUCCUCCUCUUCUUCUUCUUCUUCUUCUUCUUCUUCUUCUUCUUCUUCUUCUUCUUCUGUUGUUCUCUGUUAACCAGUGUCCUUUUUAUAUUUUUCUUUACAGAUUGGGUGGAAUUCAGUCCCUAUGAAAUCGGAAUGGCUAAAUAUGGUACCUUUAUGACUCCAAAUUUGUUCGGCAGCAAAUUUUUUAUGGGAACGGUAGUGGAUAAAUAUAAAGAAAACCCUUUGCAUUUCCUAAUGGGUAAGUAAGUAAUUGAGUGGAUAUGUGAGCAUUGCCAGAAAGUGAACAAUACCUAAGCAUCUACCAAUAUCUUAACAACAAGAAGAGGGGGGACAGGAGGCGGGCAGGUGGUUGUUAUUAUGAUGGCGGCUAACAGAUUGAGGUUAAAUCCUGACAAGACAGAAGUACUGUUUUGGGGGGACAGGGGGCGGGCGAGUGUGUGGGACUCCCAGGUCCAUGGAGGUGCAGGUCAGUUCUGUGUCCAGGGCAGCUGUCUACCAUCUCCGUUUGGUACACAGGCUGAGACCCUACCUGCCUGCUGACUGUCUCGCCAGAGUGGUGCAUGCUCUAGUUAUCUCCCACUUGGACUGCUACAAUGCACUCUACGUGGGGGUACCUUUGAAGGUGACUCAGAAACUAAAACUAAUCCAGAAUGUGGCAGGUAGACUGGUGACUGGAAGUGGCCACCAGGACUAUAUAACACCAGUCCUAAAGGAUCUUCACUGAAUCCCAGUACGUUUCUGAGCACAAUUCAAAGUGUUGGUGCUGACCUUUAAAGCCCUAAACGGGCUCGGUCCAGUAUACCUAAAGGAGCGUCUCCACCUCCAUCGUUCUGCCCGGACACGGAGGUCCAGCGCCAAGGACCUUCUGGUGGUUCCCUCACUGCGAGAAGCCAAGUUGCAGGGAACCAGGCAGAGGGCCUUCUCCGUAGUGGCACCCGCCCUGUGGAAGGCCCUCCCACCAGAUGUAAAAGAGAAGAAAAACUACCAGACUUUUAGAAGACAUCUGAAGGCAGCCUUGUUUAGGGACGUUUUUAAUGUUUAAUAGACUAUUGUAUUUUAAUAUUUUGUUGGAAGCCGCCCAGAGUGGCUGGGGAAACCUAGCCUGAUGGGUGGGGUAUAAAUAAUAAAUUAUUAUUAUUAUUAUUAUUAUUAUUAUUAUUAUUAUUAUUACAACAACAACAUUGUUAUAUUUCAUUUUUUCAGGUGUCUGGGGAAGUGCAUUUGCUAUAUUAUUCAACAGAGUCCUUGGAGUUUCUAAUUCUCAAAAUAAAGGGCCUACAAUGGAAGAAGAACUAGGUAAUGUUACAAAAAUAAAUUUACAAAGACAUUAAACAAUAGGCCCAGGACAGAACCCUACAGCACCCCAUUUGCAUGUUCAGACCCAGAAACCUCCCCCCUAAAUAAAUUCACACUUGACUCAAUUUUUGGUUUUGGUUUUUUGGCAGAAUUUAGGCCACAACUUUAUUGAUUACAGAAAGUAACUGGUUGCAUAGGCUCUGGUUCGACUAGCUCCCUGCCAUGCAGGUAGUGCUGACCCAGGGUUCCAGCAUAGGUCAGCCAAGGGUGAACACCUGGAUAAGCAGAAAGCCAGGAACAGACUAACUCCACCACCCAAAUGUCCCCCUGGACUCAGGCACAGGCACAACCCCCUCUCAGGGGUUGACCAAAUCAUCGAGUCCCUCGAUUCCUUUAACGGAAUACCCUUCACAUAGGGAUGGUGAGAGUGUUCUCCCAUCCCUAUCACAUGAACCAGGGCCUAUCUGCAACCUUACAAGUUGUGACAAUUUCUACGCGGCAGGCGAAAUCCAAAUGGCCACAGCCAAUCAGCCAAGUGGGGGAAAUUCCUGCCGUGCCCCUGUCCCAACGACAGAUGACACACGACGGCAUAGCAAGGUAAAGCGCAAAGCCCUAAAAGUAGGGAGAGGUGGGCGGAUGUUCCGAAUGCAUGCGCCAAAAGAGGAAGCUCUGGGUCAUGUGCAUGGGCAUAAAUAGGUCCCUCAAACCGUUUGGACUGCGUCCCAUUGGCCAGAUUGAACCCAGCUACGAGGGACCUACCAAUCGGGUGUUGUGGCUGACCAAUCGUACCCACCCACAACACAGGGUGUCGGUUUUCAGGUCUCUCCGCAAUACGUGCCCUCUUUAACGGAGGACCCCAUUUGUCACUUUUUUCCAGGAUGACCUGGGACCAUUCAUAAGCACUCUUUUGGUUUGGUCAAUCAACCAGCUCCAAAUCCACCUCACGUUACCUCAUUCAGCCCACAUUUUACUAACUUCUCUGCAGUAAUAUCAUGGGGGACUUUGUCAGAAGCCAUACUGAAAUCAAUAUUCACUAAAUCCAUAACAUUCCCUUGAUCUUUCAAUUUUGUAACUCUGUCAUCUCCUUUAAAUGUCUGUCGCUUUUCUUUAGGUAUUAGCUUUUAGAAUGUCUUGAGUAGUGUGCGUAACUGGGAAGCUGGGAAGAUUACAUGAAAAUAUGUAAAUCUGUCAUUGAUGCUGAUCUACACAGAUGUAAAUUGCGUGAGGGCGUGACUCUCAUAAAAGUCAUUGUAAUCAAAUGUACUUGUAAAGAAACCUAUCUGUUUUUUGGGCGCAGAUCUAGUUGAGUUAAACAUUCCUUUGUGAGUUAAAAGAACCAUUUAAUAUUAAGCCUACCGAGUCUGAGACUGUUUCAUAAGGAUCUUUUGAGAUAAUGUAGGAAGAGUUUCUGAGACAAGCUGAGAUUUUUCUAGGGUCAGUAAAAAGCAACGGUCUGUUUCAGACAUUCGUUCUUGGUUUCAGAAUGAAUGUUUUUGGAGCUGGGAAUAAGAGUCAGGGCCACACAUGCCUUACUUCUCUCCUCCCCUCUUUAAUUCCUUCAGACUGGUUUGUUUUAAACCACAGUUUCCAGUUGUAUACAAAACGAGAAACCCUGGCUUAAUGUCUUUUAACCUGGCUUAAUAUCCUAGUUAUCAGAUGCCAGUACAAAUACACUAUUUCAUCUUUAUCAAAGGGGAUGCUGCUGUGGGAAAGACCCAAACCAGAGGCAGGGUUUAGGAAUCACUUCCCUCUGCUGAUGCUUUUUGAGCUUGGUCCAUUUGUUACCUCAGCAAGGUGGUUGCUUUCCAUGGCUGGCUUCUCUGUUACCAAGGUGAGAUACAAAAAUUUCUUGUUUCGUGGUCCACAUUGUGUCGGUUGCUUCUCCUAUCAUCAGCCCCUACGGAAGGGAGAAGGACUGAUAGGACGCGGCCUACUCACAUGUGAAGAUGCUUUUAUUUGUUACAGAGGGUAAUGUGGGAGCCAGACAUGGGGCAGUGGUUUUGUGGCAGGAACCACAACACCAAGGUAAUGUAGAAACUUGGCCUUGAUGUGGUUCUGAGAGGCAGGUUUGAAGAGUUCAGCAAUAGGGUGAAGUCAAGAAGAGGCUGAGAGGGGAGUCUUUGCCUUCUAGCACUUUUGUAAGAGUUCUUUUUGUAUUACAGUGGUACCUCGGGUUACAUACGCUUCAGGUUACAGACGCUUCAGGUUACAGUCUCCGCUAACCCAGAAAUAGUACCUCGGGUUAAGAACUUUGCUUCAGGAUGAGAACAGAAAUCAACAUGGCGGCGGCACAGCAGCAGCGGGAGGCCCCAUUAGCUAAAGUGGUGCUUCAGGUUAAGAACAGUUUCAGGUUAAGAAUGGACCUCUGGAACGAAUUAAGUACUUAACCUGAGGUACCACUGUAGUCUGGAAAGCCAAAAUGUUGUGCAUUAGGCUGACGACUGUCAUAUAUUGCAAGUUAACUGUUCUUCUCUGCUCAAGCUUAAAUUAGUGUUCUUCUCUGCUUAUAUAUUUUGAAUUUGGUAGUGCAGGAAGAAAAACGGAGGCCUCGUCAGUUGGUCAGGAAAAAUAGUAGUUUUGAAACAUAUUAAUCUCUUGUUUAACUUCCUUCAAAAGACAGUGCUCUGUAUUGUAGUUUUAACCCUAGAGAUCUCCAAGUGUCCUUUAGCUUGGUGAUCUGCUGGUUUUAUGGAUGUGGAAAAUCCUUUGGUCAUAAAGUUAGCUUCAGAUCGUUUAUUGUUUUAUUCCAGCGUUACUCUCUCCUUCCAAGAACUUGUGCAGCUCCUUUGAUUGCCAUUUUAACAACCCAGCCAUUUAAGGUACCAAAAUCUUCCUUUGUUUAUUUCCACAGAAAAUAUCAGGAUGCGGCACCUAGUGAGCAAUGAUUCAGACAGCGAUGAUGAGUCACAGGGACCAAAAGGUAAGAAAGGUCACCAGACAUGAUACUUCAUACAACUAUUUUUACUGGCGUGUCCCAAUAAAGCAAGACAUCAUGAAAAGGAGAAAAUUCAGGUAGUAUUUAGGACCCGAGAAAGGAAUAGUCGGCUUUUUGAUGAACUGUUUCCUGGUGCUUCAUAAAGUUAGGGAAGGUGGAGGUGGUUGGGUGGUGUGUGUGUGUGUUAAGAUGAAAUGUGAGACCUUUUUUGGUGGCAGAGCAGAGCACAGUGGCACCUUGGUUCUCAAACUUAAUCCGUUCCGGAAGAGCGUUCCAGAACCAAAGUGUUUCAGAACCAAGGUUCGCUUUCCCACAGAAAGUAAUUCAAAAUGGAUUAAUCCAUUCCGGACUUGUAAAAACAGCAAUUUAACAUGUAUUUUACUAUCUAACGAGACCAUUGUUCCGAUCCAUAUAAUGAAAGCAAUAAGCAAUGUACUGCAGUCGCACAGUCAGUCAAUCAGUAGCUGAACUGGGUUCCACACAGUCACAAAAACAAAACAAGAAAGAGCCGCAAAAAUGCAAAAUAAAUAGCAAAAACAGACAGACCUCAGCGUAACACUCAAAACGGAAGUGUGGCACUCAAUCGGAAGCAUAACACUCAAAAUGGAGCACGUUUGGCUUCCCCAAAAAAGCUCGCAAACUGGAACACUUACUUCCGGGUUUGCAGUGUUUGGGUUCCAAGUUGGUUGAGUACCAAGGCGUUUGAGAACCAAGGUACCACUGUACUGUUGAUGGAGCUGUUCUUCUGUGGAGGAGACCUGACCUCAGCCCAAUUUCCUGGGGUUUCAGGGGUGCAGUAACUAUUGACCAGCCAAGGCUCUCCAUGUUCCUAAGCCAGUCCAUUGCCAUGUGAUGCCUGGAGCUUGUGGAGCCAAAAUAGGUCUCCUCACUUUCCGUCUUGCAGGACUUUGGAUGCAGCAGUGACUCCAACUAAUUUUUGAAAUAGUCGAAGUCACUUUGUGAAUCACAUGUUCUUGUUGACGAACCAGGCUGUGGUUCAUUAGAAACGUCUGGGGUAUUUAUGAAACCUGGAAUGAGAGUUCUCUUUACGGUCAAAGGAGAGCCCACCCUUCUGAACAAUGUUGGGCGGGGACAGUAUGGCUCUGAGCGUGUUAUGCCUUCCAGGGGAACAUUAAGACUUGCGUGUGCCUCUCUCAAUUACAUCAGUAACAAAAAAGCUCAGCUGGGCAGAUAAGAUCUCUCUUUUGGCCAGACUGUUUCCCCUUCUACUUUUCCACAUGCAAUUCAGUUCCAUUUUCUCACAUCUACUCUUGUCAUGGAAGAUUUUCCCUUAUGGCGUAUCAGCAAAGUGAGGAAAAGGAGUCUUCCUUCCUUCCUUCCUUCCUUCCUUUUAAGAUGGAAGCAGAUUAAGGUAAAGGUAAAGGGACCCCUGACCAUUAGGUCCAGUCGUGGCUGACUCUGAGGUUGUGGUGUUCAUCUCGCUUUAUUGGCCGAGGGGGCCGACGUACAUGACUAAGCCGCUUCUGGCGAACCAGAGCAGUGCACGGAAACGCCGUUUACCUUCCCGCCGGAGCGGUACCUAUUUAUCUACUUGCACUUUGACGUGCUUUUGAACUGCUAGGUUGGCAGGAGCAGGGACCGAGCGACGGGAGCACACUCCGUUGCGUGAAUUCGAACUGCCGACCUUCUGAUCGGCAAGCCCUAGGCUCUGUGGUUUAACCCACAGUGCCACCCGCGUCCCUCCCAAUUACUUACUGGUAUUAAUUGGUUAUUAAUGGCAUUUAUAUAUUGCCUUUCUGCACCAAAGGCAAUCAACGGCGGUUUACAAUGCAAAGCAUUAACACAAGCAAAAAAAGGUAGAAUUUUUUCUCACGCCGGCCUUCAGCGGCUUAUGACACCAGCUCCCUGGCUUCUGCUUUCCCUCAAGGCACCCAGGUCUUGAAUGGCCCCAGGGAAGAUGGCGGAUGGGGUUUCUCCAACUGUCUUCUCAGGCCACCGAUGGGCUCCUUCAGGCACUGGUGGUUAUGUGCUCCCUUCUCUUUGGGCUCUCCUCAGAAACACUUAUGGUAGUUAUAUACUUGCAUAUAUUAAGUAUAAUGAUUACUUAGCAUGCACGAAUAGCACUUUAUAGACCAUUCAGAACACUUCACAUACAUUCCUUAUAACUAAUUUCCAAAGUAGGCCACCAUUAUUAUCCUUAUAUUGAAGACCAACAGGAGGGAGGAGCAGAGGGCCAAAAGCACAGCUGUAAGGCAAGACCGUUCUGGCCAAUUCUGACACAACUCCCAAGAAGAAUGUGGUUUAUGAGAGGGCCCUACUUCUAUCAAAUUGCUCAAAAGCCUAGAGAAACUACUGAGUCAUUUGUCAGGGAAAGGCAGCCAAUGUAACACCAAUUAUUAAAAAGGGAUCCGGGGUAGGGGGGAUCCUGGAAACUAUAGGCCGGUUAACUUAACGGCCGUUCUGGAAGAACUGCUGAGAAGCAUUGUCACCCUGUCACGGGGAUUUGAACCGCCGACUUUCUGAUCAGCAAGUCCUAAGCUCUGUGGUUUAACCCACAGCGCCACCCGCGUCCCUGGAAGCAGAUUAGUACGUCCUUUUUUUUAUUUGUUUGUUACACAAUAAAAUCUUUAAUAAAAACAUUUUUUUUAAAAAAAAUGUAGUACUUAUUGCUAGAAGCCCUUUGGGUUUGUUUGUUUUAUUGUUUGCUUGCUUUCUUGUUUGUUAAGGUAUGUAUUUGUAUUUUGCCGCACCGAGGGGCUUUUCAGAGUGACUCACAAUAGAAAAUAAUAAAUGAUUAAUCAAAACAUUCGAUCAGUACCUUUAUUGGCAAAUAACAGCCAGGAAGAGAAAGGUUUUCAUUAGGAAAUUGUCACAGCCCCGCUGUCAUGGCAUAUGGACCUCACAGCUGCUUUCUUGUCAGAAUAAAAGUGGCCAGUUUAAGUAAACAUCUUGCUUAUCGCAGCACAUAAUUUAACAUAUAGCAAAUAUUUUUUUUAAAAUAGAAACAGUAGCAUCAGAUUUCAGCCCAAAUACUUUGCAUCCUUAAAAUUAUUGUGGGUGUUUUUCAGAAAUUACAGCUGGAGUCCUAGGCAUACUUACCUGGGAGUAACUUCUGUUUAACUUGAUGUGACUUCUAAGUAAACAUAUAUAGGAUUGAGCUAAGGGGUCCAUAAUUUUUGGGUGCCCUUGAGAUAGGCCAAAGACUGGUCACACAGACUCUUCCACUCCCUUUGUCCUUCUUCUUUGGUUUGGACCUUGCUUGUUUUCCAUUUUGGGUCCAACAAAACACUGGCUGCAGUAGUGGCAUGCAUAAAUAACAUUUUGACACCUGGGAAUUUCAGUCUGAAUUAUCCCCAACAGAAAGGCCUUUGGGUUUUUUUUUGGGGGGGGGGAGAAAGUACUUUUAAACAUUUCCCCCCCAAUUCAUUAUGAAUCAUUUCCCAAUACCCUUUUACAAGUCCACCACAUGUGAAAGAACGUUCCCUUAACCUCUUUGCAUCUCCAGCACUUAUCUGAUUCAGUCUUAUACAAGCCUACUUGGAGUUAAACACCAUCUGUAAAUCGUUUUCAAGUAGUUCUCCUUCAAAGAAUGGCACGCUGUGAACUUCAAAUUACUUUUCCAGAGUUUCCCCCAUAUGCUGAAGUUCUUUCUGCUCCUACAGGCUCAGAAAACCCUAAUGCUGAGAAAGAACGUGAACAGAGCAACCAGGAGAGCUGGGUUCAGCGGAUGUUUAUGGCUCUGGUGGGGGACAGCGCUCUUUUCACCACCCGGGAAGGACGUGCAGGCAAAGUACACAACUUCAUGCUGGGCCUGAAUCUCAAUACUUGCUACCCGUAUUCUCCUUUGGCCAGCUACGGUGCUCAAGAAUCUGUGGACGAGGAUGAAAUGGAUACUGCUGUCGCAGGUAAGCGCAUACACUUUGAUUUAUUCUUCCUCUCUCGUGAAAGCGUCCGUGUAUGUGUAUGUGUAUGUGUAUGUGAAUGGCAAGUGUGUAUGUGAAUGGCAAAUGUGAAACCUGGUGUGGGACUUGCUUCCCAAUAGGUAAAGGUAAAGGACCCCCGGACGGUUAAGCCCAGUCAAAGGUGACUAUGGGGUUGCGGCGCUCAUCUCGCUUUCAGGCCAAGGGAGCCGGUGUUUGUCCACAGACAGCUUCCUGAGUCAUGUGGCCCGCAGGACUAAACCACGAAGCACCGUGACAGAAACCAGAGUGCACGGAAAUGCUGUUUACCUUCCCGCCACAGCGGCACCUAUUUAUCUGCUUGCACUAGUGUGCUUUCGAACUGCUAGGUUGGCAGGAGCUGGGACAGAGCAAUGGGAGCUCACCCUGUCGCGGGGAUUCGAACCACCAGCCUUCUGAUUGGCAACCCCAAGAGGCUCAGUGGUUUAGACCACAGCACCACCCACGUCCCUGGAAAGGCCUUCUGCAUGGCCGGUAGACAAGCCAAUGUGCUUGGUGGUGGAGGAGGAGCGUUCUGCUUUGCCAUCCUGGCUGGCUGUCUAUUCUGUUUUGCAUGCAGCAAUAGGGAGCCACUUUCACAUCUCAUACCGUGGAUGCAACAAGGUGAAUUUCCUGUGUGUGUUUGGGUAUGUGUGAAAGAGAGAGAUCAGUGUUUUGUCUAGGCCUUGGACCUGCCCAUUUUGGGCCAUGUCUCCACUCACCAGCAGAAUGCAACCCUGAACAGUUUUCCUGUGGCAAUGCAGCCCUUUGGUAGGGGAUAUUCCCCACCCUGGUCUAGGGAUAUAAUUCUCACUUCAGCUGGCGCAACUCCCAAGCAACCCCCUGCAAUUGGAGAAAGAGUGCCUUACUUUUCUAUCAAUAGCUAUUAUCCAUUGUAAAUACAUGGAGCCAGUGUGGUGUAGUGGUUAAGAGCAGUAGAUUCGUAAUCUGGUGAACCGGGUUCGCUUCCCUGCUCCUCCAGAUGCAGCUGCUGGGUGACCUUGGGCCAGUCACACUUCUCUGAAGUCUCUCAGCCUCACUCACCUCACAGAGUUUGUUGUGGGGGAGGAAGGGAAAGGAGAAUGUUAGCUGCUUUGAGACUCCUUCAGGUAGUGAUAAAGCGGGAUAUCAAAUCCAAACUCCUUUUCUUCUUCACAGGGAAUAUGCCUAAUCGAGACAUGAGGGAGUGGCCACUGCUUCUGAGCUCCACAGAUGCAUGUGGCUGGUCCCUGUUGGCAAUAAUGCAUUAUUUUUUUACCAAAUAGUAAAAGAAAUUGCUCUCUUUUAAAUGGUUAAGAGUCCAUUUUCAGUGAAUGUACGAACUGCCCCCAGGUCACUGGAAAUAGAACUAGACAUUCUGUGGCACAGUGUUUACCAGUUUUCACCGCUAAGACUUACCACAUUAAGAUAAUUGAAGUCUGAAUGGGGAACUAAGCCAUUUAGGUGCAUAACUUAGGAAGUUUGUAGUCACGGAUCUCCAUAUUACAUCAUUCAUGCUUAGAGCCACAUCACUGCAGAGUAUCUCAAAAUAACAACCAUUAUGCCUUCUUUUAAAAGUCAUUAGGUAAGAUGGAAUUUCCCUCCAUCGUGCAAUUGUGCUCAGAUUUUGCAACAGUGCAACCUUUUAUAUCUCUGUUCAGUGGGACAUUCGCCCAAGUGAGCCUAAACAUUCAAAUAACUCAGGAACAUGCAGAAAAGCACAUGCUUCUUUUAAGUGGCUGUCUCAUCAUUUCCAUCUGUGCUCUGCUAAAUAUUUUUUUAAACUUAUUACAGAUGUUUAUAACUAUCUAAUCCUAAUAUUUGAAGAAAUAAUAAAAGUGGACAUCCAUCUUAAACAGUAGAAUGCUGAAAAAUAGUAGGGAAAAUAUACUGGAUGGCAGCUUUAGGCUUUGAGUAGAUCUUUACACAAUUUUCUAGCUACACACAUGAGGUCAGUAUGUGCUUUUGGGUGGCCUGUUGACUGUGGCGUGGUUCAGAAGGCUCAAGUUUCAAGGCUCUAUAAACAUAUUAGAAAUGAAAACGUGAUAGUCUGUUUCAGACAAUCACCCAAAGCUUCAUAAACCAUAUUUGCUUGAAUAACCCCAUAGAGGGUUUUUCAAUAUUUGCUUAGCAUUAGAAGAUAGCUCAUACCAUGCAUUUAAUAUAGUUAAAUUAUUUUAAAUUAGCAUUUCAAAUAUUUUGAGAUCUGAGAUACAGAUAUAGAUGAGAAUUCUGUUUUGAGAUUGGAGGAAAUUUAAAGACUAUUUGAAUAAAUAUUGUAAUAUUAAAGAUAUGUAAUCACUUGAAAGAACAAAUUAGGCCUAGGAUAAAAUUAGGAUUAAAUAAAUAAUAAAGAAAAUGUACAAUAAGAAGAGUCUGGAAAUUUGAUCAUGACCGGAAUAUUGUUAUAUGAAAUAAUGAUAUUGGAAACUGCUACAUUUAAUUACAAGGAAAUUCAGAUGGAAGAGAUUAGACGAAGUCAAGUAAUAUGUUUAUGAAGAUGGAUCUUAAUUAACUAAUUAAGUUUUAGUGUAUGUGGUAGUAUAUGGGAUGUGGGAAGUAUUUUAUGUUCUUUACUUUUUCUUUUUCUUUUAUUAUUGUUUAUUCUUUUUUUUGUUAUGUUAUGCUUUUGUAUGAAAAUUAAUAAACAUUAUUGUGGGGAGGGAAAAUAAUUCUGUUUUGAAUUGUGUUUGUCAACAAAUGGCAUUGUCUGUCUCAUUCUGCCCAGAUCCUGAUGAGUUUGACAGGAUAAUGGAGCCAUUGGAUGUGAAGAGCAAAAAGAUUCACAUUGUGGAUAGCGGGCUUACAUUUAAUCUGCCAUACCCAAUUAUCCUAAGACCACAACGAGGAGUUGACCUUAUCAUCUCAUUUGAUUUUUCGGCACGUCCCAGUGAUUCUAGCCCUCCUUUCAAGGUGAGAAAUCCUGGAUAUUGCAAUUCAUGCAGAGGAAGUGCUAAAUAAGAAUUUUUUCCCCCUCACACAAAUGAUGAUAGGUUGUUUUACAUGAAGUCCUUGUGCAAAUGGAACAGCUUCUGCUCACGCAAUGGAAUUUUCUCUCCCUCUACUCCCCUCCCACCUUGCGCCCCCACCAACUGUACACACCCAAAUAUGCCCUACAGCAUGGGUAGGCAAACUAAGGCCCGGGGGAUGGAUCCGGCCCAAUCGCCUUCUAAAUCCUGCCCAUGGGUGGUCCAGGAAUCAGUGUGUUUUAACAUGAGUAGAAUGUGUCCUUUUAUUUCAAAUGCAUCUCUGGGUUAUUUGUGGGGCCUGCCUGGUGUUUUUACACAAGUAGAAUGUGUGCUUUUAUUUAAAAUGCACCUCUGGGUGAUUUGUGGGGCAUAGGAAUUCGUUCAACCGCCUCCCUCAAAAAAAAUAUAGUCUGGCCCCACACAAGGUCUGAGGGACAAGGUCUGCUGAAAAAGUUUGCUGACCCCUGCUCUACAGAUUAGGGAGGAGCUGAGGGAGGAGCAGUCCUGUUGCACAAUCAGAAAUCAUCCCCCCCUUGUGCAACUACAUAGAAUCAUAGAAUUGUAGAGUUGGAGGGGACCACGAGGGUCAUCUAGUCCAACCCCCUGCAAUGCCAAAAUCUUUUGCCCAACCAGGGGCUCGAACCCACGAACCUGAGAUUGAGAGUCUCAUGCUCUACCAAUAUCCUUGGACUCAACCCAAUAUGUGAACAUGGAGCUGCCAUUUUUGGUGACAGUUCAACAACGCCAUGAGUCUGCCAGGCAAACAUGGGAACUGGUCCAUUAUCUUGCUGCCAGCAUGCUUACAUGGUAUUCUUGUAUAAAUAUAAAUGGCAACUCUAAAUUGGUGUGCAUUUGAUGCAUGCAGAACCAUGCACGCAUGUGUCAUGCUUGGCACCGGAAGAGAGCAGAACAGGCUGAAGGAGCAUCUCCACCCCCAUCAUUCUGCCCGGACGCUGAGGUCCAGUGCCGAGGGCCUUCUUGCGGUUCCUUCACUGCAAGAAGCAAAGCUACAGGGAACCAGGCAGAGGGCUUUCUCGGUAGUGGCACCCGCCCUGUGGAACGCCCUCCCAUCAGAUAUCAAAGAGAUAAAUAACUACCUGACAUUUAGAAAACAUCUGAAGGCAGCCCUGUUCAGGGAAGUUUUUAAUGUGUGACAUUUUGAUGUAUUUUUAAUCUUUGUUGGAAGCCGCCCAGAGUGGCUGGGGAAACCCAGCCAGACAGGCGGGGUACAAAUAAUAAAUUAUUAUUAUGCAUGCUCCGCCGAUGCGCAGUGACUUGGAACAUAACCCUCCACCUAAAUGGAGGUUUGCCUGUAUUCUCUUUCCAUUAUUUAUAACUAAGGUGUCCACAUAUAAUGUCAUUUCUGCCUGUCCCAGCCUUCCUUUUCUCAUUGUUUUGUUUUGUUUUGGUUUUUUUGCUUUCUUCUAGGAAAUUUUACUUGCUGAAAAAUGGGCGAAAAUGAACAACCUUCCUUUCCCCAAAAUAGACCCAAAUGUUUUUGAUCGCGAAGGCUUAAAGGAGUGCUACGUCUUCAAACCCAAGAAUCCUUCUUCUGACAUAGACUGUCCAACAAUUAUCCACUUUGUUUUAGCCAAUAUAAAUUUUAGAGAAUACAAAGCGCCAGGUCAGUAGGCUAAAAUGACAACACAAAAUUAAUCCUAUGUUAUCUAAGGAUACAGUUACAGUACAGUUUAAUCUUUCUCUGUGUGUGUCUUUUCUCUUAAUCAUGUGCAUGGUUUUUUCUCACCUCAUCAUCAUAAUCAACAACACCAUUAUUUCUCAUUUCCCCCAGACUGGGACUCAAAUUGGCUUACUUACUAACUUACUUUUACUAAAUAGAUAUUAAACUGUGGUAUAUCAACUGAACAGUUUGCCCUUUAAAAUGCCUACUUCCAUUGUGGUCUACUUAACAGGUGUUCCAAGGGAAACUCAAGAAGAGAAAGAUUUUGCUGAGUUUGAUGUUUUUGAUGAUCCUGAUACACCGUUCUCCACCUUCAACUUCCAGUACCCAAAUGAGGCCUUCUGCAGACUGCACGAUCUAAUGGAGUUUAAUACCCUGAACAACUUAAAUGUAUGUUUAAUGCACAACUUGCUUCAAUUCAAAGAUGCUUCGGUUGCUUUGUGGAAGUGAAGUGGUGGUUCUUAAUGACUUUUCCACUCUCUGCGUGCAGAUGUUUAUGGGUGUGGUGCCACAAUCCUCUGAUUUCUGUUUAUUCUUAAGAGGGCUGCUUAUCGCUUUCAAGAGCUGUUUUUUUUAUUAUUUGUAUUUCACAAAGAAAACACAGCCAAUGAAUGUGAUACAAAGGAAUUGCCAGAAUACUUUUAAGAGCGGGGUUAUGCCUUAGCUGUGUUCAAAGGGUUCCUGGAAUCCGCUCUGUACACCGGGUUCUGCAGGCAGAUUUGGGUAUUGAAGACUCAAAUGACAGGUUUCUAUUUGGCAUCACCGUGUAAAGUAUCUCAUGUGGGGGGGGGGGGAAGCCAAAUUUGGUUUGAAAGGCUAGCAGUCAUUCCUUCUCACAGUAAAAUGUGUGAUCUGAUGGAGUAUGGCAGCACAAUGGAACUGUUGUGAAAGAAAAGGGGUUUUUCUGAUCAUAUGGAAGAGACUCUGCCCUAUGAAAAGGUGUCGAGAGACAAAACUAAAUUAGAAUCUGAGGACUGUACAUACUUCCUACUUUUGUGAUACCAUGAAGCUCUCUUGGCAGAAAGUAGAGGCACUGUGUGUUGGGCGGUUUGUUACGCUGAUGGGAAAUAAGUUUGCUGCAGUCCUAAUUAAUCCCGCACAGUGUAGCAAUCACACUAUAGAUCCUGUGAUCCUAAGAAGAAGGGCAGCAUACAAAAUUAAUAAAGAAAGUAGAUAAAUAAAAAUAAAUAGAGCUUCCUAUCAGCCGUGUUUAUGGGGUAGGAAAAAUAUUUAAGCACUCCUUAAUAAUAUUUAAGUAUAAUAUCACAACUUAAAUGAUUGCUGUACUUCCGGUAUUAUAUUAAAGACUGAAUGGGUAUUACUAUGCAGAAGACUAGAGUUUAAUAUUAGAUGUAUGGUUUGUUUCUUGUUUUUGCUAACAACUUAAUUAAAUGAACGUAGUGGUGUUUUUUUUCUGCUGUAGAUGCCCAAAUGGACAGUUAGAAUGUGAUCAAAAUAUGCCACCUACUGGCUAAAUUUAAUUCUGUAUUUCUUCUGUGAAAAUACAAAUAAGGAUCAAAAUUGCUUGGUUGCAUUAAGAGCAAGAGAUCCAUUCCAAGUUUAAAUGGAUAAAAUUUUCAUCAGAAACAUCAACAUAGUUUGUCUAUGCUAAUGCAAAUAUUUUUUUCCUAUUGUAUACAAUCAGGUAUACAAUCUACCUGUAUGUAGGUAUGCAUGCUCACGUGUGUGUGUGUGUGUGUGUGUGUGUGUGUGUGUGUGUAAAUUGCUAUCCUGAGAAUACAUAUUUCCAGUGGUGAAACCCUUACAGUUACAUAGGGUCGGCUUACUUUCAGAACCUAAUUACUAGUGAGUCUUGUGCAGCUGCUGUCUGGAGAAUAAAUCUCUCCCAUGAGUUCACCAGCUCUGCUGCAGGAUGAUAAUUUCAGGCUAAUAAUAAUAAUUUUAUUAUUUAUAUGCCACCCAUCUGACUGGGUUUCCCCAGCCACUCUGGGUGGCUUCCAGCAUAUACAGAAACAUAAUAAAAUAUCAAACAUUAAAAACUGAAGGGUUGCCUUCAGAUGUCUUCUAAAAGUCAGAUAGUUGUUUAUUUCCUUGACAUCUGAUGGGCGGGUGUCACUACUGAGAAGGCCCUCUGCCUGGUUUCCUGUAACUUCACUUCUUGCAUUGAGGAAACCACCAGAAGGUCCUCAGAGCUGGACCUCCAUGUCUAAGCUGAAUGAUGCGGGUGGAGACGCUCCUUCAGGUAUAAAGGACCAGGCUGUUUAGGGCUUUAAAGGUCAUCACCAACACUUUGAAUUGUGUUUGGAAAUGUACUGGGAGCCAAUGCAGGUCUUUCAGGACCAGUGUUAUAUGGUCCUGGCACUGCUCCCAGUCACCAGUUUAGAGAAGACUUGCUUUAAAACAUUUAAACAGUUUUCAUGGAUAAAAAUGUACCGAAGGCAUGCAAAUCCACCUGCCAUUUGAAGAAAGGGGAGGGAAUGCAUGUUUAUUACCUGGUUUUCCAGGUUAUGCAAAGAAGACAAAUAGCAUCUGCAUCUGAUGACCUUUGGUUGUUAGUUAGUUUCUUCUGUGGCAUGUUUACACGCUUUGAAGUGCGUAAACAAGCACUUCACAUCCACUUCGCAUGUGGGGACUUGCGGAAGAAGUGGCUACUAAUGAGUUCAAUGUUGUUUUGCUUCUGUUUUGCAGAUAGUCAAGCAAGCAAUAGCGGACAGUAUUGAGUACAGAAGACAGAACCCGUCGCGCUGCUCUGUGUCCCUCAGCAGCGUCGAGGCGAGGAGAUACUUCAACAAGACACAAAGCAACAACCACACAUAGGGAUAACACAUUGCAGGCUUAUCACCCAAAGCAGAGUCUUCCUGGAUUGGUCGGACAGACAUCAUGAUGAAGAAAAUUGCUUCUGGUAUAAACAGUGCAGAAACACAAUGUGGGCAUUUUAUAGACUUUAAAAUGGCACGGAGUUAUCUUACAGUCAUGACAAUAUCCUAAGCUCAUGUUACUACACAAAUGUGCAGCAAUAAGCGCUAGAAAAUUUUGAUACCGUUGUCUGACGAUGAGUUCAUGCUAAUGUGCUCUGUGUACAAAAUGCCAGUUCACUCGUACAUUAGCACCAGUGGGAAUAUAAUUGGCUUCUUUAAAAUGUUACUGUUUAUUUUUUAUUACAUAUACAUAUAUGUAGAUACGGCUGAAUAUUGUUUCUUGUUACUCUUUAACUUGGUUGGUAAACGAGCUAGACUUUUUCUUUUCUUUUUUCAAGCAAGGUUGAAAAUUCUGGGAUGGGGUCUGAAAUGUCACUCAGAUGGGGGCACAGAAAGCACUUUAUCUACAACCCUUUCGCUUGUCUUCUGCGGUAAUAUUGUAGCGUGCAAAAGAGCAACAAAAAGAAAAUCUCCAUAAAGUGAUUUCUUCCUACUUGCUAACUGCCUCAAUUUGCUACAUGAAACCAUUUCGUGCAUCCUUCCUUCAUGGGAUUAGAACAGGCAUGGGCAAACUCGGCCCUCCAGAUGUUUUGGGACUACAGCUCCCAUCAUCCCUAGCUAACAGGACCAGUGGCUAGGGGUAAUGGGAAUUGUAGUCCCAAAACAUCUGGAGAGCCGGGUUUGCCCAUGCCUGGAUUAGAAUCACAUGAGGGGGAAACCAGGGCCCAGAUGACUGGACCCACUCCAUCGCAUUGGACCCCUGUCACCCCUGUAACUGUCCACAGGUUUUAGGGGAUAGUCUGCAGUGGGGAGCCUGUUCCAUUCAUGCUGGCUUCUGACAUAAUUUUGAACUUUGGUCGCAAAGGGUUCUAAACCUUAGAGGGAUCGUACACAUGUGGAGCAGGCUGGCCACUUCAGACCUUCUCCUCAAUGUGUGGACAGGGUGGAGGAAUGCAGAUUGGGCCAGUAACCAUGACCCCCAUUCCUCCCUCACACUGUGGGGCAUAACAUCUGAAUGGCACUAUAGUCUUCCCCCCUUCUAUCAUACUGAACGCGGGUGGCGCUGUGGUCUAAACCACUGAGCCUCUUGGGCUUGCCGAUCAGAAGGUCAGCGGUUCAAAUCCCCAUGAUGGGGUGAGCUCCCAUUGCUCUGUCCCAGCUCCUGCCAACCUAGCAGUUCGAAAGCACACUGGCGCAAGUAGAUAAAUAGGUACCACUGCGGCAGGAAGGUAAACAGUGUUUCCGUGCGCUCUGGUUUCCGUUGUACCAGAAGUGGUUUAGUUCUGCUGGCCACAUGACCUGGAAAGCUGUCUGUGGACAAACGCCAGCUCCCUCAGCCUGAAAGCGAGAUGAGCGCCGCAACCCCAUAGUCGCCUUUGACUGGACUUAACCAUCCAGGGGUCCUUUAUACUACCAUUUCUAUGUAGCCCCAUGCCACUGUUGGAAUAUGCAAGUCUUUUAUUUGUAUCUGAUUGGUUGAAUGUUUAGGUUGUUCUAAGGCUGUGUGUGUAAGGCACUGCUCAUGCAUACCUAGAAUGAGACACUUGCUGCUGAAAGCUUCUCUCUUUUUUCACUACUUGAAGCUUUGAAGAGUUAACUACAUGGCUCUGCCAUUAGCACCUUGGAUGUCGUGAGGCAAUGUGAUGCUAGUAUUUGCCUGGAGUUGGAUGAUACACGUUCUGGAAGGGCCACAGAGCCCUUUCGCAUGCUGAAGAUGUUUUCAGUAUCAACGGCAGGUAAUACAUUGGGCAGCAAUAAGGUUAUACUGCAAGCAAAAGAGAUGUUCCUUCCUGGUUACUUACAAAGCCUUGUUUCAAACCUCGGAAAACAAAGAAACAGUGCCUUUGAGAAAAGGACUAAGGGCUAAUUAAAGUGUCAUAUUUUAGAACUUUGUUUUCAGGAUAGGUUGAAAUAUGGUGGACCAGUUCUCUGCAGUUGACCACGAGUCCUCUUCACCAGAGAGCUCACAGUGAUCUAUGAGCAAAAUCAUAGAAUCAUAGAGUUGGAAGAGACCACAAGGGCCAUCGAAUCCAACCCCCUGCCAAGCAGGAAACACCAUCAGAGCACUCCUGACAUAUGGUUGUCAAGCCUCUGCUUAAAGACCUCCAAAGAAGGAGACUCCACCACACUCCUUGGCAGCAAAUUCCACUGUCGAACAGCUCUUACUGUCAGGAAGUUCUUCCUAAUGUUUAGGUGGAAUCUUCUUUCUAGUAGUUUGGAUCCAUUGCUCCGUGUCCGCUUCUCUGGAGCAGCAGAAAACAACCUUUCUCCCUCCUCUAUGUGACAUCCUUUUAUAUGUGCAUGAUCUAGCUGAUUUGCUCUUCGCAGUGGGCUGACUUUCCCAGACAUUCCCAUAACUACUGUAAAUAAGGUUUUUCAUUAUGCUUUGGUUGGAUAUUUUAUGUCUAGCUGUCUCCUUUGUUUUCCCACAAAGAUGCAUAAUGCAGUGUCCAUAGGCAUCAAUUAAUAGCACUGCACCCCAGUUCUGCAAAACGAGGGUGAAUUCAUAUACACCUUCCCCCCCACACUUGAUGAUUGUACAGUGGUACCUCGGGUUAAGUACUUAAUUCGUUCUGGAGGUCUGUUCUUAACCUGAAACUGUUCUUAACCUGAAGCACCACUUUAGCUAAUGGGGCCUCCUGUUGCUGCCGUGCCACCGGAGCACGAUUUCUGUUCUCAUCCUGAAGCAAAGUUCUUAACCGGAGGUAAUAUUUCUGGGUUAGCGGAGUCUGUAACCUGAAGCGUAUGUAACCUGAGGUACCACUGUAGUUAUUUCACGCAAGCCCGAUUGUUGGCAUAAAUCAACACAUUCAAGAAAUUCUGUCAGUAAAGGUAAAUUUUACCCAUGAUGACUUUAUCACCAUAUCCAUAACUUCUUAAUUGUUUGUCUGAAUUCAACCGUGGUCUUUUGUGUUAAUUUGCUUUUACUGUCAGAAUUUCAGCUAAUGGCUAAUGAUUCUGGUUCGUCUCCCAAGGUGCCACUGGGCUGUUAAAUCUCAGCCGAACAAUGUUAUUGUGUCAUAAGCUUUCAUGGCCAGAGCACACUUUUUGCAUAGAUACCCGGAGUUCGGAGAGGCAGCACUUUAUCGAAGCCAAAAGGCCAAGCAAUCAAAGAGACAAAAGGCUUGUCAUCGAGCAGAACAUAUUUGAAUUGCUCUGUCGUGUUCCUUGUUUUUAUUUAUUUAUUUAAGACUGUAAGCUGCUUUGUGGAAGUCAGAAUCAAAUGAAUCCAGUCCAAAUGAAUGCAAGGUCCAAACGUCUGGGUGCGACCCAUUCCUGAUGUCAGCCACGUUGAUGUGGUCUUCCAUUGAGACCCCCCAAACCAAGUCCCUCACCAGCAACCCUGCUCUGCGUUCUCUUUGAGUGCUUUUCCCUACCUGGAAUUUAACUUUCAACCAUGAUAAUGGCUACUGUUAGUUUGUGAGAGCCCUUUGGUAGCAACUACCUGCUAAUUUCAAGCAUUGAUCCUGAAAAACAAAUGACUUAAGCCUUCCAUGGUGAGAAGUCUAAUAUAACCCCUUUCUAUGAUUUAGAAGAAGAAGAAGCGUUUGGAUUUGAUAUCCCGCUUUAUCACUACCCGAAGGAGUCUCAAAGCAGCUAACAAUCUCCUUUCCCUUCCUCCCCCACAACAAACACUCUGUGAGGUGAGUGGGGCUGAGAGACUUCAAGAAGUGUGACUGGCCCAAGGUCACCCAGCAGCUGCAUGUGGAGGAGCGGGGACGUGAACCCGGUUCCCCAGAUUACGAGUCUACUGCUCUUAACCACUACACCACACCACACUGGCUCUUUAGUUGGGGAUGGAUGCGUUCUGAUCUGGCAGGUGUACCGGAUAGCUCAGUUGGUAGAGCAUGAGACUAUUAAUCUCAGGGACGUGGGUUUGAGCCCGACAUUGGGUGAAAGAUUCCUGUAUUGCAGGGAGUUGGGUUAAAUGACCCUCCUGGUCCCUUCCAACUCUACGAUCCUUUUGAGAAUCGUUUUGAUAGCCAAACUUUCUGUGCUUAGGUGCCAUAUUGGGAUUUCUUCUUGCAUCUGCUGGGUCAGAAAUUUCGAAGCAUCUAGUCUCUUGAAUUCUCAACUCUGGUCCAAAUUGUCUAAUUGCUUUCCUUGUUUCUGUCAAAACUAUAAAUAACCAUCAUUGCUAUAAUGAGUUAAAGCAGUUUUCACAGUGGAUUAGUAGGAGCUAAACUAAAUUUGUAUAUGAUUCUGUUUGCAGUAAUUUUUUUCAACAGCUUUUCGUUUAUCAGAGAGAUUACUUAUCCAAUGGUGGCUGCAUCUAUAAUAAACAAGUCCAUUUUUCAAUUGUCUACAAUAUGUGAAACCUACAAGUGAGAACCUAGUAGAGCUGCUUUCUUUCUUAAUAGCUACUUCACAACCCACCUUCAAAUGUUUGUAUAAUACUAAGGGAUUACUAAAACUCCUAUCCUUGAUUAAUCAAGUUUUAUGUUAGUUUUAAUUAGUACUUGUUUAAAACUGCGUGAGUAAAAUAAGCACAAUGUAUUUUACAAUUGUAUUUUAAAAGUAUUUACAAUGAAGCAAAAAGAAGCCGGUACUAUAUUUUUAGAUAUAUCUUUUUAAAUAUUUUGUUCAUAAAUACAAUAGCACUGGCUUAUUCAGUUUUAUACAGAAAGCAAUUUUGUAUGCGUCUUUUCUGAUACUUGGAGAAUCUCCUCUGGAUCUGUGUUGUAAUAUGAAAAUAUUUGUUAUUGUCUUGUUACUGGGUACUUAAAACAAUAAAAUAUGAACUUCAAUAUAUUACUUUCA